CCAGCCUUGCCUCGGGUGUAGGGAUUGCAGGGGAAAAGCAAAACUACACGGCUAACAUUCUGUGUAGUUUUGUUUUUUGUUUUUGUUCUUUUGAGGCUCAGCUGUUCUCACAUUUGGAUUUUCUGAAACAUUCUGGAUAAAGAGAUUGUGUCUGAAGAUAUAAAACCUCUGGGCUCAGUCCCUUGUUUCUGGGCACUCUUGUGAAUACAAGGUGCCUACCAACAUGUCCCAGGCGCCAACGUUUACACAGCCGCUUCAAAGCGUUGUGGCACUUGAGGGUAGUGCUGCAACGUUUGAGGCUCAAGUUAGUGGCGCUCCAGUUCCUGAGGUGAGCUGGUUUCGUGAUGGCCAGGUUCUUUCUGCUGCCGCUCUGCCCGGCGCACAGAUCUCGUUCAGCGACGGCCGCGCUGUACUGACGAUCUCUGCCGUGACAGCCGCGCACAGUGGAAGAUUUUCCGUACGAGCCACCAAUGGUGCUGGACAAGCCACUAGCACUGCCGAACUACUUGUUACAGCUGAAACCGCGCCCCCCAACUUCAUUCAGAGACUACAGAGUAUGAUUGUGAGACAAGGAAGCCAAGUGAGACUGGAUGUUCGCGUGACAGGAAUCCCUACACCUGUGGUGAAGUUCUAUAGGGAGGGAGCUGAGAUUCAGAGCUCCACUGACUUUCAGAUUGUUCAAGAAGGAGACCUCUACAGCUUGCUGAUUGCUGAAGCCUUCCCUGAAGAUUCUGGAACAUACUCCGUUAAUGCCACAAACAGCAGUGGACGUGCCACAUCUACAGCUGAAUUGCUUGUUCAAGGUGAAGAAGUAGCAGUACCUGCUAAAAAGACAAAGACAGUUGUCUCAACUGCUCAGAUUUCUCAAGCUCACCAGACCAGAGUUGAAAAGAGAGUGGGAGCUCAUUUUCAGACUAGCACUUCAGAAACAAUGGAAAUGCAUGUGGAAGGAGGUGCAGUUAUUCAGCAGCUGCCACACAAACCCCCCCCACGUGUGCCCCCGAAACCAACUUCCAAGUCCCCACCAUCUAUGGUUUCCAAAGUUUCAGCCACACGCCAUCAGUCGCCCUCUCCUGUGAGGCACGUGAAGGGGCCAACUCCAACUCCCAUCAGGUCUGUAUCUCCCUCCACAAUGAGAUUGUCAGUUUCUCCUAUCAGACCUGUCAAGUCCCCAGUCAUGACCCGUAAGCAGGUCACUCCCAGCCCAGAUGUUCUCCCACCAUGGAAGCAAGAGGACUAUACAGAGGCCAGUUUUACUCGCAUGAUGACUGCUGGUGCCACCCAAGUCCAGACCGCUGCAACUCACGUGCACAUGGAGCAGCGCUGGGAAGGCUCUUUUGGGAUGCAGCAAAAAGCUACUGGAGGUUUAGGAGUUUCCAUUAAAGAGAGUGCACUGGACAUCGAAAAAAUGACAGCGGUGGCAACAGCGGUUGCUGUUACUGACCAGGCCAGAGGGAAAGAGGCUGUCAGCACUGUGGCAGAACACAGAGUAAUGGAAAGCUCCACAGCCAUAGAUACACAGAUGGUUCAGGAGCAGGGUGAGGGUGGGAAAAAGGCGGAGGCAGUGGCCACAGUGCUAGCUGCUGUUGACCAAGCACGCAUUCGAAUGCCUGUGCAUGAAGAGGGUGGUCAUGUUGAAGAGAGGACCAUACAGCAUGACUUAGUACAGCAGUCUGCAACUGUACAGUCUACAGAGCAGCAAGUCACCUCUGAGAUGGUGAAAACUGAGGCUGUGCAAAUGCCUACAAUCCAAAUCCCUUCCGCUGAAAAGAGUGCCGAGUUUGCUCAGAUCGAAGGAAGUAAAGAAACCAUCACCCAUGUGGACACUGCACUUGCGCCUUCCCCAAUUCCACAUUUCACUGUUUCAAAAGUUACUGUUCCUAAACCUGACCAUAGCUACGAGGUGUCAAUAGCAGGCUCUGCUAUUGCUACACUGCAGAAAGAGUUAUCCUCUACUUCUGCUGGUCAAAAGAUCAUCAGGCCCGUCAAGCCUCCUUCUCAUAAGACUGUGGAGACGAGAGAAAUGCCUGAGCCAGUACCAUCUCCCUUUAAAGAAACCUCUGAAAGAUAUCAGACAUAUUUGGGAACCCAGUUACAGAAAGAUACAGGCACUUCUUUUACAGGGGGUAUGGAGCAGAAGUAUGAACAAUGGGAGCAACAGGUUGUUGAGACUGCUACAAUUCCUUCAGCUGCUGAAACUGCCGUGGUGCCACCCACUCUCAUUGCUGGCUUGAAGAAUAUGACUGUCAUUGAGGGAGAAUCUGUGACACUGGAGUGCCAGAUAUCUGGUCACCCUGCCCCAGGCAUCAUGUGGUUCAGGGAGGACUACAGAAUCGAGAGCUCCAUUGACUUCCAGAUUACCUAUGAGAAUGGAUACGCCCGUCUGGUAAUCCGUGAGGCUUUUGCUGAGGACAGUGGACGUUUCACUUGCACAGCCACCAGCGAGGCGGGAACAGUCAGCACCUCCUGCUACCUGCUUGUCCAAGUUUCAGAGGAAAUUGAGGGCAGGGAGGACAUUACAACUGUUUCUGAAUACACUGACACUGCUGAGCAGAAACACAUUGUCGUUGAAUCCAAAGCCGAAACCAUAUCAGAAGUAAGCGGCAUCACAGAAACUGUGGAAUCAGGAGCAGAGGUGGCUCCCUUUUUCGUGAAGAAGCCCACUGUGCAGAAGCUAGUGGAAGGUGGGGGCAUCGCCUUCGAGUGCCAGAUUGGGGGCAGUCCCAAACCCCAUAUAUACUGGAAGAAGGCAGGAAUGCCACUUACCACUGGAUAUAGGUACAAAGUGAUUUACAAAAAGGAAACUGGGGAGUGCAGGCUGGAGAUCUCCAUGACCUUUGCUGAUGAUGCUGGAGAGUACUCAAUCAUUGCCAGGAAUAGGCUGGGAGAGGCCUCUGCCUCUGCUCACCUUCUAGGAGAAGAGGAAUAUGAAGCCUACAUGAAGAAAUAUGAGAUGACUUUUAAGACUGAAGUAACCACAAUGGUGGAGGAGCCGAAAGUGGCUGAUAUCCCUCCUGUGGUUGUGAGCGAAUAUGGGAAAGAGCAGAUCCGCACCACUCAGCAGAUGAAGAUGAUGAGGACCUUCGUCUCAGAGCAGGAACUCCAGAUCUCUGCUUUUGAGGAGAGGAUAAUCCACGAGAUUGAAUUCCGCCUUCUUAAGAUAACGUAUCAGGAACUGGUGACUGAAGAUGGGGAAGAGAUGAUCAUGACAGAACAGGAGGCUGUAGAGCCAACUUUUGACACUCCUGUGAAGAGCUACAGGAUCUUGGAAGGCAUGGGAGUCACCUUCCACUGCAAAGUGGCAGGAACUCCGCUGCCCAAGAUUGCAUGGUACAAAGAUGGCAAGCGCAUCAGGCAUGGUGGUCGAUAUCAGAUGGAGUUUCUCCAGGAUGGGAGGGCCAGUCUGCGUAUCCCAGUGGUGCUGCCAGAGGAUGAAGGUGUCUACACUGCCUUGGCUUGUAACAUGAAGGCAAGUUCUGUCAGCUCAGGGAAGCUGUACGCGGAGCCCACUGCACCAGUCGGAGCUCAGCCCUACAUACCACAACCUGAAGCAGUCCAGAGAAUCCGUUCCACAUCACCACGCUCCCUGAGCCGCUCUCCUGGACGUUCUCCUGGUCGCUCUCCAUCACGUAGACUGGACGAGACGGAUGAAGCCCAGCUGGAGAGACUGUAUAAGCCUGUAUUUGUCAUGAAGCCCUCCUCCUUCAAGUGUGCUGAGGGGCAAACUGCCAGAUUUGACUUAAAAGUGGUUGGCAGACCCAUGCCUGAAACCUUCUGGUUCCACAAUGGACAACAAGUGGUCAAUGACUAUACUCACAAGAUUGUGGUAAAGGAGGAUGGAGUUCAGUCACUGAUUGUGGUCCCAGCCAUGCCCACUGACUCUGGGGAAUGGACUGUUGUGGCUCAGAACAGAGCUGGAAAGACUUCCAUUUCCAUGACUCUCACAGUAGACGCUAAGGAAAACUUGGUGAGACCCCAGUUUAUUGAGAAACUGAAGAAUAUUAGUGUCAAGGAAGGAACUCUGGUUGAACUGGCUGUAAAAGCAAUUGGAAACCCCCUUCCUGACAUUGUCUGGCUGAAAAACAGCGACAUUAUCUCACCACAUAAAUACCCAAAUAUCAAGAUUGAAGGCACCAAAGGGGAAGCAAAUUUCAAGAUCGCCUCUAGUGUAGGCUCUGAUAGUGCCUGGUACACAGCCACAGCCAUCAACAAGGCUGGACGAGACACCACCCGCUGCAGGGUCAACAUAGAAAUGGAGUCUGCUGAACCAGAGCCUGAGAGAAGACUUGUCAUCCCCAAGGGAACCUACAAAGCCAAAGAAAUUGCAGCUCCAGAGUUGGAGCCCUUACAUCUCCGUUAUGGUCAGGAGCAGUGGGAAGAAGGGGACUUGUAUGACAAAGAAAAGCAGCAGAAGCCACACUUCAAGAAGAAGUUGACCUCAGUCAGGCUGAAGCAUUUUGGUGCUGUGCAUUUUGAAUGUAGGCUAACUCCUAUUGGUGACCCCACCAUGGUAGUGGAGUGGCUGCAUGAUGGAAAACCCCUGGCAGCAGCUAACAGGCUGCGAAUGAUCAAUGAGUUUGGCUACUGCAGUCUGGACUAUGAAGUGGCUUACAAUAGGGAUAGUGGUGUAAUCACCUGCAGAGCAACAAAUAAGUAUGGAUUUGAUCAGACCUCUGCUACCCUGAUUGUGAAGGAUGAGAAGAGCCUUGUGGAAGAGUCUCAACUACCAGAAGGUAGAAAGGGAAUGCAAAGGAUUGAAGAGAUGGAACGCAUUGCCCAUGAAGGGGCUCUUGCAGGAGUCACAACUGAAGAGACAUAUGAGAAGACUAAGCCUGAGAUUGUUCUUCUCCCUGAGCCGGCGAGGGUAUUAGAAGGGCAGACUGCCAGGUUCCGCUGCAGAGUGACUGGAUACCCUGCACCUAAGGUGAACUGGUACCUCAAUGGGCAACUCAUCAGGAAGAGCAAGAGGUUCAGGCUCCGCUAUGAUGGUAUUUACUACCUUGAGAUUACUGAUUGCAAAUCUUAUGAUUCAGGAGAUGUGAAAGUAAUGGCAGAGAACCCUGAAGGUGUGGCUGAACACUGUGUGAAACUGGAGAUUCAGCAGAGGGAGGACUUCAGGUCUAUCCUCCGCCGUGCCCCUGAGCCGAAGGCUCCAGAAUCUGGUACUGAGCAUGGAAGGGUUCCCUUUGAAGUUGUCAAAGUUGAGAGACCCCCUGAAGCUAUUCAGCCAAAAGAAGUAGUAAAAUUGAGAAAGACUGAGAGAAUCAUCCAUGAGAAACCAACAGAGGAGACAGAGGAGCUGAAAAGCAAAUUUAAGCGUAGGACAGAGGAAGGCUACUAUGAAGCCAUCACUGCCGUAGAGCUCAAGUCCCGUAGGAAGGAUGAAUCCUAUGAGGAUAUGCUAAGGAAAAGGAAAGAGGAACUUCUUCAUUGGACCAAAGAGGUGUCUGAGGAGGAAAAGAAAAAAGAAGAGGAAAGAGGCAAAGUUACCAUUCCCAUAAUCAAACCAGAAAGAAUCGAACUGUCUCCUAGCAUGGAAGCUCCAAAGAUUCUGGAACGCAUACAGAGCCAAACAGUUUCCAAAAGUGAAGAGGUCCGCUUUAGAGUUAGAGUGGUUGGGAAACCCGAUCCAGAGUGCCAGUGGUUCAAAAAUGGAGUUUUGCUGGAGAAGUCAGAGCGUAUUUACUGGUAUUGGCCUGAAGACCAUGUUUGUGAAUUGGUGAUUAGAAAUGUAUCAGUUGAGGACUCUGCUAGCAUUAUGGUCAAAGCCGUGAACAUUGCUGGAGAGACUUCAAGCCAUGCAUUCUUGCUUGUGCAAGCUAAGCAAGUUAUUACAUUUACACAAGAACUGGAAGAUCUCAAUGCCAAAGAAAAGGAUACUAUGGUGACCUUUGAGUGUGAAACUAAUGAACCUUUUGUCAAAGUGAAAUGGCUGAAAAACAAUACAGAAAUUUUUUCUGGAGACAAAUAUCGAAUGCAUUCAGACAGGAAGGUGCAUUUCCUGUCUGUGUUGACCAUUGACAUGGGUGACGCUGCAGAGUACAAUUGUGCUGUUGCUGAGGACGACCACAUCAGAACCACUGCCAGACUAAUCGUUGAAGGAGCCCCGCUGGAUAUUGUAAAGAAUCUGGAGAAUAUAGAAGUUCCUGAGACCUACUCUGGGGAAUUUGAGUGUGUAGUGUCCCGUGAGGAUGUUGAGGGUACCUGGUACUUCAAAGACAAGGAAAUCACUCCCAGCAGCAAAUAUGUUAUGUCUUCUCGGCGUGGACGCCACACUCUCACUGUCAAAGAUGUCAGGAAGGAGAACCAGGGCAAAUAUACUUUUGUUAUUGGUGAACUGAAGACAAGUGGAUCAUUACAUAUGAAAUUACGUCCAGUGACAUUGAUGCAAGGACUCACAGACCUGACCAUCUGUGAAGGGGACAUUGCCCAACUGGAAGUCAGAUUUUCCCAGGAGAACGUUGAGGGCUCCUGGAUGAAGAAUGGGCAAGCUAUCUCAGCCACUGACCGCAUUCAUGUUGUGAUUGAUAAGAAUACCCACAAGCUUCUCAUUGAAGAUGCCAACAGAGAUGAUGCUGGAAUGUAUUCGUUUGUUGUUCCUACUCACAAUAUCUCCACGGCUGGGAAGCUAACCGUUCAGACCAUUGGCAUCUUGACCCCGCUAAAGGAUGUGUCUUCAGUGGAGGGCACUAAAGCCGUGCUGGAGGCUAAAAUCUCUGCUGCUGAUAUUAGCUCAGUAAAAUGGUAUCACAAUGACAAGUUGGUGGUGUCCAGUGAAAGAGUCCAGGUGAUCACUAAAGGAUCCAAGCAACGUCUGGUCUUCAGCAGGACCUUUGCCUCAGACCAGGGGCAGUACAAACUGGUUGUUGGCAGAGUUGAUUCCAGCUGCAAACUGACUGUUGAAAGAAUUCACAUUGUGAAGCAUAUGGAAGACCAGGUUUGCACUGAAACCCAGAAUGUCACCUUUACGGUUGAUUUGUCCCACUCUGGUAUUGAUGUUCUCUGGACCUUUAAGAAUCAGCAUCUGAAAGCUGGUCCCAAGCACAAGAUUGAGGCGAAGGGCAAACGCUAUACACUGACUGUCAUUGAUACCAUGAAGGAUGAGGAGGGACAAUACACAUUUGCUGCUGGUGAACAGACAUCCAGUGCUAAACUUUCUGUAUCAGGUGGUGCAAUUAACAGACCUCUCCAGGAUGUGACAGUAGCAGAGUCCCAGACUGCAGAGUUUGAGUGUGAAGUGGCCAAUCCAAAUACUGAGGGGAAAUGGCUAAAGGAUGGCCGCCCUGUGGAUUUCGGUGACAACAUAAGGAGUGAGAAAGAUGGAGCUGUAAGACGCCUCAUAAUUGUCAUCACUAGACCUCAGGAUGUUGGUGAAUACACGUACCAAGUGGCCAACUCCAAGACUACAGCCAACCUGAGAGUUGAAGCGGUGAAGGUGCGAAAGACACUGAGGAACCAGACAGUCACUGAGACCCAGGAAGCAGAGUUCAGUCUUGAGCUGACCCACACGAAUGUGAAAGGAUUCCAAUGGACCAAGAAUGGUAUUGAGAUCCAGUCCAGUGACAAGUUUGAAAUAAUAGUAGAUGGCAUGGUUCACACCCUGAAGAUCAAGAACUGUAACACACAGGAUGAGUCUGUCUAUGGAUUCAAACUGGGAAAACUGUCUGCUAAUGCCAGACUUAACGUUGAGACUAUUAAGAUUGUGAAGAAACCCAAGGAUGUGACCUCCCUUUUGGAUGCCACUGCAUCCUUUGAACUGAGCUUGUCUCAUGACAACAUCCCAGUGAAGUGGAUGUUCAAUAAUGUUGAGCUGAAGCCCAGUGAGAACUGCAAGAUACUGUCAGAGAGGAAGGCUCACAAGCUGGUCAUCCAGAAUGUGAACACCCGCCAUGCUGGAGAAUACACAGCUGUUGUCGGACAUUUGCAAUGCAGUGCAACACUAUAUGUUGAAGCUUUGUGUGUCACAAAAACAAUGAAGAACAUUGAAGUCCCUGAGACCCAGGUUGCCACCUUUGAAUGUGAGGUCUCUCACUUCAAUGUGCCGUCAACCUGGCUUAAGAAUGGAGUGGAGAUCGAGAUGAGCGAGAAGUUCAGGAUCGUGGUACAGGGCAAGCUGCACCAGCUCAAAAUAAUGAAUACCAGCAGAGAUGACUCUGCAGAGUAUACUUUUAUAUGUGGAAAUGACAGAGUUUCUGCCACGCUGACAGUCAACACCAUUCUGAUCACAUCUAUGCUCAAGGACCUCAAAGCUCAAGAGAAAGACACAAUCACCUUCGAGGUGAAUGUAAACUAUGAAGGAAUAACCUACAAGUGGCUGAAGAAUGGUGUGGAGAUCCGAUCAUCAGAAAAAUGCCAGAUUCGCACCAAACAGCUCACUCACUCACUGACCAUUAGGAACGUACACUUUGGGGAUGGUGGAGAGUACUCCUUUGUGGCCGGGUCUGCAAAAACAUCUGCUAACCUUUACAUUGAAGCACGUGUUGUUGAAUUCAGAAAGAACAUCAAAGACAUAAAAGUAACUGAGAAGAAAAGGGCUGUUUUUGAAUGCGAGAUCUCUGAGCCAAACAUACAUGUAAUGUGGAUGAAAGAUGGUCAAGAGCUGGAAAUUUCUGAUAGAUACAAAACUACCACUGAGAAGUACGUGCACCGCCUGAUGAUCCCAACUGUUCGCAUAUCUGAUGCUGGAGAGUAUUCUGUGGUUGCUGGUUCAAGUAUUUCUAAGGCCCAUCUCACUGUGGAGGGCCGUGAUGUCAGGAUUACAGAACCCAGGGAGAGGGAAAUAACUGUUCUUGAGAAGCAGAGAGCAACAUUUGAAUUUGAAGUAAAUGAAGAUGACGUUGAAGCUCGAUGGCUGAGAAAUGGAACUGAGAUUCAGUUGUCAACUGAGGAAAGAUUCAGCUAUGCAGCUAUCAGAAAGGUCCAUCGCUUGACCAUCACAGAGACCUACCGCAGUGAUGCUGGGAAGUACACAUUUAUUGCUGGCAGGAACAGGAGUGAAAUUACUCUGCAUGUCAAAAUUCCUGAGCCUCCCCAGAUCAUCAAACAAAUGGAGCCCCUAUCUGUGGAGGCUGGCAAGCCUGCCCGUUUCUCUGUGGAAGUGAAAGGCACCCCUCAGCCUCAAAUUUUCUGGUACAAGGACUCCCAGGCCCUGUCCGCUGGAUUCAAGUGUAAAUUCUUACAUCACAGGGAUGUCCACACACUGAUGCUCAUUGAGGUCUUCCCAGAGGAUGCAGCUGUCUACAACUGUGAAGCCAAGAAUGACUAUGGCGUAGCUACAAGCUCUGCUUCUCUGAAUGUGGAAGUUCCAGAGGUUAUUUCCCCUGAUACUGGGGCUCCAAUGUCUCCCCCUGUGAUUGUUUCUCCAAUAUAUACCACCUCUGCUCAGGAAGGGGAGUCUGCUCGAUUCCAGUGCCGCUUAUCUGGAGAAGACCUGACCAUCACCUGGUACUGCCGAGACAAGGAGAUCAAGCAGUCUGACAUUUUCAGAAUGUCCCAGUUUGAUGAUAAUCACCAGCUGGAAAUUAUCAGAGUUUACCCAGGGGAUGGGGGGGAGUAUACUUGUGUUGCCAGAAACUCAGCUGGAAUGGUCUCUUGCUCAGCUGUUCUGACGCUUGACGGUGAAGGGUAUAAGCAAAUUCAGGACAGUACACCCAAGGCUCAAUGGCAUGCGUCAACAAGUCUGUCUACAAGCAUAUCGAGUGUAAAGAAGGAGCCAAUUGGCCAAAGACCCGCUUUCAUUCAGCCUAUUGCAAGCUGCACAGUGCUUCACGGAGAAGUUGCCAGAUUCCAUGCUCGCGUGUCUGGCAUGCCAAAGCCAGAGAUCAGCUGGUUUCAUAAUCAGCAGCUUGUUAAGCCAACAAAAAAUGUUGUCUUUCAUUUCGAUGAGAUGACAACAAUUGCCACGCUAAUCAUAGUUGAUGCUUUCCCUGAGCAUGCUGGACUAUACACUUGCAAAGCGACCAACAAUUCUGGAGAGGCGGUGUGCACGGCUACCCUUGCAGUAACCAAAGAAGUGACAAAAAUGGAGCGGGAUACUACAGCCAGAAUCGAGGAGCAAGUCAAAGCAUUUUCUAGCUUCUCUGUGUCAGAUGAAGAACAGAGAAAAGAAUCCUACAGCACUGGCCUACAAUUAUCAGAAAAAAGCAUUACAUCUGAACUCAAGCCAGAGUCUAAACGCUAUUCUAGUACAUUAGAGAAGAAAAAGGAAAAGCCUGUUUUUAUCACCCAGCUCUCACCAGCAGAUAUCUCAGUUGGAGAGACAGCUAAAUUUACUGUCACGGUAUUUGGCUUUCCAAAGCCUAAAGUGCAGUGGUUCCACAAUAAACAGGAGAUUACAUCCUCAUCAGUUUAUACAUUUUAUCAAGAAGAAAACCAAUAUACACUGACCAUUUCCCAGGUAAAGACAGAAGAUGAAGGGGAGUACUCUUGCACUGUCAGCAACAGAUUUGGUCAGUCAACUAGUUCAGCAUUCCUGCAUGUCAAAGCAAAAGAAAUUCCUAAAUCAGAGUGCUGGUUUAAAGUUUCUGGCCAGCCUCCUUGUUUCACUACAGAGAUAGAAUCCACACAAUGCACUGUAGGAAGUCAAGCUCAGUUUCGAUACAGUGUCACAGGGAAUCCCCUUCCUGAGGUUCAGUGGUUUAGGGGAAGUUACCAGAUUCAGCCCAGUAAGUACUUCAUUGUGGUAAAUAAUCCAGAUGGCUCUGGGUACCUUAACAUGAUGGGUAUCCAGCAGGAAGACAGUGGUCUCUAUACAUGUAGGGCAUCCAAUGCAUCUGGGGAAGCCUCCUGCAGUGCUGAACUGAUCGUGUUCCGUGAUACUGUCUCUGUCUCAAGUCGACAGGACCACACAUUUGCUCACAAGCAGAAAAGUUACAAAGUUUCAAUGACAGAGCAAGUCACUGAAUCCCGACUGUAUUCUGUGAACCUCCCAGGGGAGGCCAGAGCUAAUGUGCAGUCAGGACAUCAGAUGGUAUACACCAUUGGCACAGAGGAUAGGCAGACUAUUGCCAGUGAGCAAGUGGAUAACUUGCUACAGGUGGGAAUAUCUUCUGCUUCCCUGCAUAGAGAGCAAGUUCCUCACCAAGCUGCAGUGCUGCAGUCUCAUGAGAUGGAAGAAAGGGUAAUGGUGGGACCUACCCAGCUCCAUCCAGUUGCUGCCUUACCUACGAGACAGCUGCACAUGGCAUCCUUUACUCCUGCUGUCCAGGAGAGUCAUGGUUUCACAGAGCAGCACUCAGAAUACAUCCAGACUCCAGCGAUAAUAGAGUUAGAGCUGACCCGGGAGCAAAAAUCGAAAAUGAUGUCUGCAGUUGUUGAAGAAAUAACACCUGUAGCCACUGUGAAAACUGAGUUAAGUGACAGGAAACCAGAACUGAUUCAGCCAACUCCUGAGCCAAAACAAGUUGUCACAAGUCACCAAGUAGAAACCAGGAUACCAAUAAUGAAAGAGAAAUUACAAAUGAUUCCCAAGCCUGAAGUUGAAAAAAGUUAUAAAGUAAAGGAAGGAAUAAAAAUAUUGUAUUCUGCCAUAUCAACAAGGGAGCAUGAAAUAGCUGAAGCCCAUUCAACAGAGUUAUCCUCCUCAGAUUCAGCCUUACAGUCUUCAUUAGUGAAGGAGUUGUCUAAGCCAGUUCAUAUCUCUACCAGUGAGACUAAACAAACUUUAUCAAAAGAACAGAAAUUUGAAAUAUACAAACCAAAGGAAGAGAAAGCACAAAUGCUGAAGGAUAAAUUAGUUCAAUCAUCUCUAACUUCUGAAGAAAAGCAGUUGCUCCAAUCUGAACACACUGAACAAAUUCCAGGUAUAGAGAGUGCUAUAUCUGUGCAGUCUCAGAAGGAAGGGGAAAGAAUCAUGCAUUUGCAGGUGAUAAGGGAACAGAAUAUACUUCCUUCUGAGGACAGAUUUACUUGUGAGGCUCCAGUGGCGGAACAAGCAGACACAAGAAAAAGUCCUAUUUUAAUUCAGACGGCUACUAUAGAUGAACAAAAAUCUGUCACUUGUGAAGAGAUGCUUCAGUUUUCUUCCCAAGAUGACAAAUUUUCCAUUCAGCCAACAAAAGAGGCUCCUGUGAGUUUGCAUCUCCAGUCUGUUCAUUUAGAAAGUUAUUUACCCAAAGAAGGCAUAUUUACUGUUGAAAAGCCCAACCAGCAGGUAGCUGUGCAGAGACUGGAAAAAGUUCGCAGGCAGGCAGUAAACACAGAGGAGAAAAGAGAACUGACAGCUGAUUACUGUACAGAUCUGGAUGUGUCAGUAACAGGUGUGUACCCUGAGCAGGGAACAGAACCCAAACCUCAAACUAUUCUUCAGGCAGUUUCAGAGCCCAUGCUGCUGCCUAAGGAAAUUCCAUUCAGUACUGAGGUUAAAGAGCAGCGUGCAUCGAAGCAGAAAGAGGACCGCUGGAAUGUCAUGCAUUUAAUGACCACAGCAGACAGCCGAACAAUAGAGGAGGGACACACUGAUAGCUUUAAAGCUGUUGACAAGUUUUCUUGUGAAACUAAGGUAGAACCCAAAGUCCCAGCUGAGCCACUCCACAUAGAGGAGAAGGCAAUCUCAACCGAGAGCAGUGUUUCUUUAGAAGCAGCAGAACAAGACUUUGCAGUCCAAAUUCAAGAGGGUCAGUCAGUGAGACAAUCAAUAUUAGUGGAGGAGAAAAAAAUAAUCACUGGUGAAAUGUCUGGGGAAAUAAUAAAGUCAGAGACAACUGCUGCUAGUGUUACAACACAAUCCAAAGGGGCUUUCCUUGUCCAUGAAUCACAAGAAAGUAAGACUCUUCCAAAAGAGCUUACAUUUGUUAUUCAGGCACCAAAAUCAUUUGGUUUGGACAUCCGACAUCAGCUUGAGAAUGCAUUGCAGUCUGCUGUAGCACAUGAGCAGCCAGUGCUUCUGGCAGAAGUGGCAGAAUGUUUACAAAUUUUUGAGGUAAAGGAAGUGAAGGUGCACAAAGAACCCAAGUAUGCAAUGUUCACAUAUCUUAUUACAACAAGUGGAGCCCCUAUAGAAAUAACCAUAGCAUUUGAAGGCGAGUAUCCCCAGACUGCUGAUUUAAAGAAUGAGCUGGGUGCAGCAUUCUAUUCUGUAAUCCAUUGUGAACAGCAGGUACUGACCUCAGAACAGCCUGGCACCAUGCAAAUUGAUAGGCCCCAGAGGAUACAGGUUAGCAGUGCUCCUUCAAAACAAAUGCUUUCAUCAACAGUGGAAACCAUUACAUUUGCAGAGAAUGUUGUGGAUUUUGCUUCACACAAAGAACAUUCUGCAGCUGUCAAGACUGAAAGUCAGGCUUCCUUUAAAACUGUAAAAGCUCAUGAUCACACUGUGAUACAAGAGUCACAAGAAAUAUUUUACAAAGAUUCAAAGACCUCCCAGGUAAUGAGGAUGAAAGAAUCAAAAUCAGAGUUCCAGGAGUUUAAGCAGAUGACCAGGCAGGAAGUCAAAACUGUGACAGUAAAAGGCUAUGAGAGAGAUGUGCAUGCAGCAGAUAUAACCACUGAUAUGCCUGUGGUACCUAUCCCAGUUGGGCACUCACAGGAUGUGCUUAUACAAAAAGAAAGCAGAGAGGAAUUUCUGAAAGAUGUUACUAAAACUAAACCACCAGAAAAACUGACCAAAGAUUAUCCAGUCAUAGAAACAUUUCUUGAAGACAUUACCAUUGAAGAACAUUGCAAGGUUACUUUCUCUGUAACGAUAAGAUUUGUUAAAAGAGUCAACUGGCUUUUCAAUGGAAAAUUGGUUAAAUCUGGCAAAGAGUUCAAAUGUUCCAAGGAUCAUGAUACUUAUACGCUAGUAAUUGAGAAGGUUAUCAAGGAGAAGCACCAAGGAGAAUAUAUCUGUGAGGCUGUGAAUGAAGCUGGCAAGACUUCAACAUCAUCGAAACUCACAGUUGUCUUAAGAGUGCCACCUGUUGUUAAGCACAAAGUCCAGCCCCUGGAGAUUAAUCUUGGGAGCCGUGCCAAGUUUGAGUGUGAGAUUGAAGAUGCGCCUAAUGUGAAGUUCAAGUGGUACAAGUCUGGGACCGAGAUCAGAGAGAGCGAAAAGUGCAGGAUCAUUAGUCGAUACAACACCUCCUCAAUGGAGCUUCUGAACCCUACUAAAGCUGACAGUGGUCAGUAUACUUGCAAAGCUACAAAUCAACAUGGCAGUGACAGUUGUUCAGCUUCCCUGACCGUGACUGAGGUUUUCCCGCCAGUCUUUGUUACUAAGCCUGAUCCCAUGACUUUAUAUGUGGGCAAACAAGCAAGAAUUCAGUGUGUGCUUUCUGGCUCCUCCCCAAUGAAUGUUGUGUGGCAGAAAGGCAACGUUCCAAUUUCUAAGGACGCAAACUACAAAAUAACCUCUGAAAAGAACAGGCACACUCUUGAAAUUGUGAAACUUAGCCUUACUGAUCAUGGCGAGUAUCACUGCAGAGCAUCAAACAGUGUUGGAACUGACAUGUGUAGCACAGAACUGAGGGUGAUUGAUAAGCCCAAUUUUGUCAAAACCUUUGAAUCAGUAUCAGUAGCUGUGGGAAACCCACUGCGUCUCGAAUGUCAAGUGGAUGAAGACACUGGUGUAACCAUUUCCUGGACCAGAGAUGGCAAGAAAAUGCAUAACACCAUGGAUCACAAACUUUCUUUUGAAGACAAACUUGCUAUUCUUGAAAUUACAAAUACAAAUCUUAAAGACACUGGGAAAUAUGUUUGCACUGCUACAAAUGAUGCUGGAAGCAGUAGCUGCUCAUCUAUGGUGUCUGUACAAGAGCCCCCAACUUUUGUUAAGAGACUGGAACCAAAGAUCCUCUGGAAACAUGGUGUGACAGCACGUAUGCAGUGCACAGUUAAAGGCUCCCCUGAACUUCACAUCACCUGGUUUAUGAAUGGCCGUGAACUAAUCACUGGAGAGAAGCACAAAAUCAGCUUCAAAGAUGGCCAAACAGUUUUGGAGAUAAAUGGUGUUUCUGUGGCAGACAGUGGAAAUUACACUUGCGAAGUGUUAAAUGAAGCUGGUUGUGAAAGCUGUAGUACUCUGUUAAUGAUAAAAGAACCCCCCUCUUUCAGAAGAGAAUUAAAAAUGGUGGAAGUAGUUAGAGGAACGACUGCCAUACUUGAAUGUGAAGUUUCUGGAACACCUCCAUUUGAUAUCCACUGGUUUAAAAAUAAGAAAGCAAUUUCCACUGAUAAAAAGAAUAAGAUCACUUCCCAAGAUGCCAUUUCCUGCUUGGAGAUAAGUUCAUUUGAAAGUACUGAUGUUGGGGACUACCAGUGUUCUGUAUCAAAUGAUGUAGGCAAAGUCUCCUGCACUUCAUUAGCUAAAUUGAAAGAGCCUCCAUUUUUCUCAAAGAAGAUUGAAAACAUUUCAGCAGUUUUGGGAAGUACAGUUAGGCUGCAGGGCACUCUUAAAGGAUCAGCUCCAAUCAAGGUCACGUGGAUGAAGGAUUCUGAAACAUUGAGAGAUGAUGAUCCAAAUGUAACAAUGGAAUUUGAGAAUAAUAUUGCUGUUCUAUCAAUAGCCACUGUCAACAUCAUCCAUAGUGGUAAAUACACUUGCCAGGCUGAAAAUGAAGCUGGGAAACAGAAAUGUGAAGCCACUUUAUCUGUUCAAGAACCAGCUCGAAUAAUAGAAAAGACAGCAUCCAUCAGUGUGACUGCAGGAGGUCCAGCAUCUUUAGAGUGCACAGUUGCAGGAAGCCCAGAGCUUAAAGUGAAGUGGUUCCAAGAUGGAAAGGAGAUAACCGACACCCGGAAAUAUAAAAUAACCUUUAAAAAUAAUGUGGCCAUCUUGAAAAUUCUUGCAGCAGAAAAGAGAGACGACUGUGAAUAUAUGGUGGAAGUGGCCAAUCGUGUUGGAAAAGACCAGUGCUCUUGCUCUGUCACUGUGCUAGAUCGAAUUGUACCACCGUCAUUCACAAAACUUCUUAAAAAAGUUGAUGGAAGUGUUGGCUCCAAUGUCAGUAUGGAAUGCAGGGUCACUGGGUCUCAGCCUGUGACUGUUUCUUGGUACAAGGAUGAUGCAGAAAUCACAGCUGGUGCAAAAUACAAAAUGGAAUUCACAGAAAGCACAGCAGCUUUGGAAAUUAAUCAUUUACAAAAGUCUGAUGCUGGAACAUAUACCUGCCGUGCAAAAAAUGCAGCAGGAACUGGAGAGACCAGUGGAAAUCUGUCUGUAAAAGAGCCUCCAGCCUUCACAGUUACGCCUGACUCUCAAAAUGUUAUACCAGGAACAAAAGUGACUUUAAAGACUGCUUUCACUGGAACAGCCCCAUUUACCAUUAAGUGGUUCAAAGGGGACAAGGAAAUAUCCACCGGAGGAACGUGUUUUAUCAAAAAAGAUGCAUCUACAAGUUUGUUGGAACUUCACUCAGUGAAACCCAAAGAUUCUGAUAAUUACACUUGCCAAGUUACCAAUGACGCUGGAAAAGUGACGUGCACCGCUGUCUUGUUUGUAAAAGAACCUCCAAAGUUUGUGAAGAAGCUUGAGUCUUCAAAAAUUUCACAGAAGGGAAGUCCUGUGUUUUUGGAAUGCAAUGUAACUGGCAGCCCUACAAUCAAAAUUAAGUGGUUCAAGAAUGAGACUGAAAUUCAUUCUGGUAAUAAGUACAAAAUGGAUUUCACAGACUCUGUAGCUACUUUGGAGAUUUCAGCAAGCGUUGUUGAUGAUAGUGGGGAAUACAUUUGUGAGGCAUCAAGUGAAGCAGGCAUUGACCGGUGCAAAAGUGUGGUUUCAAUCAAAGAACCGCCAAUCUUUACGAAGGUUCUUGAAUCCAAGGAAGUUGUGAAAGGAUCUGAUGUUGUGUUGGAGGGGAAUAUUUCAGGCUCACCUCAAUUAGAAAUUUCAUGGUUUAAGGAUUCUAAGCCAAUCAGUAAUGACAGAAAACACCAGAUGAGUUUUCAGAAUGAUACAGUUUACCUCAAGAUUCUGAAAUGUGAAGCAGGAGAUUUUGGAAAAUACCAGUGCAUAGUAGAAAAUGAAGUUGGGAAAUCUUCCUGUGAUUGUGAAAUGACAAUGAAAGAACCACCAUCAUUUGUUCAGAAGAUAGAGAAUGCAAGUUGCCUCGUUGGCAAGGAAAUAACAAUGGUUUGCAUACUAAAAGGAUCACUACCAAUUACUGUGUCAUGGAUAAAAGAUGACUAUGAGGUUAAAGACGAUGAAAAUAUAAGAAUGUCCUAUGAGGACAGAACUGCCAGACUGCAUAUAACAAACAUUCAGAUAAAACAUAGUGGAAAGUACACUUGUCAGGCAAAGAACGAAGCUGGAAGUCAGAAAUGCUCUGCUUCAUUGGAAGUUAAAGAACCAGCAAACAUUACCGAAAAAGCCAAGUCAAUUAGUGUUACUGCUGGGGAUCCUGCCACACUGGAAUGCAGGUUCUCAGGAACCAAAGUUUUGAAAACCAAGUGGCUGAAAGAUGGAAAGGAGCUCAUAUCAGGCCAGAAAUAUAAAGUGCACAGCACCAACAAGAGCUCCACUUUAAGGAUUCUAGCUACAGAUAAGAGUGACAGUGGAGAAUACUCUUUUGAGGUCUCCAAUGAUGUUGGUAGCAGCACAUGUGAAGCUGUUAUUACUGUUCUAGAUCAAAUAAUCAAACCAACUUUCACAAGGAAAUUGAAACAGAUGGACAGCGUUAAAGGAUCAUUUGCCCACCUAGAGUGUCUUAUUUCUGGCUCCCUGCCCAUAACUGUGCGCUGGUACAAAGACGAUAAGGAGAUAGUGGCAGACGAAAAACACAAAUGCUCGUUUUUUGAAAAUACGGCAUUUUUGGAAAUCACCAAUCUUUCUAGUUCGGACAGUGGCAGCUAUACCUGCAUUGCUGAAAACAAAGCAGGAAGUGACCAGUGCUCUGGUGCAUUACUUGUGAAAGAACCACCGGCGAUAUUAGAAAGGCCGGAAUCAAUGGAUGUCUUGCCUGGAUCAAGAGUAAAAUUAAGUGUACUAAUAAGUGGCACUCCACCACUGAAUAUCAAGUGGUUUAAACACAACAAGGAGAUUGUAUCCAGCACUGACUGCUUGAUUCAGAAGGAUAACAUUUCAAGUUCACUGGAACUCUUUUUUGCCAAGGCCUCAGACUCUGGAGAUUACUCCUGUGAGAUCACUAAUGAUGUUGGCUCUGAGGCCUGCAAAGCAGCGCUAUUUGUGAAAGAACCUCCAAAAUUCAUCCGGAAGCCCGAGAAAGUAGCAGUGGUGAAACAAGGACAAAAUAAGAAAUUUGAAUGCCAAGUUGUUGGAACUCCUGAAAUUGAUAUCUAUUGGUUCAGAGAUGGAAAUGAAAUCAGUCCCAGUAACAAAUAUAAGAUUUCCUUUGCUAAUUCCAUGGCAAGCUUGGAAGUACUUGGUGCUGAUACUAAAGAUACUGGAGUGUAUUACUGUGAGGCACGCAAUGAUGCUGGCAGUGAGAGCUGCAGCAUGGAAUUGAAAGUGAAAGAGCCCCCAGCCUUUGUAAAGGAACUGACACCCCUUGAAGUUGUAAAUGGUUCUGAUGCGCUAUUUGAAUGCCAAGUUACUGGUACUGCUCCAUUUGAAAUAACUUGGUUCAAGGAUGCAAAGGAAAUCAAGUCCAGUAAAAGACACAAAGUUUCAUGGAAUAAUGAUAUUUUAAGUCUACAAAUAUUGAAAUGUGAGGAUUUAGAUGUUGGCGAAUAUCAGUGCACUGUUGCAAAUGAGGUUGGAAGUUGCUUUUGCAGGACUAUGCUCCGUAUGAAAGAACCACCAUCGUUUGUAAAGAAGAUCCAAAAUGUUGCCACUGUGUUGGGAAAAGCGGCUGAAUUUCAAUGUGUUGUGAAGGGGUCGCCACCCCUUACUAUUCAAUGGCAGAAAGAUGAAGAAUGGAUCAUGGAGGAUGCUAAAAUUGAAAGGACUUUUGAUGGCAAUGUGGCUUCUUUGAGAAUUGCAGUCUCUGAGGCCUGUCAUACUGGGAGGUAUACCUGUCAGGUCAUGAAUGAGGCUGGACAGGAGAAGAGCUUUGCAACUCUGCUGGUGCAAGAGCCGCCUCAAAUUAUUGAGAAGUCUGAAACAUUAAAUGUAACUGCUGGUGAUCCAGUCAAUAUGGAGGUUAAGGUGUCAGGCACUCCUGAACUCAAAGUCAAGUGGCUAAGAAAUGGAAAAGAGCUUGUGUCCAGCAGACAGCACAAACUCAGCUUUGUGAAUCACUUGAGUUGUCUUAAGAUUCAGUCUGCACAAAUGAAUGAUGGUGGGGACUACACUUUUGAGGUCACCAAUGAUAUUGGAGUCUCCAGUUGCAAGAUUACAUUAGUUGUCGUAGAACAAAUUAUUGCUCCAUCCUUCCUCAAACCAUUGGUGGAGAAGUGGGAAGUUCUGGGAUCUUUUGUACGACUUGAAAGCAAAGUUUCUGGUUCUCUUCCAAUGUCUGUGGAAUGGAAAAAAGAUGGAAAUAUCAUUACUGGCAGAACAAAGCCUAAGCUUAUACAGGAAGAAAACUCUGUAGCAUUGGAGAUUGAGCAUUUGGAAAAAACGGAUGCUGGGACGUACACUUGUAAACUAUCAAACAAAGCGGGAAGUUGUGAGUGCAGUGCUGCACUGAUGGUAAAAGAGCCACCAAGCUUUGUGUCCGAACCAGAAUCCCAGGCUGUUCUUCCUAAAUCAACUGCACAUUUUAAAUGCAUUUUAAAAGGAACACCCCCUUUUAUCGUGAAGUGGUUCAAAGAAGAUACUGAAUUGGUAACCGGACCAUCAUGUUCGACUGGCAUGGAAGGAUCAUCAUGUUUUCUUGAUCUUCAUUCUUGUGGAACUUUUCAAAGUGGAAUUUAUUUUUGCCAAGUUAGCAAUGAUGCUGGUACUGCAAGAUGUACUGCAAAUUUAUUGGUGAAAGAACCUCCUGAAUUUGUGCUGAAACUGCCACCCACAAAGUUUGUGAAGCGGUCUGAUCCACUACGGCUUGAGUGCAAAGUAACUGGAACACCUCCACUUCAAAUGUCUUGGUACAAAAAUGACAAUAGGCUCACAGAAGGUGACAACUACAGGAUGUCAUUUGUGAAUUCACUGGCAGUCCUUGAUGUUCGCACCACAAGAUUUGAAGACAGUGGUGUCUACACCUGUGAAGCUCAAAAUGACGCCGGGAGUAUCAGCUGUAGUACCACACUCACAGUCAAAGAACCACCAUCUUUCAUCAAAGUGCCUACAACUGUGGAGGGGCUGAGAGGCAAGGACAUCAGUAUUAAUUACGAGUUAUCUGGUACCCCACCAUUUGAGAUAACUUGGUACAAAGACAACAAGCCUCUAAAGGAAAGCAGAAAGUACAAAUUUGUGCAGGAGGGUGGCUCUGCUACUCUUCAUAUUCUCAGUUUGGAUGCCACUGAUCCUGGUGAAUACCAGUGCAAAGCAUCGAACCAAGUAGGAACUGAUUCACGCUCUAGCACAGUUAAACUAAGAGAGCCACCUGCCUUUGUGAAGAAACUGGACAAUUUGACAGCAAUUUCUGGUGAAGAAGUAACUUUGACUGCAACUGUCAAAGGCUCCCAACCAAUUUCUGUGUCUUGGGUGCAAGACAAAGAUCAUGUCCUCAGAGAUGGUGAUAAUCGAAAAAUUACCUUUGAGAACAACCAGGUCACUUUGAGAAUCUUUAAAGCUGAUGCAACAUCCCCUGGCAAAUACACUUGCCAACUUAAAAAUGAUGCUGGUGUGGUGGAGUCCAUUGCUCAUUUAACUAUCCUAGAGCCUGCUUCAAUUGUGGAUAAACCUGAGUCCUUCAGUGUCACUGCAGGUGAUACUGCUGCGUUUGAAUGCACAGUAGCUGGAACACCAGAGCUGAAGCCAAAAUGGUUCAAAGAUGGCGUAGAGUUGUCUUCUGGCCAAAAGUACAAGAUUACUUUCUCUAAAAUGAUUUCCAGCCUAAAGGUUCUGUCAGCAGAGAAACGUGACACUGGCGAAUACACUUUUGAGAUUAAAAAUGAGGUUGGCAAAGACGUCUGUAAAAUGAACCUCACUGUCCAAGAUAAAAUCAUACCUCCCACGUUUACACGGAAAUUGAAGGACACUCAAGCAAUUGUAGGUAAACCUGUUGAGAUGGAUUGCAAAGUUUCAGGUUCUUCUCCUUUCACUAUCUCGUGGUAUCAUGAUGGACAAGAGAUCAGAAGUGGACCAAACCAUGAAAUUUCAUUUACUGACAACACCUGCACCUUGAAAGUACCCACUCUAAAGCUUACAGACUCUGGGAUGUACAAAUGCAAAGCUGUAAACGAAGCUGGAGGAAAUGAGACCAGUGCUUCUUUGAUGGUGAAAGAACCUCCAUCUUUCAUCACACAACUGCAACCUGUGAAAGCUCUACCUGGUACAAAUGUUGUUUUUUCUGCAACGGUCAAGGGAAGUGCUCCACUUAAACUGAAAUGGUUCAGAGGCAGUACAGAAAUAAUUUCUGGACGAGGCUGUGAAAUUUCCUUACAGGGUAGUACUGCAUCUCUGGAACUGUACAAUAUUAACAAAUCUCAUGCUGGAGAGUACACGUGCCAGAUCAUUAAUGAUGCUGGAAAGGAAAAUUGUCCUGUCAACUUAUUUGUGAAAGAACCUGCACACUUUGUGAAGAAACUGAGAGAUUAUGCUGUUGAAAAAGGAAAAUUAUUGUUGCUUGAAUGCACAUAUUCUGGAAGCCCAGAAAUACUUGUGAAAUGGCUCAAGGAUGGCCAUGAGCUGUUUUCUUCUUAUAAAUAUAAUAUCACAACCACAGAGAAUUCCUGCAUAUUGGAGUGUCUUAACAGUGACAAAGAUGAUUGUGGAAAAUACUCUUGUGAAGUUUCCAAUGCAGCUGGAAGUGAUACCUGUCAUGCUCAAGUAUCCAUUUUAGAACCACCGCACUUUAUUGAAAGCUUGGAACAAAUGGAAGUAACAGCAGGGGAUUCACUUUGUCUGAAAUGUCUAAUUGGAGGCACUCAAGAAAUAAAAGUGUCUUGGUUUAAGGCUGACGGUAAACUACGAUCCAGUGGUACAUGCAAAAUGGAAUACAUCAAAGGCACAGCCUGUUUGAAAUUAAGCAAAGUUACCAAAACCGAUGCUGGCGAAUACACGUGUAAAGCUGAGAACAGCAUAGGAUCAGCCUCCACAAGCUGUCGCAUAAUGGUGCAAGAUGCCAAAACACCACCAUCUUUCACAAAGAAAAUAACAAGUCUCCAGCAAACCCGAGGCCAACCUGUUAUAUUUGAGUGCCGUGUUGCAGGGUCCUCACCUGUGGAAGUUUCUUGGCUUAAAGAUGGCAAAUCUUUGAAAUAUGAUGAUGAAUAUUCAAUGUCUUUUGAUGACAACACUGCUGUUCUAAAAAUUGCCAGAGGUGAAAUGAGACACUCAGGGGAAUACACUUGUGUAGCUACCAACAGUGUUGGGACAGCUUCGUGUCAAGCCAAGCUCACACUCCAAGAGCCAAAAUAUCCUCCUGUUUUUGAUAAAAAGCUGGCACCCUUUGAGGUUUCAGUGGGAGACAGUGUGGAACUUGAAUGCCACAUGACUGGAACUUUACCGAUAAAAGUUGCAUGGUCUAAAGAUCACAAGGAUAUUCGCUCAGCCGGAAAUUAUAAAAUCUCCUGUGUGGAUAAUACCCCACGUCUGACCAUUUUGAAAGCCGAUAAAGCGGACUCUGGCCAGUAUUCUUGCCAUGCUAGCAAUGAAGUUGGGAAGGACUCUUGUACCACUGAAGUUUCUGUGAAAGAGCGCAAAGUCCCACCCACAUUCACCAAAAAGCCUUCUGAAACCAUUGAAGACUCAGAGGGGAAGUUGGUGAAGCUUGAGGCACGCCUCUCUGGAUCCCAGCCGAUGAGUGUCAGCUGGUUCAAAGAUAACAGUGAAGUCUAUAGUUCUGACAAUUAUGAAACAUCCUUCAAGAGUAAUCUGGCUGUGCUGGUCAUCAAAACGGCCAACCUCUCAGACCGCGGAAUGUACACUUGCAAGGCUUCCAACGAAGCUGGGGCUACCUCCUGUCACGCAUCAGUAGUCAUCACAGAGCGCAAGGCAGCUCCAGUCUUUGAUGAUCCUCUCAAACCAGUGACGGUAAACGAAGGCGAGAAGCUACACCUGUCCUGCCAUGUUCGUGGAUCUCCACCGCUGAAGAUCCAGUGGAUGAAGGACAGGAAGGACAUUAAAUCUUCUGCUCAGACCAGGAUUACCUUUAUGGAUGGCACUGCUACUUUGGAAAUCUCCUCUGCUUCUAAAACAGAUGCUGGUGACUAUCUUUGCAAAGCUACCAAUGACACUGGAAGUGAAUUCUGCAAAUCCAGAGUGACUAUCAAAGAAAAGGGGAGAGGGGCACCAGCAGCCACUGAUGCAGCCCUAGCAGCUGCCAAACCUGCUAUGAAACUGGACAACCUGUUCUUUGUUGAAGAGCCCAAGAAUGUCCAGGUGUCAGAGAAGAGCACCGCAACUUUCAUUGCCAAAGUUGGGGGCGAUCCCAUUCCCAAUGUGAAAUGGAUGAAGGGCAAGUGGAGGCAGAUGACUCAUGGUGGCCGAAUCACAAUUGAGCAGAAGGGGCAGGAUGCUAAAAUGGAGAUUAGAGACGUGACUAAAACUGACUCUGGGCAAUAUAGAUGUAUUGCAUCAAAUAAGCAUGGAGAAAUUGAAUGUAACACUGACUUGAAUGUAAGUGAAAAGAAAGAAGUUGGGGCACUUGAGGGAGACCUCAGAGCUAAACUAAAAAAGACUCCAUCCAAACAGAAGAGCCCAGAACAAGAACAAGAAAUUGACAUUGUGGAGUUACUGAGGAACGUGGAUCCUAAAGAGUAUGAGAAAUAUGCACGCAUGUAUGGAAUCACAGAUUUCCGUGGACUUCUUCAAGCUAUUGAGUUCCUGAAGAAGGAGAAAGCAGAUGAAACUGGAAGACCGGAACUGGGAGAACAUGGGAGAAGAGAAUCUGAUGAGGAUUUGGACAAACUUGUAUCUGACUUGCAAAAGAGGAUGGAACAGACUGAGCCUAUCACUCUGGUUAAAGACAUCACAGAUCAAACUACUGUCACAAACAAGGAGGCGGUGUUUGAAUGUGAAAUCAAGAUCAACUACCCUGAAAUCAGUUUGUCCUGGUACAAGGGAACACAGAAGCUUGAUGACAAUGACAAGUAUGAAAUCAGAAUUGUUGGUGAUCGUCACCUGCUGAAGAUUAAGCGCUGUCAGCGUGGAGACCAGGGAAAUUACCGUGUCGUCUGUGGCCCGCACAUUUCCAGUGCCAAACUGACAGUUGUUGACACUGAGGCUGAAGAGCAGCUGAAGCCUGCUGCUCCAAGGAUGCCUGUUGAUGAAACUGUCCCCAGAACUACUAUCGGAAUGAGAGAGGAAGUGCCAACUGAAGUUCCUGAAGCUUUCAAGAAAUCUGAACAAGAGCUGACUUUCCCAGCUGUGCCUGAAGGAGCAACACCAACCAAAGUGCCUGAAGACAGGAUGCCUGUAGGCAAAAAGAUACCAGUUACUGGGCGUGAACCAAAAGACCAGCUGUCCCCUGAAGAAUAUGAAGAGGCAAAGAAGCGUGUUCCUCGCCCAGCUCCUACUUCUGCUGCCGCUGCUAAAGAUCAGGUUACUCCUCAAAAAGAUGUUCCUGAAUCUAUAGCUCAUGUGGCUCUUGAGCCUAAACCAAGAAAAACACCUGAACAUAAAGAGCCAUCUACCAGGGUUGAAUCUGUACCUCAGCCUGCACCACCAAAGAAAGCUGAAGCAUUCCCAUCCGAAGUUCCUGAGGAAGAAAAGAAACGAAUGCCACCAAAAGCAGUUCCCACUAUAAAAACAAAGCCAGCGCCUGCCGAUAUGAAGGAGGCUACUUUGGAUACAGUGUCCACAGCAGAGAAGAAAACCUUGCCAGAGGCACCAAAGCCUAUCCCUGAACCUCUUGCAGAGGCCGUAUCAUCUCCAGAAGAUGAAGACAAAGGCCCAGUUACAGCACCUGGACCUGCUAAGAAAGAUGGGAAACCCAAAGAAGAACCAGGCAAAGGCAGAGGUGCCAUUAGACUAAGACAAACCCCCUCCCCUGGUGAUGGUGACAAGAGGAAAGGUCUGAAGCCUGGUGGAGGAGGAGACAAACCCCCAGGGGAUUCACCAUUUGGAUUCCAGCUCAAGGCUGUGCCACUGAAGUUUGUGAAAGAGCUGAAAGACAUUGUGUUACAGGAAGCUGAGUCAAUUGGCUCCUCAGCUGUUUUUGAGUGUCAGAUCUCACCCUCUACUGCUAUCACCACAUGGAUGAAGGAUGGAAGCAACUUGAGGGAGAGCCCCAAACACAAAUUUACUUCAGAUGGCAAAGAUCGUAAGCUGGCAAUUAUUGAUGUCCAGCUCUCUGACACUGGAGAAUACACGUGUGUUGCAAAGCUGGGUAAUAAAGAAAAGACCUCCACUGCCAAACUUGUUGUUGAAGAACUACCUGUCAGAUUCACAAAAACCUUGGAAGAAGAGAUUACAGUUUUCAAGGGACAACCUAUGUACUUGACCUGUGAGUUGAGCAAAGACAGAGAGGUGGUAUGGAAGAAGAAUGGUAAGCCUCUCAAGAACAUCGCAGGCAAGCUGGCGAUCAAUGAAAUUGGACUGGCGCGUGCUGUAACAAUCCAGGAUGCUGGUGAUGAUGAUUCUGGCGUUUACACAUGCGUGUGUGAAAACAUCAAGACUGAAGGAGCUGUCAAAGUUAUUGAAAUCAUUAGAGAUUGGUUGGUGAAACCAUUAAGGGACCAGCAUGUGAAACCCAAGGCCACUGCCACCUUCAAAUGUGAGCUGUUUAAGGACACUCCAAACUGGAAAUGGUUUAAAGGAGACAAGGAGAUUCCUAAUGACCCCACUGAUAAGACAGAAGUAAAGAAAGAUGGGAAGGACCUCAUUCUUACCAUUAAAAAUGCUGCUCCUGAUGAUGUUGGGGAAUAUGCCUUGGAGGUUGAAGGCCGUAGAUACCCAGCGAAGCUAACUCUUGGAGAACGUGAAGCCGAGAUCUUGAAGCCCCUCACCAGCGUGGAGGUUUAUGAGAAAGAGAGUGCCAGCUUUGAUACUGAAAUUUCUGAAGAGGAUGUUCCUGGAGAAUGGAAACUUAAAGGGCAGAUUUUGACCAGAUCACCAACAUGUGAUAUCAAAGCAGAGGGCAAGAAGCGUUUCCUUACUCUGAAAAAUCUCAAAGUUGACGAGUCUGGUGAAGUCUCUUACCAAGCUCUGAAUGCAGUCACAACUGCACUUCUUACUGUCAAAGAAAUUGAAAUGGACUUUACUGUCCCAUUGAAGGAUGUGACAGUGCUUGAAAAGAAGCAGGCUAGGUUUGAGUGCACUAUCACAAGAGAUGUACCCAAAGUAAUAUGGACAAAGGGGUCUGAAAUUAUUACAACUGGAAAGAAGUAUGAGAUCAUUGAUGAUGGGAAGAAACAUAUGCUGAUCAUCAAUAAUUCUGACUUUGAUGAUGAGGGACAUUAUGCUAUUGAAGCCUUGGGCAAAAAGUCAAUAGCCAAACUUACAGUGCAAGGUAUCAGGCUCAGCUUCAUCACACCUUUAAUGGACCAAACUGUGAAGGAAGGUAAAACGGCUCAGUUUGAGGUUGAGCUUUCUCAUGACAAUGUACCGGUGACAUGGUACAGAAAUGAAACAAAAAUCCAUCCAAGCCGAUCUGUUCUUAUUCACGUUGAUGGAAAGAAACAUAUAUUAGAAAUCCAAGAAGUCACUCUAGAUGACACCUGCCAAAUUAUGGCAGAGGCUAAAGGACAAUCUACAGUUGCUAAGCUGUUGGUGAUAGAGGGAGAUGCGUACUUUACAGUUAAGUUGCAAGACUAUACUGCAGUUGAGAAAGAUGAUGUCGUUCUGGACUGUGAGUUGAGCAGGGAUGUGCCAGUGAAGUGGUACCAUAAUGACACCGAAAUCAAAGCUUCUAAGAUGGUCACCAUGAAGGCUGAAGGCAAACGUAGAAUUCUGACUGUAAAGAGAGCGGCAGACAAAGAUAAGGGAAAUUAUGUUUGUGACUGUGGAACAGACAAGACCAUGGCUAAUAUUAAUAUUGAAGCUCGUGAUAUCAAGGUGGUCCGCCCUAUGUAUGGUGUGGAGCUCUUUGAUGGAGAGACAGCUCGAUUUGAGGUGGAAAUCUCUGAGCCUGAUGUCCACGGCCAAUGGAAACUGAAGGGAGAAGUCCUGACUCCUUCGUUUGAUAUUGAAAUUGUUGAAGAUGGUCCCAAGCAUGUCUUGACAUUGUACAACUGCAAGAUCCCCCAGUCAGGAGAAGUGGUAUUCCAGGCUGCCAAUGCCAAGUGUGCAGCCAAUCUAAAAGUGAAAGAGCUCCCACUCACCUUCAUAACCCCUCUGUCUGAUGUGAAAGUAUAUGAGAAGGAUGAGGCGAGAUUUGAGUGUGAAGUGUCUCGGGAAGCUAAGUCCUUCCGCUGGCUUAAAGGAACACAGGAGGUGAAAACUGAUGAGAAGUUUGAAAUUCUCCAUGAGGGAAACAGGCAUACUCUGGUGGUGAAAUAUGCUGCAUAUGAAGAUGAAGCAAAGUAUAUGUUUGAGGCUGAGGACAAGAGAACCACUGGCAAACUGAUUAUUCAAGGAAUUCGACUUGAGUUCAUCAGACCAAUCAAAGAUGUGACAGUCAAAGAGCGUGAGACUGCAGAGUUCAGUGUUCAGCUGUCUCAUGAGAAGGUCCCAGUCACCUGGUACAAAAAUGAUGUUCGUCUCCACCCAAGCAAAGUGGUGUACAUAUCGGAGGAUGGCAAGACCCACACCCUGACCUUCAAAGAGGUGUCCAUUGAUGACACUUCAAUGAUAAAGGCAGAGGCAAUGGAAAAAAGCUCAGAGGCUAUGCUUACUGUCCUUGAGGGAGAGCCGUACUUCAUCACCAAAUUGCAGGAUUACACUGCUGUUGAGAAGGAUGAAGUGGUGCUAGUGUGUGAGCUAAGCAAGCCUGCUGCAGAAGUGAAAUGGUUCAAAGAUGGCAAGGAGAUCACCCCCUCUAAGAAUGUCUUGAUGAAAUCAGAUGGCAAGAAGCGUAUACUUAUUGUAAAGAAGGCAGAAAAGGGCAACAUUGGUGAAUACACCUGUGACUGCGGCUCUGACAAGACCACUGCUAAACUUAACAUCGAGGAGCGUGAUAUCAAGAUCAUCCGUCCUCUGUACAGUGUAGAGGUGACAGAAACAGAAACUGCUCGCUUUGAGACAGAGAUCUCAGAGGAGGAUGUCCACGGUCACUGGAAGCUCAAAGGAGAGGCCCUUCGCCAGUCUCCUGACUGUGAAAUAAAGGAAGAAGGAACCAAGCACUUCCUUAUCCUGUACAAUGUGAGGAUGGACCAGGCUGGCACUGUAGACUUCCAGGCUGCCAAUGCUAAAUCCAGCGCUCAGCUUAGAGUUAAAGCACGGGUGAUUGGCCUACUGCGGCCACUCAGGGAUGUUACCGUUACUGCGGGGGAGACCGCCACCUUUGACUGCGAACUCUCCUAUGAAGGGAUUAAAGUGGAAUGGUUCCUUGGGAGCACAAAGCUGGAGCCAAGUGACAGAGUUGUCACGCGUGUGGAAGGCCGAGUUCACACACUGACUCUGAGAGAUGUGAAAAUGUCAGAGGCUGGAGAAGUUAAACUGACAGCCAAAGACUUCAUCACCCAAGCCAGGCUUAUCGUAAAUGAGCCACCAGUUGAGUUCACCAAACCUCUGGAGGAUCAAACUGUUGAAGAGGAGGCCACUGCCACCCUGGAGUGUGAAGUCUCCAGAGAAAAUGCUGAAGUAAAGUGGUUCAGGGAUGGACAGGAAAUCCAUAAAACUAAGAAGUAUGACAUUGUUGCUGAUGGCCGGAAGAGAAUACUCAUUAUUCACGACUGUACACUUGAUGAUUCAAAGACCUAUACCUGUGAUGCAAAAAAUUUCAAAACUUCUGCCUUCCUCACUGUUGAGCCUCCACAUGUUGAGUUCACAAAGCCGCUCCAUGAUGUUGAGGUUAAAGAGAAAGAAUCUGCCAAAUUUGAGUGUGAAGUUUCUCGUGAAAGUGCAAAGGUUCGCUGGUUCAAAGAUGGCAGUGAAAUCAGAAAGAGCAAGAAGUAUGAAAUCAUCGCUAAGGGUGUCCAACAUAUUCUUAUAAUACACAAGUCAGUCUUUGAUGAUGAGGCAGAAUAUGAAUGUGAUGCAAGGACCUCCAAAACCUCUGGCAUGCUUACUGUCAUUGAGGAAGAGGCUGUAUUUACAAAGAACCUGUCCAAUGUUGAGGGCACUGAAACUGACAGCAUUAAGAUGAUCUGCGAGGUGUCAAAACCCAGUGCAGAUGUCCUGUGGUACAAAGGUGACCAGGAGCUGCCUGAAGGUGGCAGAUACGAACAACGUGUGGAUGGCAAAAAGAGGAUACUUAUCAUCCAGGACCUUCGAAUGGAUGACAGAGGAGAGUAUAACUGCCGACUGCCCACCUCAAGAACUUCGGCAACACUGAAGAUUAAUGAACUGGCUGCUGAAUUUAUUUCCAGGCCACAGAGCCAGGAAGUUGUUGAAGGUGAAAAGGCAGAAUUUUCCUGCUCAGUUUCCAAGGACACGUAUGAAGUCAAAUGGCUUAGGGGUGACAAGGAGAUUGAAGCAGGACACAAGUAUGACAUCAUCUGCGAUGGCAAGAGAAGAGUACUUGUUGUCAAGGACUGUAUGCUGAAGGAUGAAGGAGGAUAUGUUGCCCUCAUUGGCUCCACUAGGGCUUCUGCAGAUCUUGUUGUGAUUGAAAAACUCAGGAUAAUCACACCCCUCAAAGACAUACAGGCAAAGGAAGGCCAAGAGAUUGUUUUCAACUGUGAAGUGAACACUGAUGGUGCCAAAGCUAAGUGGUUAAAAAAUGAUGAGACAAUGUUUGAGAGUGGCAAGUUCAUUAUGGUCCAGCGCGACAAUGUCUUCUCUCUGAGAAUAAAAGAUGCCCAAAGGUCUGAUGAAGCCAACUACUCCGUUGCACUUACAAACCAUCGUGGCGAACAUGCAAAGAGUUCUGCCAGUCUUGGUGUACAAGAGGAAGAUCUUAGGAUUAUUGAACCUCUUGAUGAUUGUGAGACUCAGGAGAAGAGAACCGUAAGUUUCUCUUGCAAGGUGAACAGACUCAAUGCAACAGUGAAAUGGAUGAAGGGAGGCCAAGAGCUUACCUUCAACAAGCACAUUCUGUACAGAGUUGACAAGAACAAGCACACACUGACCAUCAAAGACUGCAGCCUUAAUGAUGAAGGCGAGUACACUGCCAUGGCUGGCUCCGACAAGUCCACAGCUGAGCUUAUCAUUAGUGAGGCGCCCACUGAUUUCACAGUGCAGCUGAAAGACCAGACUGUCACUGAGUUUGAGGAUGCUGAGUUUGAGUGCAAGAUCUCCAAAGAAAAGGCUGAGAUCAGAUGGUACAAGGAAGGCCGUGAGAUUAAAGUAGGACCCAGAUACCGUUUUGAGAGAGAUGGCAAGACAUGCAUCUUGCACAUCAAGGAGUGCAGACCUGAGGAUGAAUGUGAAUAUGCCUGUGGCGUUGAUCAGAGGCGAUCCAGGGCCAGGCUGUUUGUUGAAGAGAUACCAAUUGAGAUUAUCAGACCCCCAAUGGACAUAUUUGAGCCCCCUGGUUCAGAUGUUGUAUUUGAAGCUGAGCUGAACAAGGACCGAGUUGAAGUUAAAUGGCUGAGGAACAACAUGAUGAUUGUCCAGGGUGACAAGUACCAGAUGAUGAGUGAGGGCAAGGUUCACCGUCUCCAGGUGUGUGAGAUCAGGCCUCGUGACCAGGGCGAGUAUAGAAUCAUUGCCAAGGACAAAGAUGCCAAAGCCAAGCUAGAACUUGCAGCUGUUCCUAAGAUCAAGACUAUGGAUCAGAACCUGGUGACAGAUGCUGGAAAACCCUUUGUCAUGAUGGUUCCCUAUGAUGCUUAUCCACGUGCUGAGGCUGAAUGGUUUUUCAAUGGCAUCGGCCUGCCAAAGCAGAACAUCGACACAUCCACUGACAGAACAGAUUAUAGGAUGAAGGACCCCAAGAAGUCUGACCAAGGCCGAUACAAGAUUGUCAUCAAGAACAAACACGGAAAGGGAGAAGCCUUCAUCAAUCUGGAUGUUAUCGAUGUUCCUGGGCCUGUGAAGAACCUGAAAGUUGUGGACACAGCUGAUGGGGAGGUCAGUCUUGCCUGGGAUGAGCCUGAGAGUGAUGGUGGGAGCAAAAUCAUUGCCUAUGUUGUGGAAAGGCGUGAUGUGAAGCGCAAGACAUGGACCCUGGCCACUGACCGUGCAGACAGCCCUGAGUACUGUGUCUCCGGACUGCAGAGGGACUCCAUGUACCUCUUCCGUGUCUGUGCUCGCAACAGGGUGGGCAGUGGAGAGACUGUGGAGACUCGGGAACCUGUCCAAGCCAAGAACAAAUUUGAUGUGCCUGAGGCCCCACAGGAUGUCAAGGUUCAAAAUGUUAACAGGUUUGGAGCCACCCUUUCUUGGAGACCCCCAUUGUUUGAUGGUGGAUCUGAAAUAACUGCAUACAUCAUUGAGCUUCGAGAUCGUACCUCUGUGCGGUGGGAGCCAGCACUGGUUACCAAACCCGAGGAUCGCACAGCUGUCCUUAAUGAUGUUGUGGAGAACAAGGAGUACAUAUUCCGUAUUAGAGCUGAGAACAAGGCUGGAAUUGGCAAGCCGAGCAUUGCCACUGAUCCUGUGAAAAUCAUGGAUCCCAUUGAGAGGCCAAGCCCACCAUUGAAUUUCCACUACUCUAAUCAGACCAAGGACUCUGUUCAGCUGACAUGGGAUACACCCUUGAGCAAUGGAGGCAGCAUGAUCACAGGAUACAUUAUUGAGAAAUGUGAAGAUGGAAAACAGAACUGGCUCAGAUGCAAUGCCAGGCUUUGUCAGGAACUUUGCUAUAAGGUAUCUGGCCUGACACAAGGUCAGAAGUACCACUAUAGAGUAUCUGCUGAGAAUGCAGCUGGAAUUUCAGACCCAGCGGACACAAUUGGACCUCUCCUGGCAGAUGAUCCACAUGUUGGUCCUUCGAUGGAUCUCAGUGCAUUCAAGGAUGGCCUGGAGGUGAUUGUCCCUCACCCCCUUACUAUUCGCAUUCCCAUUACUGGGUACCCCACACCCACGGUCAAGUGGAGUAUGGGAGAAAUGGCAUUGACCCCGGGAGACCGUGUGUCUAUGACUACCAAGGCAACUUUCACAGAGCUAAUUAUCACUCCCAGUGUGCGCCCAGACAAGGGCAGGUACACAGUUCACCUGGAGAACGAUGUGAGCACAGUCUCAGGAGAGAUUGAUGUGAACGUCAUUGCUCCCCCAAGUGCACCAAAAGACUUCAAGGUUUCUGAAGUGACAAGACACCAUGUUCACCUGAUGUGGGAGGCACCAGAACAUGAUGGUGGAAGCCCAGUAACUGGAUACCAGAUUGAAAAGCGUGAGGUGUCCCGUAAGACCUGGGUCAAGGUUAUUACAGGUGUACAAGAUCUAGAGUACACUGUCACUGAUGUAAUUGAGGGGAAAGAAUAUUUGUUCAGUGUUACCGCCUGCAACAAGUGUGGACCAGGGGAGCCUGCCUACAUUGAUGAACCAGUGAAUGUGUCCUCUCCAGCCACUGUGCCAGACCCACCUGAGAAUUUGAAAUGGAGAGACAAGUCUGCCAAAGGAAUCUUCCUUUCCUGGGAGCCUCCAAAGUAUGAUGGUGGCUCUGGAAUUAAGGGGUACAUUGUUGACAAGUGCCAGCGUGGCUCUGACAAAUGGGAGCCCUGUGGAGAGGCUGUGCCUGAGCUCAAAUUCCAAGUGACUGGACUGACAGAAGGCGAGUGGUAUGCCUACCGUGUUAGGGCCGUAAACAGGCUGGGCGCUAGCAGGCCUUGCAGGGCUACGGAUGAGAUCCAGGCUGUGGAUGCAAAAGAACCUCCAGAGAUUGAUUUGGAUGUCAAACUGCUCGCUGGUUUGACUGCGAAGGCUGGGACCAAGAUUGAGCUGCCCGCUGAUGUAAAGGGAAAACCAGAGCCGAAAAUCACCUGGACUAAGGCUGAUCUUGUCCUUAAAAAAGAUGACAGAGUCUCCAUUGAAACCAAGCCGGGUCACUCUACAGUCACUAUAGCCAAGACCAAGAGAGAUGACACAGCUACCUAUAUCAUCGAGGCUGUAAACAGCUGUGGCCGAGCUACUGCAACAGUGGAUGUCAACAUUCUUGAUAAGCCUGGCCCUCCAGCUGCCUUUGACAUCUCUGAGAUCACCAACGAGUCCUGCUUACUGGCAUGGAACCCUCCCAGAGAUGAUGGUGGCUCAAUGGUCACUAAUUACAUUGUGGAGAGGAAGGCUGGAGACAGUGAGGAGUGGCACAAGCUUUCUGCUACCGUGAAACACACCUCUUUCAAGGCCUGCAAGCUUGUGGCUCUAAAGGAAUAUACUUUCAGAGUGUUUGCUGAGAAUCAAUAUGGCAUUGGUGAUCCUGCAGAACACGUACCAAUUGUCGCUAAGUACUCCUUUGACCCACCUGGCAUGCCAACUAGACUGGAGCCUUCAGAUAUUGCAAAGGAUUCCUUGACCUUGACAUGGUAUGAGCCAGAUGAGGAUGGUGGCAGCCCUAUUACUGGGUACUGGGUGGAGAGGUUAGACCCAGACACUGACAAAUGGAUAAAAUGCAACAAGCUUCCAAUCACGGAUACGACAUACAGAGUGAAAGGACUUCCCACAAAAAAGAAACACAGGUUCCGUGUCUUGGCUGAGAAUCUUGCUGGGCUCGGAAAACCAAGCAAGGAGACUGACCAAAUCUUGGUUAAAGAUCCAAUUGAUCCCCCCUGGCCUCCUGGCAAACCCUACGUCAAAGAUAUUGCAAAAACCUCUGCCAUGCUACAGUGGACCAAGCCUGAGCAUGAUGGUGGGGCCAAGAUUGAGUCUUACAUAAUUGAAUUGCUGAAGAGUGGAACUGAGGAUUGGGUUCGUGUGGCUGAAGAUAUUCCCAUGACUGAGCAUUUUCUGAAGGGACUGAUGGAGAAGCAAGAGUAUUCCUUCCGAGUCAGAGCAGUCAAUAUUGCUGGAGAGAGCGAACCCAGUGACCCCUCUGAUCCUGUCGUCUGCAAGGAGAGACAUUAUCCUCCUUCCCCUCCGCGCUGGCUUGAAGUAGUCAACAUCACCAAGAUAAGUGCAGAGUUGAAAUGGGCAAUUCCAGAAACAGAUGGUGGCUCCCCCAUCACAAAUUACAUUGUGGAGAAGAGAGACGUGAGGCGCAAGGCUUGGCAGGCAGUAGAUACCACCGUGAAAGAAACCCAGUACACUGUCACUCCUCUUAAUGAGGGAUCUUUAUAUGUGUUCCGUGUGGCUGCUGAAAAUGCUGUUGGGCAAAGUGACUACUGUGAAUUGGAGGACUCUGUCCUGGCUAAGGACACUUUCACUACCCCUGGGCCUCCAUAUGCUUUGACUGUGGUGGAAGUAACAAAGAGACAUGUAGAAUUGAAGUGGGAACCUCCGAAGAAUGAUGGCGGUAGGCCUAUUACAAAAUAUGUAAUUGAAAAGAAAGAGAAGCUGGGAACCCGCUGGGUGAAGGCUGCCAAGACACCUGGGCCUGAAUGCAAAUACACGGUGUCAGAUGUUGUUGAGGGAACUGAGGUGCAAUUUCAGGUCCGUGCUGAAAAUGAAGCAGGUGUUGGACACCCAAGUGAGCCCACAGAUAUCCUGAAAAUUGAAGACCCAAUAAGUCCACCAUCUCCUCCUCUGGAGCUACAUGUGACUGAUGCUAGCAGAGGCCACAUCUCUAUUGCAUGGAAACCACCAGAGAAGAAUGGUGGUAGUCCCAUCACCGGCUACCACAUUGAGCUUUCUGAAGCCGGCACUGAAAAGUGGAUGAGAGUCAACUCACGCCCUGUAAAAGAGUUGAAAUAUAGGGCAGAGGAAGGCAUCAUCCCUGAGAAACAAUAUGUUGUGAGAGUUCGUGCCAUCAAUGCUGUGGGCGUUAGUGAUCCAUCUGAGGUCUCUGAUAAGGUCUUUGCAAAGGAUCCUGACUGCAUUCCUACCAUUGACCUGCAGACUCAAGACAUUAUAGUGGUGGAGGGUAAGAAGAUGAGUCUACUUGUCCCAUUCAAAGCUGUUCCAAAACCAAAAGUAUCCUGGCAGAAAGAUGGGACUGAGUUGAAGGCUGAUGACAGAGUCACCAUGAGCUGUGAACUCAGUACAGUCAACUUAGAUAUUCCCAACUGCAAGCACGCUGAUGCUGGGGCAUACACCGUUAGUUUAGAGAACACCCUGGGAUCUGCAACUGGAACAAUCCAUGUUAAAGUCAUUGGUCUUCCUGGGCAGUGCAAGGACAUUGCUGCCAGUGAGGUCACAAAAAAUUCCUGCAAGGUCUCUUGGAAUCCUCCAGAUAAUGAUGGUGGCACCCCGAUUUUGCACUACAUUCUGGAGCGUAGAGAAGCUGCCAGAAAGACCUUUAUGUCUGUGAUGUCCGACAACCAAUUGAGCUGUCAAGUUAAGGAUCUAAUGGUCAAUGGAGAAUAUUACUUCCGUGUUAAGGCAGUAAAUAAGAUUGGUGCUGGAGAGUGUCUUGAGAUGCGCAACCCUAUCAUCAUUGAGGAGCAGAAGCAGCGACCAGAUCCACCCAUUGAUGUUGAAGCUCACAGUCCAACCUCUCAGUCUGUGACCCUGAGCUGGAACCCCCCUCCAUACGAUGGUGGUUGCCCUAUAACUGGCUAUAUUCUGGAGAAGAUUGAAAAAGAUGGUGAUAUGUAUGAGAGAUGCUGUGAGUCUGCGGUGCCUGGAUUGUCCUACACAGUGACGGGCUUGACAGAGGGCAAGGAAUAUCAGUUCCGUGUCCGUGCUGAGAAUAUUGCUGGAGUCAGUGAUCCCUCCCGCAGCACACAGCUGAUCAAAGCUGCGGAUCCUGUUGAUCCACCUAAGGUCUUCCUUAAGGGAAGUCAACAGUAUGGCCUGAGCCUCAAAACAAGAGAAGAGAUUAGAAUAGAUGCGUUCAUCUCAGGAUCUCCUUACCCAACUGUGACAUGGUACAGGAAUGAUGAGGUCAUUAAGCCAGAGACUAUAAAGAGACAGGAAAGACCUCUUUUGAGGAGGAAAAAGGUAAAGGAUGCUACUGCAGAACCAGAGGAGCCUUACCACCCAUCCCUCCCAGAACGUCUCUCAUUUGAUACGAGUAAGAAGGGGGAGUCCUCAAUAAUGGUACGCGACUCCAUUAGAAGUGACCACGGAAUGUUUGUAGUCAAAGUUGAGAACAAACACGGAGUAGACACAGCAACCUGCGAGGUCAAUGUUCUUGAUAAACCUGGACCUCCAGUUAAUGUUGGCUUUGAUGAGAUCAGGAACACAUCUGUUAUCUGCAAGUGGGAACCACCUUUAGAUAAUGGUGGAUGUGAAAUUACAAACUAUAUCCUGGAGAAAAGAGACAACACUAAAGAUGAAAAUGGAUGGGUCACUGUAUCCGCAAACGUUAAAGGAUGCCAGCAUUUGGUGACCAAACUAAUUGAAGGAAAGGAGUACAUUUUCCGUGUGACAGCUGAAAACAGGAUUGGCACAGGGCGUCCACGUGUGUCAGCACCACUUGUAGCUAAGAAUCAAUUUGAACCACCCGAUGCCCCCAACAUGCCUAAAAUUGUAGAUGUUGCUGCAAACAGCAUGCUUGUUUCUUGGAAUGAGCCCAAAGACAAUGGAAGCCCUAUCUUGGGCUACUGGUUAGAGAGAAAAGAAAUCAACAGCACACAUUGGACCAGAGUGAACCGCAGCUUACUCAAUGCCCUAGAAGUGAGAGCUGAAGGUCUGAUGGAAGGUUUGACCUAUAUCUUCAGAGUCUGUGCAGAGAACUUAGCUGGACCUGGAAACUUUAGUGUCCCAACUGAGCCCAAAACUGCACAAGAUCCAAUCUUACCACCUGGUCCACCAGUUCCAAGAAUUGUUGAUGCUACAAAAUCAUCCAUUGAUGUUGCCUGGGAUCCUCCCAUGUACAAUGGAGGUGGAGAUAUCCUUGGCUACCAUAUUGAGAAGAUUGCGGUAGGAGAAAAAGACUGGUCCCGCUCUUCUGAGAGACUGUGUAAGGAGCGGAAGUUCACUGUAACUGGAGUUAAACCGGGAAAAGAUUACAUUGUUCGUGUGUUUGCCGUAAACAAUGCUGGUGAAGGAGCUCCUGGCAUGACAGAAACUGUUACAGUGAGAGACCCACAAGAGCCUCCACUUGUUGACUUUGACAUAUCUGUGAGAAACGGUGUCACUAUCAGGGCUGGGCAGACACUGAAGUUGCCUGCAAUUGUCAGUGGUAGACCUAUACCAGAGGUAAAAUGGACAAAGGAUGAAGGAGAGCCUGACAAAGAGCGUGUUGCUAUUGAAACUGUUGGAAAAAACAGUAUUCUUACUAUCAAGAAUGUCUUGAGGACAGAUUGUGGCAAGUACCAGGUCACCGGGACAAACACUUGUGGAACAAAAUCAGCAUUAACAAGAGUAGAUGUCAUGGAUGUUCCUGGUCCUGUGGUUGGUUUUAAGCCAUCUAAGGUCUCAAAAAAGAUGAUUACACUGAUCUGGACUGAACCUGCUGACAAUGGUGGAAGUGAUGUUAUUGGUUACAUUGUUGAAAGAAAGGAUGCGAAGAUGCACACGUGGAGACAGCCUUUAGAGGCUGCAGGAUGUAAAAUUGAAAUUGUUGGUCUGCUUGAAGGAGAAGAGUACAUGUUCCGUGUUGUGGCAAAGAAUAGAUAUGGCUGUGGUCCCCCAGUGGACAUAGGGCCUAUUCUUGCAGUGGAUCCUAAAGGGACACCGAGUGCGCCAGAAAAACUUCACUGGACAGACAGGACCAAAAUGACCGUAACUCUUUCCUGGAAGCCACCUCGUAGUGAUGGAGGCAGUCCCAUUCAAGGCUAUUAUGUUGAGAAAAGAAGACAAGAUGGUGGUGAAUUUGAGAUUGCUAACACCCAGAUUUGCAAGGGCCUCAGUUUGACAGUGCCAAACCUGUCAGAGCACCACAUGUAUGAAUUCCGUGUUAAGGCAGUAAAUGAGGUUGGGCAUGGCGAACCUUCAAAUAUACUGAAUGUAAUGAUUAAAGAUGAUGAAGCUGCCCCAGCUGUGACCAUACUAAAGCACUUCAUGGGAGAUGCCAUCAUUGUCAAGACUGGAGCAGCAAUUGAAAUUCCUGCUGAAGUAGUAGGCCUACCAAUGCCAAAGAUUGAAUGGUCCAAGGAUGGAGUUGUUAUUGAGAAACCAACUGAGAUGCUUUUGAUUGAAACAGAGGAGGUGCACAAAAACAAAGCUAACACCAAGCUUAGCAUCCCUGUAACUGUUAGACAAGACAAGGGUCUCUACAGUCUUACUGCCUCAAACCAUCUUGGACAGGAUAAACGUACCAUCAGAGUAGAGAUAUUAGAUCGGCCAUCACCACCACGGAACAUUGUGGUUUCUGACAUAAGAUCUGAAUCUUGCUAUUUGACUUGGGAUGCCCCAGAAGACAAUGGAGGCAGUGAGCUCACAAACUACAUAAUUGAGAAGAGAGACGCAAGCAAGAAGAAGUCUGAUUGGGAGCCAGUAACUAACUGUAUUCUUGAGAGGCGAUAUGGGUUGUGGAAACUGGAAACCAAUGGAGUUUACCAGUUCAGAAUCAGUGCUGAGAACAAGUAUGGAAUCAGUGAUGGCUGCGAAUCAGAGAAAGUUGUGCUCAGGGACCCAUUCGGACUCCCUGGACCACCACAGAAGCCAAGGAUCGUUAGCCGUUCCAGCGGUUCCAUGCUAGUAACAUGGCAGCCUCCUCUGGACAAUGGUGGAUCCACCAUUACAGGUUACGUACUUGAGAAGAGAGAGAGAGGAGCUGUCUAUUGGUCUCGUGUGAACAGGGGUCCUGUCACAAAACCGGUUGUUAAAGGCCUGGAAUAUAAUAUACUCCACCUUGUUGAGGGUGCUGAAUACCAAUUCCGUGUAAUGGCCUGCAAUGCUGCUGGUGUUGGCCCCCCAAGUGAAUCAUCUGAGUGUGCAUUUGCAGUAGAUCCUUGCAAUCCUCCUGGUGCACCAUCAUGCCCAGAAGUUAAAGACAAAACCAAUAACAGUAUCACACUUGCCUGGAACCCACCAGAGAAAGAUGGUGGCAGCCCCAUUGCCGGCUACAUUAUUGAGAUGCAGGAUGAAAAGUCACCAGAUUGGAAAAGACUGAAUAGUGCUGACAAGCUGCAUCCCACCACAGAAUUCACUGUUCCAAAUCUUGAAGAGAUGAAGAAGUACAGGUUCAGAGUUAUUGCUGUCAAUGCUGUAGGAGAGUCUGAGCCAAGCUCCAGGACAGGUGACAUUAUUGCCAAGGAGAUUCAAGAGGAACCCAAUGUUACACUGGAGCUUAGUGCAGAUGAGUUGCAGUUCUGCAGAGCUGGUUCCACAAUUAAAAUUCCUGCAGUAAUCACAGGACGCCCUACUCCAGAAGUUUCAUGGGAGUUUGAUGGCGGGGCUAAAACGGAAAAGAAGGAUGGUCGUCAUACCCUUCCAGUGGAUUCAGAGAUCCGAUCUACUGAUACAACAUCAACAAUUACAAUUCCUGAGAGUAAGAUGAACCAUUCGGGCAGAUAUAUCAUCACAGCCAAAAAUGCUGCUGGACAGAAAGUUGUUAAAGUUCGAGUCAGUGUGUUUGACAUUCCUGGACCUCCUAAAGAUUUGAAGGUCUCUGACAUCACAAGGGGCACUUGUAGACUUACAUGGAAGCCUCCUGAUAAUGAUGGUGGCGAGAGAAUCAAGAGUUACUUCAUUGAAAAGAAGACCGUUGAAGGCAAAGCCUGGACAAAGGUCAACCCAGCUUGUGGGACUCAGUCCUUUGUUGUCCCCGAUCUUAGUGAAGGGCAGGAAUACCUCUUCCGUGUCCGUGCUGAGAAUUGCUUUGGCAUGGGGCCACCUGUUGCGACGAUUCAGAGGACAAGGGCAAGAGAUCCUAUCAUGCCCCCUGAUCCUCCUACGAGAGUCAAGAUUCGCCUUGUGACUAAAAACGCAGUAACUCUGACUUGGAAGCCACCAAAGAAUGAUGGUGGUGCUCCUGUCACCCAUUACAUUGUUGAGCGACUAUACUGGGACCCCAGUGGGACACAGAAGGAGUCCUGGAGGCAGUGCAACAGGCGUGACAUUGAGGAGACCAGUUUCAAGGUUGAGGACCUCAGUGAAGGUGGAGAGUAUGAGUUCCGUGUCAAGGCUGUGAAUGAGGCUGGAGCAAGCAGACCAUCUUCUACUGCUGGACCAGUCAUUGUCAAAGAUCAAAAUUGUGCACCAAGCAUUGAACUCAGCGAAUUCAUGGAAGUCGAACAGGGAGCUGACAUCAAAAUUGUUGCUAAAAUUAAAGGCAGCCCAUUCCCAACCCUCACGUGGCAGAAGGCUCCACCUCACAAGUCUGAUGAAAAGGCUGAUGUCAAAUAUGAUGAGCACAUUAACAAGCUUGUAUUCGAAGAUAGCUGCACUUUGCUGAUUCAACAGGGGAAACGAGAAGAUACUGGUCUGUACACAAUAGUAGCCAGCAACAGCCUGGGCAAGGCCUCCAAGGAAAUGAGACUCAAUGUCUUGGGACGCCCUGGACCACCUUCUGCACCUAUUAAGUUCGAGGAUGUAUCUGCUGAAAAGAUUACCCUGUCUUGGCUUCCUCCUAAGGAUGAUGGUGGAUCAAAGGUCACUAACUACGUAAUUGAGAAACGUGUGGCUAGUAGGAAGACAUGGGUACCAGUCACCAAUGAACCGAAAGAACGUAUAUAUACAGUGGAGAAUUUGAUGGAAGGCCAUGAGUAUGUUUUCCGCAUCAUGGCUCAAAACAAAUAUGGCAUUGGUGAUCCCCUGGACAGUGAACCAGAGAAAGCCAGGAACCUUUACACUGUCCCUGGGAAAUGUGAAAAGCCAACCAUUACAAGUGUAACUCAUGAAUCCAUGACAGUCAAUUGGGAAGAGCCAGAAGAUGAUGGUGGAACACCUAUCACUGGCUAUUGGCUUGAGCGCAAGGAGACCACAGCAAAGCGCUGGAAUAGAGUUACGCGCGACCCAAUUAGGGUUAUGCCCCUUGGUGUGUCCUACAAUGUGACUGGUCUAAUUGAAGGAUCUGAGUACCAGUUCCGUGUGACGGCAAUUAAUGCAGCUGGUUGCGGGCCUCCAAGUGACCCAUCUGAUCCUGUCUUUGCCAGGGACCCCAUGGCACCCCCUGGACCUCCUACCCCUAAAGUAACAGACUGGACCAAGUCAACAGUUGAUGUGGAAUGGAUUCCACCAUUGAAGGAUGGUGGAUCUAAGAUUAUUGGAUAUAUUGUUGAAUUCAAAGAGGAGGGAAAAGAACAAUGGGAAAAGGCCAAAGAUAAAGAAAUAAGAGGCACUAAGUUUGUGGUGUCUGGACUGAAAGAGCUUGGACUUUACAGAUUUAGAGUCAAAGCAGUAAAUGCAGUAGGUGCUGGUGAACCUGGUGAAGUCUCUGAAGUGAUUGAAGUCAAGCACAGGACAAUUGCCCCUGAGAUAGACCUGGAUGCUGCAGUGAAGGAGCGAAUAGUUGUUCAUGCUGGUGGUGUGAUCCGCAUACUGGCUUAUGUGUCAGGCAAGCCCGAACCCCAAAUCACAUGGAGCAGAGAUGAUGGUCCUGUUCCUCAGGAAGCUGUGGUUGAGACUACUGCCAUCAGUUCUGCACUGGUUAUCAAGAAAUGUACAAGAAAACACCAAGGCAUUUACACCUUAACUGCUAAAAAUGAAGGUGGUGAAAGAAAGAAACCCAUCAUUGUGGAUGUGUUGGAUGUCCCUGGCCCAGUUGGGGCACCAUUCAACACAGAGAACCUCACCAGUGACUCAUGCAAAUUAAACUGGUUCUGCCCUGAUGAUGAUGGUGGCUCUGCUAUCUCUAAUUAUAUUGUUCAGAAGCGUGAAGUUGACCACAAGGCUUGGACUUCAGUACCCUACACUGUCACAAGGCACAGUGCAGUUGUCCAUGGUGUAACAAGGGGAAAGGCCUAUUUCUUCAGAGUUGCUGCUGAGAACGCUGUAGGAAUUGGCCCAUUCCGUGAAACCACUGCAGAAAUUAUCAUAAAGGAUGCUAUGACUGUUCCUGAUCGUCCUGAGGACCUGAACGCUACGGCAGUUACAAAAGACUACGUCAGUUUGUCUUGGAAACCACCUAAGUAUGAUGGUGGCUCUGAAGUUACAAUGUACAUUCUGGAGGCCCGUCCGAUUGGCAAAGACAAAUUUAUCCGACUUACAAAGGAGAAGUUGAUGGAGAGGAGAUAUACCUAUGAUGGUCUCAAAGAGGGUGAUACUUAUGAAUUCCGUGUCAGUGCUGUAAAUGAAAUCGGUCAAGGCAAGCCCUCCUUCUGUACGAAACCAAUCACUUGCAAGAAUGAACUUGAACCUCCCACAAUUGAGCUUGACUUCCGUGACAAAAUAAUUAUGCGGGUUGGAGACACUUUUGCCCUCCAAGGUCGGUAUACCGGAAAACCAGCACCAUCCAUUACAUGGUUCAGAGAUGAUGAAGAGCUGAAAGCAGAUGACCACAUCAAGUUCAAAAACACCCUAACAACAAUGUGUCUGGGCAUUGUCAAAGCUAAGCGUGAACACAGUGGUCGAUAUUGUGUGGUUGUAGAAAACAGCACUGGCUCACGCAAAGGGAUCUGCAACGUGACUGUUGUUGACCGUCCACUGCCUCCAGAAGGUCCAGUUGUCUUUGAGGAAGUCCACAGGGAUCACAUGGUCAUUUCCUGGAAGCCACCUCUUGAUGAUGGCGGAUCAGAAAUUUCUAAUUACGUCAUUGAGAAAAGAGAAGCUAACAGGGAUAUUUGGAUGCACGUGACAUCUGCCACCACAAAGACAACAUGCAAAGUGCCUAAAUUGGUUGAGGGAAAAGAGUAUGUCAUGAGAAUAUGUGCCGAGAACAUGUAUGGUAUUAGUGACCCCCUGGAUUCAGAAGAAAUGAAAGCCAAAGAUCGAUUUAGAGUGCCUGAAGCACCAGAGCAGCCCGAUGUGAAGGAGGUAUACCACGAUUCAGCACUGGUGCUUUGGAACCGACCUCGUGAUGGUGGCAAACCCAUUACUAAUUACAUUUUGGAGAUGAAGGAGACUGGAUCGAAGAGAUGGUCACGCGCCACAAGGGACCCUAUCUAUCCGGACACUCAAUUCAGGGUUCAAGAUCUUACUGAAGGCUGUGAAUAUGAGUUCCGUGUCACAGCAGAGAAUGAAAUGGGUAUUGGUGAUCCUAGUCCCCCAUCUAAGCCUAUAUUAGCUAAAGAUCCAAUUGUUCUCCCAGGUCCUCCUGUGCUCCCAGAAGCUGUGGAUAACACUAAGGAUUCUGUGAGUCUGUCCUGGCGCCCACCCCGCCAUGAUGGCAAGGGCAAAAUCUUUGGUUACCUUGUUGAGUAUCAGAAGGUUGGCGAGGAAGCAUGGACUAAAGCAAAUCAGACUCCGGAGUCAUGCCCAGAAACAAAAUUUAAAGUCCUGAACCUUGAAGAUGGUAAACUUUACAGGUUUAGAAUCAUGGCUGUGAAUGCUGCUGGUUCCUCUGAGCCUGCCUAUGUCAAGGAGCCAGUUAAAGUGCAGGACAGACUUGAGCCUCCAGAGCUGCUGCUUCAUGCCAAUAUGGUUCGAGAUCAUCUUUCUAUGGUAGGGUCCCUCAUCACUCUCAGUGCUGGGAUCAAGGGCAUGCCAUUCCCCACAGUAACAUGGAAGAAGAAUGGUGCGGAUGUUCCACCCAAUGCUGCCAUUCAGGUCACUGGCACAGGAAGCAAACUAGAAAUCAAAAACUGUGCCCGUUUGGACUGUGGCGAUUAUACAAUAACUGUUGAAAAUGCAGCUGGAUCAAAAACGGCCACAUGCACUGUACUUGUCUUAGAUAAACCUGGUCCACCCCAGAAUCUUGCGGUUUCCGAGAUUACAAGUGAAUCAGCUUAUCUUACAUGGAAAGAGCCAGAGGAUAAUGGAGGUGCUGUCAUUUCCCACUAUGUGGUACAGAAGAAAGAUGUGGCAUCUGAUGAGUGGGUGCCAGUGUGUGCAUCAUCCAAAAAACUUAGCUUGAUGGCAAAUUACUUGAUGGAAGGCACGCAGUAUUUGUUCCGUGUUGCUGCUGAAAAUCAGUUUGGAAGAAGUGGAUUUGUUACAACAACUAAGCCCAUCAAAGCUGUUGAUCCUCUCUACCCUCCUGGUCCACCGAAGAAUUUGCAUCAUGUAGACGCAGAGAAAACUGAAGUCUGGCUUGAAUGGGAGUGGCCAGAUCGCACAGGAGGCAGUGAAAUUACUGGAUUCUUAGUUGAAUACCAAGAGGACGGAGCCAAAGAUUGGACCACCUUCAAAACUGUCAGCAAUCCAGCAAGCCAUGUCACUGGACUUGAAGAGGGGAAAACCUACAGAUUCCGUGUAAAAGCGCAGAAUGCCAUUGGCCUGAGCCGUCCAGAUUCCACAAUACCAAUACUCUGUCAAGGGAAACUUGUGCCACCAAGUAUUGAAGUGGAUGUAAAACUAAUUGAAGGCAUCGUUGUGAAAGCUGGAACUACAAUCAUUCUCCCUGCAAUAAUGAAAGGCAUACCCAUCCCUACUGCAAAAUGGAUCACUGAUGGUAAUGAAAUCAAAAGUGAAGGCAAGUUUAAAGUAGAGACGGAUGGCAUGUCAACAGUCCUCAGCAUUAGUGAGUGCACAAGAGCGGACACUGGAGAGUAUCUUCUUACAGUAGCAAACCCUGCCGGAAGCAAGACAGUUGCAUUGCAUGCAACUGUGCUUGAUGUCCCAGAUGCACCUGUUGGCCCUGUGAACAUCCUUGAGGUUACUCCUGAUCAUAUGCUUAUCAACUGGCGCCAUCCCAAGGAUGAUGGAGGAACCCCAUUAAUGAAUUACAUUGUUGAGAAGAAAGACUGCAAGAAACCAUGGGAGCCAUGGGGAGUUGUGAGCUCUGGAAGUCUGAGUACAACAGCUAAAGUUUCACGUUUGGAAAAGGGACGUGAAUAUGUUGUCCGUAUUCGUGCAGAGAACAAGAUUGGCAUAGGUGCACCACUUGAAAGUCAACCAACUAUUGCCAAAUUUCUGUAUGACCCACCUGGUGCUCCGGGACAGCCAGAGGCUUCUGACAUCACAGAAAAUGCUGUGACUAUACAUUGGGCUGAGCCAUUAACAGAUGGUGGAAGUCCAGUCAGUGGCUACAUUGUUGAACGCAGAGAACUAACAGGCAAAUGGAUUCGUGUGAAUAAAACUCCUGUCUUAGAUGUCAAAUACAGAAUAUGUGGGCUUUUUGAGGGCAACAGCUAUGAGUUCAGAGUUUUUGCUGAAAAUGUUGCUGGCAUCAGUGAACCUUCUCCCCCAUCUGUCCCAAUUAAGGUAGUUCGUCCUGUCGCUCGCCCAGGACCUCCAUGCAACCUCAAACUGAAGGAUUGGAGCAAAACAUAUGCAGACCUAGUUUGGACAAAACCUUUGAGAGAUGGAGGCAGUCCCAUUUUAGGCUAUGUUGUCGAGUGCCAGAAAUCAGGAGGUGCUCAGUGGGAGAGAAUCAAUCAGGAUCUUAUUAAGCAGUGUGCGUUUAGAGUACCAGGUCUAGUUGAAGGUACAGAAUACAGGUUCCGUGUAAGAGCUUCUAACAAGGUUGGUGAUGGAGAGCCAAGAGACCUUGUUGAAACUGUACUUGCUAAGGAUAUUCUUGUUCCUCCUGAAAUCAGUGUUGAUAUUGCAUGCAGGGAUCUUUUGACCGUGAGAGCUGGACAGAUUAUAAACCUAGUAGCUCGAGUUAAAGGUAGACCUGAUCCAGAAAUUACUUGGAGUAAGGAUGCAAGGGUUCUAGGUAGAGACAAGCGAACUGAAAUGAAGGCCAACUUCCCUACUGUUGAACUAAUUAUCCAAGAAGCAACAAGAGCAGAUUAUGGAAAGUAUGCCAUUCAGGCAAAAAAUAGCAGUGGACAAGCACAAGCUACUACUAUAGUGAAUGUGCUUGACUCACCAGGACCUUGUCAGAAUCUGAAGACAGCUUACGUGAGUAAAGAUUCUUGCAUGGUAUCAUGGGAGAAUCCAGAAGACAAUGGAGGUACUGAAAUUACAAAUUAUAUUAUUGAGUGCCGGCAACCCAGCCAGAGGGGUUGGUCAGUGGUCUCCUCUGAUUGUACCAAACGCCUUAUGAAGGCACCACUUAUGGAAAAUUGUGAAUAUUUCUUCCGAGUUAGUGCAGAGAACAAGUGUGGUGUAGGACCAGGUGUAGAGACAAAAACUCCAGUUCUUGCUGUUGAUCCAGUUGAGAAGCCAGGUGAGCCUGAAAACUUCCAAAUAACUGAAAUUGGAAAGACAUUUGCCUUCCUCAAAUGGAAAAAACCAGACAAUGAUGGUGGCAGCCGCAAUCUUGGCUAUCAUGUGGAAAAGAAACCAAAAGAAGCAGAUGAAUGGGAAAGACUGCAUAAAGGUGCAAUUAAAGAAACAUACUUCAUGGCUGACAGGUGUAUUGAAAAUCAAAUAUACCAGUUCAGGGUACAAACAAAAAAUGAAGCAGGAGAGAGUAAUUGGGUGACAACAGCUGAGACACUAAUCAAAGAAGAAUUACUGGAACCACAGCUUGAUGUCAAGUUAGUUGGAACCCUUGUGGUAAAGGCUGGUGAUUCAAUCAGAAUUGAAGCUGGACUCAAAGGAAAACCCCAACCAGAGGUUAAGUGGACGAAGGGUGAUGAAUCAGAUGACAUUAAAAGCCCUAGACUUCAUGUUGAAACAGGUGCAGAUUUCUCCAAAUUCCUUAUGACUAACUCCAAACGUAGUGACAGUGGGAAAUAUGUGAUUACUGCCAAAAACUCUGCAGGAAGCUGCACAGCUCAUGCCACGGUGAAUGUGCUUGAUAAACCUGGUCCUGUCAAAGAUUUGGCAGUGUCUGGCAUUUCUGUUGACCGCUGUAAAUUAACUUGGGAUCCUCCAGAGGAUAAUGGUGGCUGUGAAAUUUUGAACUACAUUCUGGAGAAAUGUGAGACAAAGAGAAUGGUAUGGUCCAUACACUCAACAGCAGUGAUUACCAACUGUGCUAAUGUGACUCGCCUUGUGGAAGGAAAUGAAUACAUCUUCAGAGUGCGAGCAGAGAAUAAAAUGGGGACUGGCCCUGCAGUGGAGAGUGAUGCCAUCAUUGCCAGGACACAGUUCAACAGACCUGGCCCUCCAGAUCCGCCAGAGGUCACCAAGAUCGGAAAGGAAGAAAUGACAGUAUCAUGGUCAACUCCAGAGAAUGAUGGCGGGAAGCCAAUCACAGGUUAUAUUCUGGAAAGAAAAGAACGACACGCUAUCCGAUGGUCUCCAGUCAUAAAAGAUGCAAUCCCACAGACACACUUUAAUGUUACCAACUUGAUUCCUAACCAUGAAUAUCAGUUCCGCGUCAAGGCUGAAAACGAAAUUGGAGUGGGAGACCCAAGCAAACCAUCCAGAUCUGUCACUGCUAAGGAUCCAGUUGAACCUCCUGGCCCCCCAGUCAAUUUGAGGGUUUGUGACAGCACAAAGACAUCAAUCACACUUGGUUGGAAAAAACCUGCAUAUGAUGGCGGGGCUCCAAUUAUUGGAUAUGUGGUUGAAAUGAGACUUAAGGCUUCGGGUAAGAAGGCAGAGGAGAGCUGGAAGAGAUGCAAUGUUGCUGCUCAGUUAUCCACAACAGAAUUCACUGUCACAAGUCUGGAUGAGAAACUAGAGUAUGAAUUCCGAGUCUCUGCACAAAAUCAAGUUGGAUUAGGCCAACCUGCGGAUCUUCCAGAAGCAGUCUCACCCAGGGAAAUACUUGAGACACCUGAAAUUGAUUUAGAUGCCAACCUUAGAAAGGGUCUUACUCUCAGAGCUGGAUGUCCUAUCAGACUCUGUGCCACAAUCAAAGGAAGACCAACUCCUAAUGUAGCCUGGAGAAGAAUGGGAAUUGAUAACGUUGUCAGGAAGGGCCAGGUGGAUCUGAUUGACACAAUGACUUUCCUUGUCAUCCCUGUAACCACACGUGAUGAUUCUGGAAAAUAUUCCCUUACAGUUUCCAACCCAGCUGGGGAAAAGGCUGUGUUUGUGAAUGUCAAAAUACUAGACACUCCUGGUCCUGUAUCUGGCCUAGAAGUCAGUGAUAUGACAAUGACAUCCUGCCAGCUCUCUUGGUCUGCCCCUGACAGUGAUGGUGGUAGCGAAGUAACACACUAUAUAGUUGAGAAGCGAGAAAUUGACAGAAAGACUUGGGCAACAGUCAAGAAUGAUGUGAAGGAGACAGCCUUCAAAUUGAGCAAUCUUGUACCAGGCACAGAAUACAAUUUCAGAGUCACUGCAGUUAACGAGUAUGGCCCCGGUGUACCAAAGGAUACUCCUAGGUCUUAUCUGGCAUCUGAUCCUAUCAGUAAGCCUGACCCACCAAUGAAAAUUGAUGUACUGGAAAUUACAAAGAAUAGUGUUUCUCUCGGAUGGAUACCUCCACUGAGGGAUGGAGGAGCCAAGAUUGAUGGUUAUGUAGUUGAUUAUCUGGAGGUUAUUCCUCCUAAGGAACCUGAGGAAGGCCAACCGGAGAAGUUGGAAGUUAAACCAAUAGAACUAUGGACACCAUACUCUGUUGUAAAAGAUCUACGAAUUUCUCUUGUUGGGCUGAAGGAGGGCAAAAAAUACAAAUUCAGAGUUGCAGCAAGAAACAUAAUGGGUUGCAGUCUGCCCACAGAAACUAAGGAUGCCGUAGAGGUCAAGGAGCAAAUGUUGCCACCUAAGAUUAUUAUGCCUGAUGUUGUGACUGCAAAAGCUGGUGCAAAACUGAGAGUAGAGGCGCUUGUGUCUGGAAAGCCAGCGCCAAUCUGUAAAUGGGUGAAAGGAGAAGAGGCGGUGGUUUCAUCUAGUCGUCUUACAGUGCACAAAUCCCAGAACUGUUGUGUGCUCAUUAUUAAAGAGGUUUCAAGAACUGAUAGUGGUCAGUACACCCUCUCUGCUGAGAAUAGCACUGGAAAAGCUGAUGAGACAUUGAAGAUCACCAUUCUGGAUAUCCCUGGCCCACCACAGCCACCGUUUCUGAUCGAUGACGUGGAUGCAGAUGCCUGCACACUUUCUUGGCAAGCACCAAUUGAGGAUGGUGGAAGCAACAUCAUUAAUUAUGUGGUGGAAAAGUGUGAUGUGAGCAGAGGAGAUUGGGUCAGUGCUGUCUCAUCUUGCGUGAAAACUGGCUGCAGAGUUGGAAAACUCGUCCCCGGAAAGGAGUAUACGUUCCGUGUUCGUGCUGAGAACCGCUAUGGAAUUUCAGACCCUAUUGCAUCUGAAAGGAUGAUUGCUAAAUUCCCAUUUGAUGUCCCUGGUGAACCUCUGAACUGCCGCAUCAGCAAAGUCAACAAGGACUGCAUGUUUGUGGCCUGGGACAGACCCGAAUCCGAUGGUGGCAGUCCUAUCACUGGGUACUACGUUGAACGUAAAGAGAGAAACAGCCUUCUCUGGGUUAAGGCAAAUGACACCGUUGUACGUACCACUGAGUACCCCUGUGCUGGCCUCAUUGAAGGCCUGGAAUAUACCUUCAGGGUUUCGGCCAUUAAUCGUGCUGGACAGGGUAAACCAAGCAAAAAGACAGAAUUUGUUACAGCAAGAACGGCUGUUGAUGCACCUGGAAAACCAGAAGUUAUUGAUGUGACCAAGAAUUCAGUUAGUCUAGUCUGGAGCAGGCCAAAACAUGAUGGUGGCAGCAAACUCAUUGGAUAUUAUGUUGAAGCCAUGAGGAUUCCUGAAGAGAAAUGGAUACGCUGCAACACAAGCGUCCAAAAUGUCCCCAGAGAAGAAUACACUGCAUCAGGGCUGGAAGAGGGAGCCCAGUACCAGUUCAGAAUUAUUGCAAAGACAGCAGUAAACAUCAGUCGACCAUCUGAACUCUCUGAUCCAGUCCUUGUCUCAGCAGAAAAUGUCCCACCAAGAGUGGAGAUUGGGCUUCAUAUGAAGAGGCUUUUGCCUGUAAAAGCUGGAGUGAAUGUUUGUCUUGAGGCUGAAGUUUUCGGAAAACCAAUGCCAACUGUUACAUGGAAGAGGAAUGGAGAGGUAUUAAAGCCUGUUGAAGGUCUGAAAAUGUCACAGAAAAGACAUCUGUUCCUCCUGGAGUUGUCAUCAGUGACAAGAAGAGAGACAGGAGAGUACGCUAUUCUGGCAGAAAAUGAAAGUGGCUCUAAAUCAGCCGAAAUUCAGCUGCAAGUUCUGGAUGUACCUGGUCCACCAGCUUCUAUGAAAUUUGGGGAUGUGUCUGCAGAUCGUGUCCAUCUAAUUUGGGAACCACCUGCUGAAGAUGGUGGCUCUAAUAUCACAAACUAUAUUAUAGAUAAACGUGAAACUAGCAGAGCAAAUUGGGCUCAGGUCACAGCUAAAAUCAGUGGUAAAACCACCGAGUACACUGUGGAGAAGCUGAUUGAGGGCCGCGAGUAUCAGUUCCGCAUCCGCGCUGAGAACAAGUAUGGGGUUGGAGACCCAAUUCUGUCCAGUCCAGUUGUAGCCAAGAAUCCUUUUGAUGUUCCUGGGCCUUGUGAUCCUCCUGUAAUCACUAAUGUCACAAAGGACCAUAUGACUGUCAGCUGGAAGGAACCUGCUAAUGAUGGUGGAGACACCGUUAUAGGAUACAUGGUUGAGAAGCGUGAAACAAAAGAGGUCAACUGGACUAAACUCAACAGGAGGCCAGUGACAGAAAGAACCAUUGAGGCUGGUGGUCUCACAGAGGGAGCAGAGUAUGAAUUCAGAGUUACUGCUCUAAACAGAGCUGGCUUAGGCAAGCCAAGUGACCCUUCAAGUGCCACCUUUGCACGUGAUCCUUUGUAUCCCCCUGGCCCACCAGUUUCUCCAAUGGUUGUUGACACAACACACAGUACAAUUAGUCUGUCCUGGACAAAGCCUGCCAAUGACGGUGGCAGUGAAAUCUUGGGCUACUUGGUUGAAGUCAAGAGAGCAGAUGCUAAGGACUGGAUAAGGUGUAAUGUACCGAAGAAUCUUUUGGAGACAAACUACAUUGUUACUGGACUUCUUGAUAAUACUGAGUACCAGUUCCGUGUGUCUGCUGUGAACAAAGUUGGGUUCAGUGAACCAAGUGAAGUUCCAGAAACACAUGUUGCAAAGGACAUUUUGGUUGCUCCUGAAGGGCUGCUUAGUGAUGAGCUGACGAAAACACUGGUGCUCCGUGCUGGUGUCACAAUGAGACUCUAUGUCCCACUGAGAGGCCGACCUGCUCCCAAAGUGACCUGGGCAAAGAUGAAUACUAAUAUUAAGGACAGACUAGGAAUCUUGAUAAAGACAACAGAGUGGGACACUCUGGUGUAUGUUGAGAAUGUAAACAGAUAUGAUGCUGGAAAAUACAUCUUGUCUUUGGAAAACAGCUGUGGAAUGAAGAUGCAUACAAUUGUUGUCAAAGUUCUUGACACUCCCGGACCACCUGUCAAUCUGAUGGUCAAAGAGUCAUCCAAAGACAGUGCAUCCAUCUCCUGGGAUGCUCCUCUUAUUGAUGGUGGAAGCCCUGUUAAGAAUUAUAUUGUUGAAAAACGUGAUGUUGAGAGAAAAGCAUGGUCCACUGUUUGCACUGACUGUGACAAAACAUCUUUCAAAGUUGAAAACUUAGUGCCAGGCAGAUCUUACAGUUUUAGAGUCUCAGCAGAAAAUGAAUAUGGCAUUGGGGAACCAUGUGAGACAGCAGAUGCUGUAAGAGCCACAGAACAACCUGGACCAGUAAUGGACUUCAAGGCAAUUCUGGUUACAAAGGAUUCUUGCACCCUUGGCUGGAAGAAACCAUUGUGUGAUGGUGGAAGCCGUAUUAUUGCAUAUGUGCUGGAAGUCUUAAAUGGCGAAGAUAAAUGGAAGGGACUGAUGAAAUCAAAGAACAUGCAGUAUAGUGCCAAAGAUCUUAUAGAAGGAAAGGAGUAUACCUACAGAGUAAAAGCAGUGAAUGACCGUGGAGAAGGUCCCACAAAGGAACUUAAAAUUAUAGCUAAGGAUCUUGUUGUUCCACCUGCAUGUGACUUGCGAGGUUUGCCAGAUUUGUGCUACAUUGCAAAGGAAGGAAGUACUGUCCGCCUCAAGAUCCCAAUUAGUGGAAAACCUGCACCCACUGUCACAUGGAAAAAGGGUGAUGAUGUUACUUUAACUGACACUGGAAGAGUCUCUGCAGAGUCUACUGCUGUAAACACAACUCUCCUAAUUCGUGACUGCCAAAGAAGUGAUGCAUCAAAAUACACCAUCAAUCUCAAAAACAGUGCUGGCUCCAAGGACUCAACUAUCUUUGUCAGAGUGGUUGGAAAACCAGGAAUACCCAUAGGACCAGUGAAAUUUAAUGAAAUCACAGCUGAUGGAAUCACCCUAAAAUGGGGUGCACCAAAGGAUGAUGGUGGAUCAGAAAUAACCAACUACAUUCUUGAGAAAAGGGAUUCCACGACCAACAUGUGGGUUAUCUGUGCUUCAAAUGUGAAAGAACACAUCUUAAGAGUCACAAAUCUCCAUGAGGGAACAGAAUAUAUAUUUAGAGUGUCUGCAGAAAAUAAGUAUGGAGUUGGAGAGGGCCUAAAGUCUGACCCUGUUGUGGCUAAGCAUCCAUUCAAUGUUCCUGAUGCCCCACUUCCACCACAAAUUAUGAGUAUGCGACAUGACUGUGCAACACUGGCAUGGUCAGACCCAAGGAAAACUGGAGGCUCCCCAAUUACUGGGUAUCACGUUGAAUUCAAGGAAAGAAAUAGUCAGUUAUGGAAGAGAGCAAGUGAAACACCGCUGAAAAUGAGGGAACACAGGGUGACUGGUCUAACUGAAGGCCUUGAGUAUGAAUUCAGAGUCAUGGCCAUAAACAAAGCAGGUGUUGGAAAGCCAAGUCUACCAACAGCACCACAUGUUGCCCUGGAUCCAAUUGAUCCUCCUGGUAAACCCGAUGUUAUUAGCAUUACAAGAAGCACUGUAACGCUUAUGUGGACUGAACCCAAGUACGAUGGUGGACACAGAUUGACUGGCUACAUUGUUGAGAGACGUGAUCUUCCUGCAAAAGUCUGGGUGAAGGCUAAUAAUGUCAAUAUUGUAGAUUGUGCAUUUACGGUGACUGACCUUCAAGAAGGGUGUAAAUAUGAGUUCAGAAUUCGGGCAAAGAAUGCUGCUGGGGCUAUCAGUCCACCAUCAGAACAAACUGAUACACUUGUUUGUAGAGAUGAAUAUGAGGCUCCAACCAUCACAAUUGAUCCAACCAUAAAGGAGGGACUUGCUGUUAGAGCCGGGGAUACUAUUGUGAUAACUGCAACAAGCAUACUCGGAAAACCUCUUCCAACUUCUGCAUGGUCUAAAGGUGGAAAAUACUUCAAACCAUCAGAUAUCUGUCAGAUUGAAAGCACUCCAACAUCAUCUACACUAUCCAUCAAGUAUGCCAGCAGGAAGGAUUCUGGUGAAUAUACCAUUUCAGCCAGCAACCCAUUCGGCAUCAAAGAAGAAAAUGUUAAAGUAAAAGUACUGGAUGUACCUGGACCACCAGGACCUCUUGAAGCAAGCAGUGUGUCUGCUCGAAGGGUAACUCUGACAUGGUCAGCACCACAUGAGGAUGGAGGUUCUCCAAUCAAAUGUUACACCCUGGAGAAGAGGGAAAGCAGCCGCCUUCUUUGGACCAUACUUGCUGAAAACGUGAUGGAUUGCCAUUUUGUUGCAACCAAGCUUAUCCAGGGAAAUGAAUAUGUAUUCCGUGUCUCAGCUGUGAACCAGUAUGGUACUGGUGAUUCAACACAGUCUGAACUAGUGAAAAUGGUGGAUGGCUUUGGCCCACCAGGUCCUCCAUCAAAGCCAGAAGUCACCAAUGUGAACAAGACCUCAGUCACAGUUUCAUGGAAAAGACCAAUAGAAGAUGGAGGUAGUGAUAUAAUUGGCUACUCUGUUGAAAGGAAAGAAAGAAAAGGUAUGAGAUGGAUCAGAGCAUCAAGGAAAUCCAUCCCUGAUCUCCAUUACAAAGUGGAAGGCCUUACGGAAGGAGUUGAAUAUGAAUUCCGAGUGAUUGCAGAGAACAAGGCUGGCUUUGGAGAUCCUAGUGAGCCAUCACAGACUGUUAUGACUAAGGGUGUGGCAAAUGUACCUGGGCCUCCAUCAAACCCAAGAGUUACCGAUACAACUAAAACUACAGCUUCAUUGCACUGGGGCAGACCUCAUGAUGAUGGUGGACUUGAUAUCACAGGAUAUAUUGUUGAGCAUAAAAAGGAGGGAGAUGAGGAAUGGGUAAAAGACACAACGGGCACUGCACUGAGAAUUACUGAUUUUGUUGUGGCAAGCCUUCAGUCAGGAGGAAAGUACAAUUUCAGAAUAAGUGCAAUGAAUGCAGUUGGGGUUGGGGAACCAGCUCAAAUUGAGGAACUUGUUGAAGUUGUGGAUCGUGAAGAAGUUCCAGACUUUGAACUUGAUGCUGAAUUGAGAAGAACCCUUGUUGUAAAGGCUGGAGGCUCCAUACGUAUUUUUGUACCAAUCAAAGGUCGCCCAACCCCUAAUGUCACGUGGAUGAAGGAAGAGAUGCCUCUCAUUGGUCAUGCUCACAUUGAUACCACUGAGUCAUAUACUCUCCUGGUUAUCCCUGAUUGUACUAGGCAUGAUGCUGGAAAAUAUGUCCUGACAGCAGAAAAUGCUGCUGGCAAAAAGUCUGGAAUUGUAAAUGUCAGAGUUCUAGAUUCACCUGGACCUCCAAUCAACUUGAAGCCAAUAGAAAUUAACAAAGAUAGCAUCUCCCUCCAGUGGGAAAUGCCUAUCAUUGAUGGUGGCUCAAAGAUUACCAACUAUAUCAUUGAGAAGAGAGAAGCAACCCGAAAGGCUUAUGUCACAGUAAUAAUGAAUUGUGCAAAGUGUUCUGUUAGGAUUCCAAAUCUGGCAGAAGGAUCAGAGUAUUACUUCAGAGUACGUGCCGAAAAUGAGUUUGGCAUUGGUGAGCCAGUUGAAACUUCUGAUCCAAUAAAAGCUUCUCAAGCACCGACUGCUCCGGAAAUAGUUAACAUCACAAAUGUUACUAAGAAUUCUGCAACUGUUGCAUGGACAAAACCAAAACAUGAUGGUGGCAGUAGAAUCACUGGAUAUGUCGUUGAGGCUCAAAAGAAGGGUACAGAGCAAUGGUCCCAUGUGUCUACUGUGAAGACGCUUGGAUACAUAGCUAAAAAUCUUGGUGAAAAUGAGGAAUAUGUGUUCAGAGUAAUGGCUGUGAACAGUUCUGGCAGAAGUGAUCCUCGUGAAAGCAGACCUAUUGUUACUAAGGAACAAACUGCUGAACCUGAAUUUGACCUAAGUGGAAUCUGCAGGAGAUUAGUCAUUGCUAAGGCAGGAGAUGAUGUGAAAAUUGAGAUUCCUGUUUUGGGUCGUCCAAAACCUUCAGUUUCUUGGAAGAAGGAUGAUAAAACCCUGAAACAGAUACAGAGGGUAAACACUGAAGAUACUUUGACAUCAACUAUCCUGAAUAUUAUUGAAUGUACAAGGAAUGACAGUGGACAGUACUCAGUGACAGGGAAAAAUAUACUUGGCACUGUGACAGAGCAUAUUACACUCAAAGUACAUGAUGUGCCAGGACCUCCUAGAGGACCAAUUAAGUUUGACAAAGUUUCCCGUGACUUUAUCACAAUGUCAUGGGAUUCUCCUGAGAAUGAUGGAGGUGUGCCAAUUAACAAUUACAUUGUUGAAUUGCGAGAAACUACAAGUACAACCUGGGUAGAGUUAUCUUCAUCAGUAAUUCGAACAACAUUUAAAGCAGCUGGUCUUACCACGGGAGUUGAGUAUCAGUUCCGUGUUAAAGCUAAAAAUCGAUAUGGUGAGGGGCCUCCAAUCACCUCAGAAUCAGUGGUUGCAGCAUAUCCAUUCAAGGUUCCUGGACCACCUGGUACUCCACAAAUAGUAGCCUUCACUAAAGACACUAUGACCAUUGCCUGGAAUGAACCUAUUUCUGAUGGAGGAAGUGAAAUCUUAGGAUAUCACAUUGAAAGGAAAGAGAGGAGCAGUAUCUUGUGGCAAAGAAUAAGCAAAGCUGUAGUAGGAAACAUUUUCAAAUCUUCAGGACUGGAAUCUGGAAUGGCUUAUGAAUUCCGUGUUUUAGCUGAAAAUAUAGCAGGUGUGGGUAAACCAAGCAAGUCAUCAGAGCCAAUGUUAGCCCUUGAUCCAGUGGAUCCACCAGGCCAGCCCGUAGCAGUUAACAUAACUAAAAAUUCAGUAACUCUUGAAUGGACAAAGCCCGAAUAUGAUGGUGGGUUCAAAAUAACUGGAUACACUGUGGAAAAGAAAGACUUACCAGAUGGACGCUGGCAUAAGGCUAACUAUAGCAACAUUAUUGAUACCACUUUCACUGUAAGUGGAUUAACGGAAGGUGCUUCCUAUGUAUUCCGUGCUAUUGCCCGGAAUUCCGCUGGUGCUGUGAGUAACCCGUCAGAACCAACAGAUCCAAUUUCUUGCAAAGAUGACAUUGUGGAACCAAGAAUUAUGGUUGAUGCAAAGUUUAAGGAUACCAUAUUGGUGAAAGCAGGGGAAGCCUUCAAACUUGAGGCAGAUGUUGCUGGUCAACCACAACCCUCUAUGGUCUGGAUGAAAGAUGAAAAGGAAAUUGAAAAUACGAUAAAAUUGCAAAUGAAAAUGGCAGAUUUUGCCACAACUUUAAUUAAUAAAGACUCGUUACGGAGAGAUGGAGGUUCAUUCACUUUAACUGCCAGUAACACAGGUGGCUUUGCAAAGCAUAUCUUCAAUGUUAAAGUUCUUGAUCGACCAGGGGCACCAGAGGGACCACUUGCUGUUGCAGACCUCACUGCUGAGAAAUGUGUCAUUUCAUGGUUACCACCUUCUGAUGAUGGUGGAGCAAAGAUUGAGCAUUACAUCAUUGAAAAGCGUGAAACAAGUCGACUUGCAUGGACAAAUGUAGCAUCCAAUUUGCAAGUCACCCAGUUCAAAGUGACUAAGUUGCUGAAAGGAAAUGAAUAUAUCUUUAGAGUCAUGGCUGUAAAUAAAUAUGGAGUUGGAGAGCCUCUUGAAUCGGAACCAGUUGUUGCUACCAAUCCUUAUGUUCCACCUGAUCCUCCACAGACACCUGAAGUAACAGCUAUCACAAAGGAUUCAAUGGUGGUUUGCUGGGGAACUCCUAAGAGUGAUGGUGGAAGUAGCAUUUCCAACUAUUUAAUUGAACGAAGAGAUAAAGUUGGUCUUCGCUGGGUGAAAUGCAACAAGAAGAUUGUCACUGAUUUGAUGUAUAAGGUGUCUGGGCUUGUGCCAGGUCAUGAAUAUGAAUUUAGAAUUUUUGCAGAAAAUGCUGCUGGUAUAAGUGGACCCAGCCCUUCAAGUCCAUUCUACAAGGCUACUGACACGAUAUUCAAGCCUGGCCCCCCUGGCAAUCCAAGGGUCUUGGACACAACAAAGUCAUCAAUCACUCUUGCUUGGAACAAGCCAGUGUAUGAUGGAGGUUCUGAUGUCACAGGCUACAUUGUUGAGACCUGCCUUCCAGCAGAGGACGAAUGGUCCAUUGUAACCCCAAAAGAACUAUGGAUGGGUACAUCAUUUACGAUUAUUAACUUAAAGGAAAACCAAGAAUACAAAAUUAAUGUUUCAGCUGUUAACUGUGAGGGGGUAGGAGAGGCUGCUUCUGUUCCUGGAACACCAAAGGCUGAGGACAGACAGCUUCCACCCGAAAUUGAGCUUGAUGCUGACCUUCGUAAAGUUAUUAACAUUAGAGCUGGUAACACGUUGAGAUUGUUUGUGCCAAUAAAAGGAAGACCAGCUCCUAUGGUGAAAUGGACAAGAGAAAAUGGUGAACCUAUUGAAAGAGCAACCAUUGAGAAUACAACAUCUUUUACAUCAGUAAUUGUUGAAAAUGUCAAUAGGUCUGACAGUGGAAAGUACUUGCUGACAGUUGAAAACAGUUCAGGAAGCAAGACAGCCUAUGUUAAUGUGAGAGUACUGGAUACCCCUGGAGCACCAACUAACCUGAAAAUCCAAGCAGUUACCAAAGAGUCUGUCUCACUCAUCUGGGACGCCCCUCUUAAUGAUGGUGGUUCAAAAAUUAAGAAUUAUAUUGUAGAAAAACGUGAAGCAACAAGAAAAGCAUACUCCACAGACAUGGCUAAUUGCCACAAAACAACCUGGACAGUUGAUCACCUGCAGGAGGGAUGCAAUUAUUACUUCAGAGUUCUAGCUGAAAAUGAAUAUGGAAUUGGUCUGCCCAUUGAAACUACUGAGUCAGUCAAAGUUUCUGAAAAACCACUCCCUCCUGGGAAAAUUACUCUACAAGAUGUCACAAAGAAUAGUGUCAGUUUGUCAUGGGAAAAGCCAGAGCAUGAUGGAGGAAGCAGAAUAGUAGCAUAUGUUGUUGAAAUGCAAGGCAAAGGAAGUGAAAAGUGGACGCAGUGUAUGAUCGUAAAGGGUACUGAAGCAGUUGUUACUGGACUAACACCAGGUGAAGAAUAUAUGUUCCAGGUAUCAGCAAGAAAUGAGAAAGGAACAAGCGAUCCUCGUCAGUUUGGUGUCCCAGUGAUUGCCAAAGAUCUUGUGAUUGCUCCAGCUGUUAAGCUGUUAUUUUCCACAUUCAGUGUUUUGGCAGAGAAAGACUUGAAGAUAGACAUUCCAUAUGUUUCUCGUCCAAAGGCAGAAAUUUCUUGGCAGAAGGGCAGCACACCUCUCAAGCAGACUACCAGAGUUAAUUUUGAAGCAACUGAGAACAAUUUGUGUGUUGUAAUCAAGGAGGCAUGCAGAGAUGAUGUUGGAAAGUAUAUCAUUAAACUAUCAAACACAGCAGGUGAAACAACAGCAGAAAUCGAUGUUGUUGUUCUAGACAAACCUGGUCCGCCAACUGGCCCUGUGAAAGUCAAUGAGGUCACUGCAGACAGCAUCACAUUUUCUUGGAAGCCCCCAGAGUAUGAUGGUGGUUGCAUUAUUAGCAACUACAUUGUAGAAAAGAGGGAUACAUCUACUACAAACUGGCAAAUUGUGUCUGGAACAGUAGCUAGAACAACAAUUAAAGCAGUCAGGUUAAAGACUGGCUGUGAAUAUCAGUUCAGGAUUACUGCUGAGAACAGAUAUGGAAAGAGUGCAUUUCUUGUCUCAGACUCUGUGGUUGCUCAGUAUCCAUUCAAAAUCCCAGGCCCUCCAGGAACACCCUUUGUGCAUGCUUCUACCAAGGACAGCAUGGUAGUAGUGUGGAAUGAGCCUGUCAUAGAUGGUGGGAGCAGCAUAUUAGGAUAUCAUCUUGAAAUGAAGGAAAGAAAAAGUAUUCUAUGGAUGAAACUGAAUAAGACACUUAUCAAAGAUACAACGUUCAAGACUAUUAACCUUGAAGCAGGACUUGAAUAUGAGUUCAGAGUGUAUGCUGAAAAUAUUGUGGGGAUUGGUAAAGCUAGCAAAGUGUCAGAAUGCUAUACUGCUAGAGAUCCCUGUGAUCCUCCGGGCACCCCUGAGGCUAUUAGCAUCACAAAAAAUUCUAUUACAAUCAGAUGGACAAAGCCAGAAUAUGAUGGUGGUAGCAAAGUUACUGGUUAUGUUGUUGAGAAGAAGGACUUGCCUGAGGGGCGUUGGAUGAAGGCCAACUUCACUAAUGUUAUUGAGACAGAAUAUGUUGCAACUGGAUUAGUUGAGGAUCAGAAAUAUGAGUUUCGUGUCAUUGCAAGAAAUGCUGCAGGUAUUUUCAGUAAUCCAUCUUAUAGCACUGGGCCUAUCACUACAAAGGAUGAAGUGGAUCCACCUCACAUUAGUAUAGAUCCAAAAUACACUCAAACUGUUGUCGUAAAUUCUGGGGAAUCAUUCAAAAUUGAUGCUGAUGUUCAUGGCAAGCCAACACCUACUAUCUUCUGGAUGAAGGGAGGUCAAGAACUUGUAAAUACAUUACACCGUGAAAUAAAAAACACAGAAGUCAGCACAUGUUUGAGUGUAAAGGAAGCUAAACUCAUUGAUGGAGGACAGUACACUUUGCUAUUAAAGAACCUUGGAGGAGAGAAGUCUGUAAAUGUCACAGUCAAGGUCCUGGAUAGACCUGGUCCACCUGAAGGUCCUAUACACGUCUACGGUGUUUUGAGUGAUCAAUGUUCCAUUGCCUGGAAAGCACCACAGCAAGAUGGAGGCAGUGACAUAUCUCAUUACAUUGUUGAGAGGAGAGAAACAAGCAGACUAGUUUGGACCCUUGUUGACACUAAAGUACAGGCACUUAAUCUAAGAAUCACAAAGCUUUUGGAAGGAAAUGAGUACAUUUUCCGUGUCUCAGCUGUAAACAAACAUGGAGUCAGUGAUCCACUUGAAUCUGAAUCUGUCGUUGUUAAAAAUCAGUUUGUGGCUCCUGAUGCACCUAAGAAUGUUGAAGUUACCAGUGUCUCAAAGAAUUCAAUGGUGGUAACUUGGGAAGGACCCACAAAUGAUGGUGGCAGUCCAAUUACAGGAUUCAUUAUUGAAAAACAUGAUAAAGAAGGAGUGAGAUGGACCAGGUGCAAUAGGAAUAUAGUUAGUGAUCGGUGCUUUAAGGUCACUGGACUUCUUGAAAAUCACAGUUAUGAAUUCAGGGUUGCAGCUGAAAAUGCAGCUGGCAUCGGAGAACCAAGCUCUCCAUCGGUUUACUACAGAGCUUUGGAUCCCAUUUUCAAACCUGGCCCACCAAAUAAUCCUAAAGUGACAGAUGUAUCACGAACAUCUGUAUUCCUUUCAUGGGGAAAGCCUAUAUAUGAUGGUGGUUGUGAGAUCCAGGGAUAUAUUGUUGAGGCAUGUGAGGCAACAUCAGAAGAAUGGACAAUGUGCACUCCCCCAACUGGCAUUAGAAAGAUGCAAUAUGAAGUGGAAAAACUUAAAGAAAAGCAAGAGUAUAAAUUCAGAGUCUGCGCAAUAAACAAGGCAGGUGUUGGUGAGCAUGCCGAUGUCUCUGGAACCAUUAUUGUUGAAGAGAAAAUGGAAGAACCAUAUCUUGAGCUUGAUCCAGACCUCAGGAAGACCAUCCGUGUUAUAGCAGGAGGCUCUCUCAGGGUGUUUAUUCCAAUCAAAGGCUGCCCUUCCCCAAAAAUUAAAUGGGAAAAAGUUGAUGGUGAAAUCCGAGAUACAGCUCAGAUUGAGGUUACCAGUAGUUAUACAUGCCUUGUAAUUGAUAAUACUAACAGAUUUGAUAGUGGAAAGUAUACUAUUACUGCUGAAAAUACCAGCGGAUCAAAAUCAGAUUUCAUUUCCGUCAGAGUUCUUGACACUCCAAGUGCUCCAGUCAACCUUAAGAUAAAGGAGAUUACAAAGCAGUCUGUAACAUUUACUUGGGACCCACCCGCAUUGGAUGGUGGAGCCAAAAUUAAAAACUACAUUGUUGAAAAACGAGAAAGUACAAGAAAGGCUUAUUCUGCUGUUGUAACCAAUUGCCAUGCAUUGUCAUGGAAGGUUGAACCUCUUCAGGAGGGUUGCAAUUAUUACUUCAGAAUUCUUGCAGAAAAUGAACACGGCAUUGGCUUACCAGCAGAAACAACUGAUCCCAUUAAAGUAUCAGAAGUGCCACAGUCACCAGGCAAGUUCACUGUUAUUGAUGUAACACGUAAUAGUGUUUCUCUUGCCUGGGAGAAACCUGAACAUGAUGGUGGCAGUAGAAUCAUGCAGUAUCUGGUGGAAAUGCAAGUUAAGGGAAGUGAAAAAUGGUCCAGCUGUGCAAAUGUAAAAACCCUUGAGACUGUGGUCAGUAAUUUAGUCCAGGGAGAAGAAUAUUUGUUUAGAGUCAUUGCUAUCAAUGAGAAGGGUAAAAGCGAUCCAAGAACACUUGCUGUUCCAGUGCAAGCAAAGGACCUAGUCAUUGAACCAGAUAUACGACCUACAUUCAGUAACUACAGUGUACAAGUUGGUAAAGAUCUCACAGUAGAAAUACCAAUUUUUGGACGUCCAAAACCAGCAAUUGUUUGGAGCAAGGAUGGCAUAACUCUCACACAGACUACAAAAGUUAAUUUUGUUAACACUGCACAUCACACAACUCUCAGCAUAAAAGAAGCAACACAAGAUGAUGGUGGCUUAUACCAAAUUGCAGUUUCUAAUGUUGUAGGACAAAAGGAUGCAACAGUCGAAAUAAUCACACUUGAUAAACCUGGCCCGCCAAGUGGCCCAGUAAGAUUUGAUGAAGUAAGUGUGGAAAGCGUCAAAAUAUCUUGGGAUCCACCAAAAUACACUGGUGGGUGCCAAAUCUCAAAUUAUAUUGUGCAAAAGAGAGACACCACUACUACCACUUGGGAGAAUGUGUCUUGCACAGUUGCCAGGACUACACUGAAGGUGACUAGACUGAAAACUGGGGCUGAAUAUCAGUUCCGAAUAAUGGCUGAAAACAGAUAUGGAAAAAGUUAUGCUUUAGACUCUCGCUGUGUGGUUGCCCAGUAUCCAUACAAGGAGCCAGGUCCACCAGGGACUCCAUUUGUCACAUCACUCUCAAGGGAUCAUAUGGUAGUGGAAUGGCAUGAACCUGUUAUAGAUGGAGGCAGUAGUAUUAUUGGUUACCAUCUUGAAAGAAAAGAAAGAAACAGUGUCCUAUGGACAAAGAUUAAUAAGACACUCAUUCAAGAUACCCGCUUUAAGACUAGUCCGUUGGAAGAAGGUAUUGAAUAUGAGUUUAGGGUCUAUGCAGAGAAUAUUGUUGGAAUAGGUAGAUGCAGUAAAGUCUCUGAGGGCUGUGUUGCACGUGACCCAUGCGAUCCACCUGGUACCCCAGAAGCCAUUCAUGUGAGUAAAGAUUCAAUCACAAUUCAGUGGACUAAGCCUGAAUAUGAUGGAGGCAGUAAGAUUACUGGUUAUACUGUGGAAAAGCGGGAUCUUCCUGAGGGACGCUGGAUGAAAUCCAACUUCACAAACAUCAUUGAGACCCAAUACACAGUUACUGGCUUAACUGAAGAUGCAAAGUAUGACUUCAGAGUUAUUGCAAAGAAUUCAGCUGGAACUAUCAGUAAACCAUCUUUUAACACGGGACCCAUCACUGCAAAGGAUGAAGUUGAGCCACCAACAUUUUCAAUUAACCCAGAGUACAGUCAGACUAUUGUUGUAAAUGCAGGAGAUACUUUUAAACUUGAUGCUGAUGUACAUGGAAAGCCAAUACCAACAGCCCAGUGGUUCAAAGGUGACAAAGAAUUUGAGAAUACUACAAGGUGUGAGAUCAAGAACACUGAUUUAAGGACCAUGGUUGUUAUUAAAGAUGCGACCAGAAUUGAUAGUGGACAGUAUACUCUGCAGCUAAGUAAUGUAGCAGGCACCAAAACCAUUCAUUUCAAUGUCAAAGUGCUAGACAGACCAGGUCCAUGUGAAGGACCCCUCAAUAUCACUAGUAUAACAAGUGACAAAUGUACACUGUCAUGGCUUCCUCCACAACAUGAUGGUGGUAGCAAAGUUUGUCAUUACAUAAUUGAAAAGAGAGAAACUAGUCGGCUUGCUUGGACUGUAGUUACUAGUGAUUGUUGUGCUCCAACUUUCAAAGCAACCAAACUUCUAGAGGGAAAUGAAUAUAUUUUCAGGGUCAUGGCUGUCAAUAAAUAUGGCAUUGGGGAAGCACUGGAAUCUUCAGCUGUCAUCAUGAAAAAUCCGUUCAUUCCACCUGGAGCUCCUCAAAUUCUGGAUGUAACGAAUAUUGAAAAAGAUGCCAUGACUGUCUGUUGGUCUGCGCCCGAAACAGAUGGAGGAAGUGAAAUCAUUGGCUACAUUAUAGAGAAGAAAGACAGGAUGGGGAUCCGAUGGACAAAAUGCAACAGGCAAAGAGUCACAGACUUACACUUCCGAGUAACAGGUUUAGCAGAAGAUCAUGAGUAUGAAUUUAGAUUUUCUGCUGAAAAUGCAGCUGGAAUUGGCGAACCAUCUGUACCAACUCAGUACUACAAAGCUUGUGAUCCAACAUUCAAGCCUGGCCCACCAAGUAAUGCCCAUGUGGUUGAUACUACCAAAAAUUCAAUUUCAGUAGCAUGGGGUAAGCCCGCUUCUGAUGGUGGCUGUGCAAUUCAAGGGUACAUUGUUGAGAUUUGCAAAGCUGAAGAAGAAGAGUGGACUAUGUGCACCCCGCCAACUGGCCUGCGUGUAAAUAAGUUUGAAAUCACAAAACUUACUGAACAACAAGAAUACAAGAUUCAGGUAUGUGCUCUCAACAAGUUAGGUCUUAGUGAGCCAGCUGUAAUUCCUGGAACAGCUAAACCUGAAGACAAAAAGGAAGCCCCAGAAAUCCACCUUGACUCAGAGCUGAGGCAAGGAAUUGUGGUUCGUGCUGGAGGGUCCGUAAAAAUUAAUGUACCUUUCAAAGGAAGACCAACACCAGAGAUUUUAUGGUUUAAAGAUGAAGGGAAUUUACCUGAAAAGGCUCAAAUUGAGAAAGGUCUGAAUUAUACACAGCUUUCUAUUGAUUUAUGUGACAGAAAUGAUGCUGGAAAAUAUACACUGAGCUUGGAAAAUAGUAGUGGGUCAGUCUCCGAAUAUGUAGCAGUCAAAGUUUUGGACACACCAUCAGCACCUUUGAAUCUUGUUGUUAAAGAUAUCAAGAAAGACUCUGUUACUCUUACAUGGGACCCACCAUUGAUUGAUGGAGGUGCAAAGAUUAGAAACUAUGUCGUUGACAAACGUGAAUCAACCAGAAAAGCAUAUGCUAAUGUUACAACCAAGUGCACAAAAACAAGCUAUGUUGUAGAAAAUCUUAUAGAAGGGGCAAUGUAUUACUUCAGAGUUAUAGCUGAAAAUGAAUAUGGAGCUGGCUUGCCAACUGAAACAAAAAAUGCAAUCAAGGCAUCUGAGGUACCUCUGCCAGUUUCUAGAUUAACUCUGACUGAUGUUAGUAAAACAAGUGCAUCUCUAGCAUGGGAUAAACCAGAGCAUGAUGGUGGCAGUAGGAUUGUGGGUUACUUAAUUGAAAUGCAGCCUAAAGGGACAGAUAAGUGGGGUGUGGCAACGUCAGUGAAGACAUGUGAAGGCACUGUAAGUGGACUAACAUCUGGUCAAGAAUAUCUCUUCCGUGUUGUGGCCUACAAUGAAAAAGGAAAAAGUGAACCAAAGCUUUUAGCUGCUCCUGUUAUUGCAAAUGACUUGACUAUUGAACCCAGCCUAAAACUUUUGUUCAGCACCUACAGUGUCAAAUCUGGGAAAGAUCUCAAAAUAGAAAUACCAGUGAUUGGCCGUCCCAAACCAGAGAUUAAAUGGAUGAAAGAUGGAGAAUCUUUGAAACCGACAACUAGAGUUAAUUAUUCAAGCACACCAACUUCUGCUAUCCUUCAAAUUACAGAAGCUAAUAAAGAUGAUUUGGGCAAGUAUGCAAUCACUGCCAGAAACAGUGCUGGUACAGUAACAGAAGAAAUUGGAAUUAUAAUCCUUGACAAACCUGGUCCACCAGCAGGCCCUAUUAAAAUAAAUGAAGUAAGUAAUAGCUUUGUCACCAUCUCAUGGGAACCACCAGAAUACACAGGUGGUUGUCAAAUCAGAAAUUACAUUGUUGAGAAACGAGACACAACUACCACUGAUUGGCAGAAUGUGUCUGCAACUGUUGUGAGGACAGCUAUCAAAAUUUCCAAGCUAAACACAGGUGCAGAAUACCAGUUCAGAGUCUGUGCUGAAAAUAGGUAUGGAAAAGGUUCAUAUUUAGACUCAUCUGCUGUUGUUGUCCAGUAUCCUUACAAGCCUCCUGGACCCCCAGCCACUCCGUAUGUCACAUCGGCAACAAAAGACCACAUGAUUAUUGAAUGGAAUGAACCAGUCAAUGAUGGGGGCAGUGGAGUGAUUGGUUAUCAUCUUGAAAGCAAAGAAAGAAACAGCAUUUUGUGGACAAAACUAAAUAAGACUCUCAUUACUGACACCACGUUCAAGAUAAUUAAUCUGGAUGAAGGCGCUGGAUAUGAAUUUAGAGUCUAUGCUGAGAAUAUUGUUGGCAUUGGUAGAUCGAGCAAAGUUUCAGAAUGCUUUGUAGCCCGGGAUCCAUGUGAUCCACCUGGUACCCCUGAGCCUAUUACAAUCUCCAAAGACCACAUCACACUUAAGUGGACAAAGCCUCAAUAUGAUGGUGGCAGUAAAGUCACUGGAUACAUUGUUGAAAUGAGGGAAUUGCCUGAAGGUCGUUGGAUGAAGGCAAACUUCACUAAUGUAAUUGAGACUGAAUUUACAAUUACAGGCUUAACAGUAGACCACAAAUAUGACUUUAGAAUUAUUGCAAGAAAUGCAGCUGGUCUUUUCAGUGAGCCCUCUGAAAACACUGGACCAAUCACUGCCACUGAUGAAAUUGAAGCCCCAAGAGCAUCAAUGGACCCAAAAUACAAGGAUAUUAUUCUUGUUUAUGCUGGUGAGACCUUCGUCCUUGAUGCUGAUUUCUAUGGCAAGCCUGUGCCUGAUGUCAUGUGGUUAAAGGAAGAAAAAGAAAUUGAUAAGGCUAUGUCAAGAAUGGAAGUCAAAACUACUAGUAAACACACGAUGCUUGUAAUAAAAGACAGCAUUAGAGUGGACAGUGGACGUUAUGAACUCAGGCUUAGCAAUGCUGGUGGGACAAAAACCAUACCAAUCACAGUGAAGGUUCUGGAUCGACCUGGUCCCCCUGGCGGCCCACUCAACGUGACAGGUGUCACUGCUGAUCAGUGUUACUUGUCCUGGAGUGAUCCUUCACAAGAUGGUGGUGCUAGCAUCUCACACUACAUUAUUGAGAAGAGAGAAACCAGUAGGCUAUCCUGGACUUUCGUUAACUCUAAUGUUAAAUCAGUUGGUUACAAAGUAACCAAGCUCCUGGCUGGAAAUGAAUAUAUCUUUAGAGUCAUGGCAGUAAACAAAUAUGGCAUUGGUGAGCCACUUGAAUCAGAGCCCAUAACAGCUCGCAGCCCAUUUAAGCCACCAAGUGCUCCUUCCAUGCCAGAAGCAAGUGUCAUAACAAGGGAUUCUAUGGUCGUUUCAUGGAAUCAGCCAGAAAAUGAUGGUGGGUCUGAAAUUCAAUGUUACCACAUUGAAAAAUGUGACAAAGAUGGCAUUAGAUGGACAAAAUGCAACAGACAACCUUUGAAAGAUCUGUAUUUUAAAGUAACUGGACUUACAGAAGGACAUUUCUAUGAGUUCCGUAUUUCUGCUGAAAAUGAGGCUGGUGUGGGAGAAGCAAGUGAACCAUCACUGUUCUACAGAGCAUGUGAUGCAACACAACCACCUGGUCCACCAAUUCAUCCUAAAGUGACUGACCACUCUGUUACAACUGUGUCCCUAGCUUGGGGCAAACCACUGAGUGAUGGUGGUGCAUACAUCAAGGGAUACAUUGUUGAGAUGAAAGAAGUUUCUCAGGAAGAAUGGAUUAUAUGCACACCUCCAACUGGUAUACAAUCAACACGAUAUACAGUGACAAAUCUGAAGGAAAAUUCUGAAUAUAACUUCCGCAUCUGUGCAUUUAAUGCGGAAGGUGUGGGAGAGCAUGCCGAUAUACAUGGCUCUGUGGUUGCAGCUGAAAAGGUUGAAGCACCAGAGAUUGAAUUAGAUGUGGACUUGAGAAAAGUUGUUUCUGUACAUGCAGGUGGAACACUUAGGCUGUUUGUCACAAUCAGAGGAAGACCAGAACCUAAAGUCACAUGGGAAAAGGCAGAAGAAGCUCUAACAGAGCGUGCACAAAUUGAAGUCACAAGUUCAUACACUAUGCUUGUCAUUGACAACGUAAACAGAUUUGACAGUGGGAAAUAUGUUUUAACUCUUGAAAAUAAUAGUGGAACAAAAUCAGCAUUUGUCAAUGUCAGAGUGCUGGACUCACCGAGUGCACCUCUCAAAUUUGAAGUCAAAGAUAUCAAGAGAGAUUCCUUAACACUCUUUUGGGAGCCUCCACUUACUGAUGGAGGAGCCAAGAUAACAAACUACAUUGUGGAGAAACGAGAAUCUACAAGAAAAGCUUAUACUACAGUCACAAAUAAUUGUACUCAGAAUUCAUUCCAGGUUAGUGAGCUACAGGAAGGAUGCAUUUACUACUUCCGUGUACGAGCCGUGAAUGAGCAUGGUCUUGGUUUAGCUGUAGAAACUAAAGAUCCAGUCAAGGUUUCUGAAGUGUCAAUGGCACCAGGUAAAAUUUCAGUCAUGGAUGUGACCCGAAACAGUGUGGUUCUUUCUUGGGAGAAACCUGCUCAUGAUGGUGGCAGCAAAAUUCUGUGCUACAAUGUGGAGAUGCUGACUAAGGGCAGUGAUAAGUGGACUGUGUGCACUACAGUUAAGGUCCUGGAAGCAACAAUCACUGGCCUUAAAGCAGGAGAAGUAUAUUCAUUCAGAAUCAUAGCUUUGAAUGAAAAAGGCAAGAGUGACCCAAAAGAACUUGGUGUACCUGUGAUCGCAAAAGACAUUGAAAUUGAACCUUCAAUUGAUCAUUUAUUCAAUACUUACAGUGUGAAGGCAGGGGAUGAUCUUACAGUUGAAGUUCCAUUCAGGGGCAGACCUAAACCAGUCGUUUCAUGGAAGAAGGAUGGACUCCCUCUCAAGCAAACAAGCUCUGUAACCAUUCUGACAUCCCAAACCUCGUCUAAAAUAGACAUCAAAAAAGCCACCAGGGAGCAUGUUGGAAAAUAUGAAAUCACUCUAGCUAAUACAGCUGGCACAAAAACAGCAGAAAUUGGCAUUAUUGUCCUUGACAAACCAGGACCACCAGCAGCAAUUAAAGUAGAUGAAGUAAGUUCUGAAAGUAUAAAACUAUCCUGGAAACCACCAGAGUAUGAUGGUGGAUGUCACAUCAACAACUACAUUGUGGAGAAGAGAGAUACCAGCACUACAGAAUGGCAAAUUGUUUCAGCUACACUUGCUAGAACUGCAAUAAAAGUUUCUCGUUUGACACAUGGAUCAGAAUACCAGUUCCGUGUUUAUGCUGUAAACCGUUAUGGAAAGAGCCCUUAUAUAGAGUCUUCAGGAAUUACUGCACAGUAUACAUGUAAGCAACCUGGUCCACCAGCUACCCCUAGAAUUGCCCAUGCAACAAAGUCCUUUAUGAUUGUUACCUGGAAUGAACCAGUCAAUGAUGGUGGUAGCACAGUUCUUGGAUAUCACCUGGAGUCUAAAGAACGAAGCAGCAUUCUCUGGACUAAGUUGAACAGAGGCAUCAUUACUGACACAGAAUUCAAAGUGACUAGCAUUGAAGUAGGUUUGUUUUAUGAAUACCGUGUCUAUGCAGAAAACAUUGCUGGAAUUGGAAAAUCCAGCAAAGCCUCUGAACUUGUAGCUGCAAGAGAUCCAUGUGAUCCUCCAGGUCAACCAACAGUUACAAAUGUUACUCGAACAUCUGUUUCUCUUUCUUGGACAAAGCCAGAGUAUGAUGGUGGAGCCAAGGUGACUGGUUACAUAAUCGAAAGCAGGGAACUUCCAGAGGGUCGUUGGUUGAAAUGCAAUUUCACUAAUGUCCCAGAAACAUACUUUGAUGUUACAGGCCUUACGGAGAAUCAGAAAUAUGAUUUUCAUGUUAUUGCAAAAAAUGCAGCAGGAUUAUUCAGUGAGCCAUCUGAUAGCACAGGCCCUGUUACAGCUAAAGACGAUGUUGAUCCACCACGAAUCAUGAUGGAUGUAAAGUUCAGAGAUGUUGUUGUUGUGAAAGCUGGUGAUACUUUGAAAAUCAAUGCAGAUAUUGAUGGAAGACCUCACCCAGUUGUUUCAUGGACAAAAGAUGGUAAGGAGUUUGAGCCUCAGGCUAGAGUUCAGAUCUCAUCAACAGCCGGAAGCACCGGAAUAACUGUUAAAGACUGCAUCAGAAGAGACUCUGGGAAGUAUGUUUUGACACUACAGAAUAUUGCUGGAACAAAAUCAAUGGAAGUAAACUGCACAGUCCUUGACAAGCCUGGACCAUCAGCUGGGCCACUGGAAAUCACGGACCUCACAGCUGAAAAAUGUACAUUAACUUGGGGACCUCCUCAAGAGAAGGGGGGAGCAGAAAUCUCUCACUAUAUUGUUCAAAAACGUGAAACAAGUCACCUUGCCUGGACUGUAGUAUAUGGAGACAUGAAAGCUACAAGAUGUUCAGCUACUAAACUUCUCAAAGGCAAUGAGUACAUCUUUAGAGUUCUUGCUGUGAACAAGUAUGGAGUUGGUGAGGCCCUGGAAAGUGAUGCUAUAAAAGUUGUUGAUCCAUUCACAUGUCCAUCUGCACCAACAGAUGUAAAAAUUGCUGCUGUAUCAAGUGAAGCAAUGACAGUCUGCUGGGCAUGCCCAGCGACUGAUGGAGGUAAUGACAUCUGUGGAUAUGUGAUUGAAAGACGUGAGAAAUCAAGUCUGCGUUGGGUUCGUGUAAACAGAAAGCCUGUAUGUGAUCUAGUGGUGCAGGCUACCAAUCUCCGUAAGGGAUCUGAAUAUGAAUUCCGUGUUUAUGCAGAAAAUGCAGCUGGGUUAAGUCCUCCAAGUUUCCCUUCCCAAAUAACUAAAGCAGAAGAUCCAGUGACCCCACCUUCCCCACCAGAAAAACUAAAGGUUAUUGAUUCAACUAAGAACUCUCUCACUGUUCUCUGGAACAAGCCAUUGUUUGAUGGGGGAGCCCCAGUCACUGGAUACAGUGUGGAGUACAAGAAAGCAAAGGAAGAAGACUGGAAGGUAGCUGUUCAGUACACAAGAAACACAGAGUUCACAAUCACUGGACUUGCAUCUGGAGAAGAAUAUAUUUGCGCUGUUAAAUCUAUCAAUAAAAUUGGUCCCAGUGAACCAAAAAUAACAGCUGAGCCCCAGAUAGCUCAGGAUAGAGAAGAAGAGCCAGUAUUUGAUGUUGAUAUUGAAAUGCGCAAGACUUUGAUUGUGAAACAUGGUAGCUCAUUUACUUUGACUGUCCCCUUCAGGGGACGACCAGUACCUAGUGUAACAUGGAAUAAAGAAGAUGUAGAUCUGAAAGUAAGAGCAAGUACAGAUACAAGUUAUACCUGCACAUCAAUUACAUUAGAGAAAGCUACAAGAUAUGACUCUGGAAAGUACACUGUAACACUACAGAAUAGUGUUGGAACAGCUGCUUUGACAAUGGAGGUUAAAGUUCUUGAUUCUCCUGGGCCACCAGGUCAUGUUCAGAUUAAGGAUGUCACCAAGGACUCUGUUACAGUGACAUGGGAGGCACCAGAAAAUGAUGGUGGUGACCCUGUUAAGAACUAUCAUGUUGAGAAACGUGAAGCUAGCAAAAAGGCAUGGGUGAGCAUCACAAACAACUGCCAUCAUUUUAGCUAUAAAGUGACAGAUCUGCAAGAAGGAGCCAUCUACUACUUUAGAGUGAUUGGAGAAAAUGAAUUUGGAGUUGGUGUGCCUUCUGAGACCAAAGAUGGAACUAAGAUUACAGAAAAGCCAAGCCCACCGCCAAGGUUUGGUGUCACUGAAGUCACAAAAGAUAGCAUUUCGCUGUCAUGGAGUAAACCAGAGCAUGAUGGAGGAAGCAGAAUCACCAGUUAUUUAAUUGAAGCUGUUGAAAAGGGUCAACAAAAGUGGGUGAAAUGUGCCGUAGUAAAAGCUACCAGUCACACUGUCCGAAGCCUAAGGGAAAAUGCUGAAUACUUCUUCAGAGUUCGAGCUGAAAACCAUGCAGGUCUCAGUGAUCCCAAAGAAAUGAUUGUCCCUGUGAUUGUAAAAGAUCAACUUGAAUCCCCUGAGUUUGACAUGAAGAAUUUCCCUCAUAAUACUGUCUAUGUGAGAGCUGGAUCAAACCUGAAGUUUGAGCUCCCUCUUAAUGGAAAACCUAUUCCAAAGGUUACACUUUCAAGGGAUAAAAUUGCUGUGAAAUCAACAAAGCGUUUCAACUAUGAAGUAAAUCCGGAGGGUCUCAUUUUUAAUCUUCAAGAAAGUGUUGCUAAUGAUGCAGGCAUAUAUGACAUCAUUGCUUCUAAUACAAGUGGAACUACCAAGUCAUUUGUUAAAAUUGUGGUUCUGGAUAGACCUGGCCCCCCAGCUGGUCCUGUAGAAAUUAGUGAUGUCACUGAAACAAGCUUAGUCCUCAAAUGGCUUCCUCCUACGUAUGAUGGCGGUAGCCCAGUUACCAACUACGUCAUCCUCAGGCGUGAAACUAGCACUCCUACUUGGACAGAGGUGUCAUCUACUGUAGCAAGAAGCACAAUAAAAAUAAAAAAGCUGACUAAAGGAGAGGAGUAUCAGUUCCGGAUCAAGGCAGAGAAUCGAUUUGGCAUCAGUGAUCACAUUGAUUCUCAGACUGUGACAGCGAAGCUCCCAUACACAAUCCCGGGACCCCCAUCAACACCAUGGGUGCAUUUUGUUUCAAGGGAGAGUCUAACUGUCUGCUGGAAUGAGCCUGUCUCAGAUGGUGGAAACCCUGUGUUUGGAUACCAUUUACAGAUGAAAGAGAGAAGCAGUGUACUUUGGCAGAAGAUGAACAAAACUGCUAUCAGUACAACACAAUUCAGAGUAACAAAUAUAUGCCCUGGCUCAAUUUACGAGUUCAAGGUGGCAGGGGAAAAUGCAGCUGGCAUUGGCAAAUUCAGCAAAACAUCAGAUGAAGUGCUUGCAAUUGAUGCCUGUGAGCCUCCAGCCAAUGUCCGUAUUGCUGAGAUUAGAAAGAGCUCUAUCAGUCUCACUUGGCAGAAGCCUCCUUAUGAUGGUGGUAGCAAAAUCACUGGCUACUCUGUUGAAAGGAGGGAUGGACCUAAAGGCAGAUGGACAAAGGCUAAUUUCACCAAUGUCAUUGACACUAAUUUCACCGUGUCUGGAUUGAACGAGGGAGAAUCCUAUGAAUUCAGAGUCUUUGCUAAGAAUGCAGUUGGUUCCAUCAGUAACCCAUCUCUUAUUGCUGGACCAGCCACAUGCAUUGAUACUCAAGGUGCACCAGAAAUUGACCUACCUCCAGAAUAUUUGGAUGUUGUCACAUACAAAGCUGGAACAGCUAUCAAGAUUAGUGUGGGAAUAAUUGCUAAACCCUUGCCCACAAUUGAAUGGUUCAAGGAUGGAAAGGAAUUGAAGUCAAGUAGUAAGCUGUCAGUUGAGAGCACCUCAGAUACCUCAGGCAUCCUCAUCAAGGAUGCUACUCGUCUGAAUACAGGAACAUAUGAAAUCAAAAUCAAGAAUGCUUUGGGCUCCGCCUCUGCCUCUAUCAGAGUACAAAUUCUGGAUAAACCUGGACCUCCUGCUGGAAUUAUUCAAUUCACAAUGGUCACUGCAGACAAGAUUGCCUUAAUGUGGGAUUCUCCAGCAGAUGACGGUGGUGCACCAGUAACACAUUACAUUGUGGAAAAACGAGAGACCAGCAGAACUGUAUGGUCUGUCAUAUCCGAAGAACUGGAAAAAUGUCAUGUGUCUGUUGACAAACUUCUCAGAGGCGAUGAAUAUGUAUUCCGCGUUAGGGGUGUCAACAAGUAUGGAAUUGGAGAUCCUUUGGAAUCUGAGCCAGUUAUUGCAAAGAAUUCAUUUGUAACGCCCGGACAGCCUUCUACGCCUGAGGUCACAGAAAUUACCAGAACAACAAUGGUAGUGGUCUGGGAGAGACCUGGUGUGGAUGGUGGCAGUAAUAUCACUGGUUACUAUCUUGAAAAACGUGAGAAGAAAAGCCUGCGGUGGUUCAGUGUUCUCAAAGAUCCUAUUUCAGAGACAACAUAUAAAGUCCACAGUCUUACAGAGGGAAAUUGCUAUCAAUAUCGUGUCUGUGCUAUCAAUAAAGCAGGAGAAGGUCCAUUUUCAAAUGUUUCUGACUUCUACAAAGCAGCUGAUCCAGUUGACCCACCAGAUGCACCAAGCAAACUUAAAGUGGUUGACUCAACUAAAACAUCUAUCACCCUUGGGUGGAGCAAGCCAGAAUAUAAUGGAGGUAGUGAGAUCACCAGCUACACUAUUGAACAAAUGGUGGCUGAAGAAAAUGAAUGGACUGUCAUUAGUUCCAAGGGUGAAGUCAGAACCACAGAGUAUGUGGCAUCAAACCUUAAACCUGAAAUUGACUACUACUUCCGUGUAUCAGCUGUUAACUGUGCUGGACGUGGAGAGCCAAUUGAGAUGACUGAGCCAGUACAAGCUAAGGAUAUUCUUGAGGAAGCUCAGAUUGAUCAUGAUGUUGCCAUGAGAACUCAUUAUACAGUGAAGGCAGGAACUGAUGUGGAGAUCAUAAUUCCACUCAAGGGCAGACCCGCACCAAAUGUGACCUGGAAGAGGGGAGAUAAGAACAUUGACAACGACCCAAAAUAUGAAAUUCAUAGCACGGACUCUUCAACUGUCCUGCUCAUUCCACAGGUCACUCGUGAUGACACAGACAAAUAUCUUCUUGAAAUUGAAAAUGGGGUGGGAGAGCCAAAGACAUUAGUUGUAUCAGUUAAAGUGCUUGACACUCCGUCUGCUUGUCGGAAUUUAUCUUUGAAGGAUGUCACUCGUGGCAAAGUAACACUGAGUUGGGAACCACCUCUUCUCAAUGGCGGUGCUGAAGUUACUAAUUACAUAAUUGAAAAAAGAGAGUCAAGCAAAAGAGCGUACUCGACUGUAACAACUAAGUGUAUGAACACAACAUACACGAUCGAAGAACUCUCUGAGAAAGUGUCUUUCUUUUUCCGUGUGGCAGCUGAGAAUGAAAAUGGUGUGGGUGAUAAAUGUAGCACAAAAGAGCCAGUUAAGGCAACUGAGACACCUGGACCAGUCAAAGAUCUUUCUUUGAAGGACUCCACUAAAUCGUCAGUUACUCUACAGUGGAUAAAGCCUGAUUAUGAUGGUGGUAGCAUCAUAACAGAAUAUGUUAUUGAGAAGAAACUUAAGGGUGAAGAGGAAUGGACACUUGCAGGCACCAGCAAACAUUUGGAAUAUGAGGUCAAAAAGCUAAAAGAACUUGCAGUUAUGGAUUUCAGAGUUUGCUCCAAGAAUGAGAAAGGACAGAGUGAUUUCACAAAAGUUGGACCUAUAACAGUGAAAGAUUUUAUUAUUCCACCAGAGGCUAACCUUGAAGAUUAUCCAAGUGGUGAAAUCCGUGUACGCAUUGGACAUAAUGUGCACAUUGAGUUACCAUAUAAGGGUAAACCAAGACCAACCCCACUGUGGUUGAAAGACAAUCUACCUUUGAAAGAGAGUGAACAGAUCCGCUUUAAGAAAACAGAGAACAAAGUUACUCUCAUGAUUAAGAAUGUACGAAAAGAAAAUGGGGGGAAAUACACACUGACCCUUGACAACAAUUUCAGUAGGAAAUCGUUCCAUUUACACGUCAUUGUUCUAGGACCACCCUCUAAGCCUGUAGGUCCCAUCAGAUUGGAUGAAAUACGGGCAGAAAGUAUCAUAAUAUCAUGGGAUGAACCAAAUGAUGAUGGAGGUGGAGAUAUCACCUGCUACAGUGUGGAGAAACGUGAUACUUCCCAGAAUGAUUGGAAAAUGGCUUGUUCAAGUGUAGUAGGGACAACAUUUAAAGUACCAAACUUGAUAAAAGGAACACAAUAUCAGUUCAGAGUAUGUGCGGAAAAUCAAUAUGGUGUAAGUGAACAUUUGCUUUCCCAAAAUGUGAUAGCCAAACAUGAGCAUCGACCACCAGGGCCCCCAGGGAGACCAGUUGUGUACAAUAUUACAAAUGAUGGCAUGACUAUUCAGUGGGAAGCACCUAUUUAUGAUGGUGGCUCACCAGUCACAGGAUUCCAUGUUGAAAAGAAGGAGAAGAACAGUGUCUUGUGGCAGAAAGUAAAUAUUGUAGUAAUAACUGGAAGGGAUUACAGAAUCCUUGGCCUCAUUGAAGGACUGGAAUAUCAGUUCCGAGUGUAUGCACAGAACAAUGCUGGCUUCAGCCGUGUCAGCGAAGCAUGCAAGCUCGCCAUGGCAGUUUCUCCUGUUGACCAGCCUGGUACACCAGACUAUAUUGACAUAACAAGUGAUUCUGUUACACUAAAAUGGGAUGCACCCAAACGCGAUGGAGGUAGCAAAAUUGUGGCCUAUAAUGUAGAGAAACGUCAAGGACAAGGCCGUUGGCUGAAAAGCAACUUCACUGAUGUCAGUGAAUGCCAGUUCACAGUGAUGGGCCUUGCCUGUGGUGAGCGCUAUGAAUUCAGAGUCAUUGCCAGAAAUGCCAUUGGUACAGUUAGUCCACCUUCACAGUCUUCUGGUUACAUUGUCGUCAGAGAUGAAAGUGUUUGUCCAAACAUUGAGUUUGGAAAGGAGUACUUUGAGGGUCUUACUGUCAAAGCUGGAGAUCCUAUUAGGCUUAAAGUCAUCAUUACUGGGCGACCUGUACCUCAAGUCACAUGGCUUAAAGAUGGAAUGGAAAUUGGCAAGAAGUUUGAUAUCACAACCAUCACUGGUUCAAGCACGUUAUUCAUCAGAGAUGCUGAUCGUAGUCAUCGUGGUGUUUAUACUGUGGAAGCUAAAAAUAACUCUGGAACAAAGAAGGAGGCUAUUAAUGUCAAAGUCCUAGAUACACCUUGUGAACCUGAAGGCCCGAUUCUUUUCACAAACAUCUCAGAUGGAAUAGCAACUCUGUCAUGGAACCCUCCUGCAAAUGACGGGUGUUCUGAAAUUACCCAUUAUAUUAUUGAAAGACGUGAGACUUCCAGAAUAUCCUGGUCAGUUGUCACAGACAGUUGUGCGGAAUGCUCAUUCAAUGCUACAAAGCUGAUCAAAACCAAUGAGUACCAGUUCCGUGUGUCUGCAGUUAACAAGAUUGGUGUAGGGAGACGACUGGACUCCAGCCCUAUCAUUGCACAAAUUCAAUUCACUGUUCCAGAUGCUCCUGGUACACCUGACUCAACUAGCAUCACAGGAGACAGCAUUACCCUUUCAUGGACAGCACCAAAAUCUGAUGGUGGAAAUGAAAUCAAACAUUAUAUAAUACAACAACGAGAGAAGAAGAGUAUACGUUGGGUAAAAGUAUCUUCAAAGAAACCAAUUAUUGAGCCUGCACACAGAGUGACAAACCUUACUGAGGGGAUCGAAUAUGAAUUCUGUGUAAUGGCUGUAAAUGAUGCAGGCAUUGGACCUGCUAGCAACAUAUCACUACCAAUACUAUGUAGUGAGCCAAAAGGCACACCCAGUGCUCCUACUGUGGUGAAUGUAACAGAUUCCACAAAGACAUCUGUUAGUCUAGAAUGGACGAAACCACUGUAUAAUGGUGGAAUGGAGAUCACUGGAUAUAUCAUUGAGAUGUGCAAAACGGGUGAAGAAGAAUGGAAAAAAGCUAAUGUAGAAAAUUGCACCAGCACACUAUAUACUGCAACUGAUCUGGAAGAUGGUGGAGAAUAUAUGUUCCGUGUCUGUGCUGUAAAUAAUAUUGGAAAGGGAAAAACCUGUGAAAUUCCAGACCCAGUACAAGCUGUUGACAGACUUAUGGCUCCAGAAAUUUGCAUUGAUGCAAGCUUCAAGCAGACACAUGUUGUGAAGAAUGGAGAAAGUGUCCAUCUUCAUAUUAAUUUCAAAGGAAGACCUACCCCUCAAGCUACGUGGGCUAAAGCAGAUGGAGACCUUGGUGUGAUGGCAGAUAUCACUAUAACAGAAACAUCUAGUACCUUAACCAUCGAGAACUGUAAUAGAUAUGAUUCUGGACAGUAUACACUCUCCCUUGAGAACAGCAGUGGCUCCAAAUCUAUUACAUUUACUGUAAAGGUUCUAGACACACCUGGACCACCAGCUCCACUUACAUUCAAGGAUGUUACAAGAGGAGCAUUGACAUUGAUGUGGGAUGCACCUGCUAAUGAUGGGGGAGCCCGUAUUCUUCAUUACAUUGUUGAGAAACGUGAGGCAAGCCGUCGUAGUUGGCAGGAAGCUGGAGGAAAAUGCAUUCAUCCAACACUCAAAGUUAGUGGUCUUCUAGAAGGUGUACCAUACUUCUUCAGAGUCUUUGCAGAAAACCAGUAUGGCCAAGGUGAAGCAUAUGAAAUGCCUGAUCCAAUUAUUGCAACUGCAGAACCUGCUCCACCUAAGAGAUUGGAUAUUGUAGAUACAACAGACUCUACUGCUACCCUUGCCUGGUUAAAACCUGAACAUGAUGGUGGAAGUCGUAUCACAGGGUACAUUGUGGAAACUAAAGCAAAGGACAGUGACAAAUGGAUUGUUGGUGGUCACACAAAGAACCUGUACACAGUUAUUGAGGGAUUAGUGACGAGCACAGAAUAUGAAUUCCGUGUAAAGGCUGCAAAUGAUGCCGGUUACAGUGAACCAAGAGAUGCAUUUGCCUCUGUUAUCAUUAAAGAGCCUCAGAUUGAACCAACUGCUGAUCUGAGUGGUAUCACCAACCAGCUAAUUACAUGCAAGGCGGGCGGCACUUUCACCAUUGAUGUCCCUAUUAGUGGCAGACCAGCUCCUAAGGUAAUGUGGAAGCUUGAGGAAAUGAGACUCAAGGAAACAGACAGGGUCUCCAUUAAAACCACCAAAGAUAGGACCACAUUAUCAGUCAAAGACUCCAUGAGAGGUGAUGGUGGCAGAUAUUAUCUCACUCUUGAAAACGUCACAGGAGCUAAGACUUUCACAGUCACUGUCAAUGUCAUUGGCAGACCUAGUCCACCCACUGGUCCGAUUGAAGUUUCAUCAAUAACAUCAGAGUCCUGUGAGUUGUCGUGGGAAGAACCUGAAGAUGAUGGUGGAACUGACAUCACCAACUACAUUGUGGAGAAACGGGAAUCUGGCUCAACUGCUUGGCAGCUUGUGAAUUCAAGUGUGAAACGGACAACACUCAGUGUCUCCCAUCUGACUAAAUACAUGCAGUACACUUUCCGUGUCUGUGCAGAAAACAGAUUUGGUGUGAGCAAAUCUACUGAAUCUGAAACCAUUGUUGCUGAGCAUCCAUUUGUUCCACCAAGCCCACCAACACGACCAGAGGUAUUCUCUGUCACUGCAAAUUCUAUGGGAAUUCGCUGGGAAGAGCCAUUCCAUGAUGGUGGCAGUAAGGUGAAUGGAUAUUGGAUUGAAAAGAAGGAACGUAACACAAUCCUUUGGGUGAGGGAGAACAAGAUCCCAUGCUUUGAGUGCUACUAUGAAGUAGCUAAUCUUGUUGAAGGCCUUGAGUACCAAUUCAGAGUUUAUGCAAUGAAUGCGGCUGGUCUGAGCAAAGCCAGUGAAGCUUCAAAACGGGCAGUAGCACAGAAUCCUGUUGGUCCUCCUGGCAAACCAGAAGUGACUGCUGUGUCAAGCUCCACAGUAUCAAUAAAAUGGUCUGUACCACUUAUUGAUGGCGGCAGCCCAAUUGUUGGAUACAUUAUUGAGCGCAAGCCAUACACUGCCACUGGAGAAGGACGCUGGCUGAAGUGCAACUACACAAAUGUUACAGAAACAAACUUCACUAUAACAGCACUGGGUGAGGAGGAAGAGUAUGAGUUCCGUGUCAUUGCGAAGAAUGGUGUUGGAGUGCUCAGCACACCCUCACCAUCAACAGGAGCUGUGAUGUGCAAGGCUGAAUACACACCUCCUAAGGCUGAGCUGGUCAGCAAACUUCUCACAGAUACUGUCACAAUUAGAGCUGGGUCAGACCUUGUGCUUGACGCUGCUGUUGGAGGCAAACCUCAACCAAAAGUCUUCUGGGCUAAAGGGGAGAAAGAACUUGAGCUCUGUGAGAAGUACUGUUUGCAGUACACCAGCACACGUGCUAUGGCUAUUAUCAAGUUCUGUGACAGAAAUGACUCUGGAAAGUAUGUCCUAACAGUAAAGAAUGCCAGUGGUAUUAAGACAGCUGCCGUCAAUGUUAAAGUACUUGAUACACCUGGGCCAUGUGAGGGCAACAUCACAAUAAGCAAUGUGUCAGAGAACAAAUGUACAGUGUCCUGGAAUGCACCUUUGGAGGAUGGUGGAGACGCAAUCUCCCACUACAUUGUUGAGAGACGUGAUACCAACAGACUGAAUUGGGUGAUAAUGGAGUCUGAGUCCAAGGCCCUUUCUUGUAUCAUUACCAGAAUGAUAAAGAACAAUCAGUACAUAUUCCGUGUUAAAGCUGUAAACAAGUAUGGACCUGGUGAACCAAUACAGUCUGAACCUGUCUUUGCCAGAAACACAUUCACUGUCCCAUCACCUCCUGGACCACCAGAACUUAUUGCUGUUGGAAGAGAUCAUGCUAUUAUUGAAUGGCUGAAACCUGAAAGUGAUGGUGGCAGUGAAAUUAAUACUUACCUUGUGGAGAAACGUGACAGGAAGAGUGUCAGGUGGAUCAAAGUUAACAGAGAUAUUACUACCACAGAUACAAGAUACAAAAUCACAGAUCUUCUGGAGGGCAGUAUUUAUCAGUUCCGUGUCACAGCUAUUAAUGCAGCUGGUGAGAGUGAACCAAGUGAAAUAUCAUUGUAUGCUGUCUGCCGGGAAGCGACAUCUACUCCUGCACCUCCAUCAGUUCCCCGUGUUGCGGAUACAACUAAGAGCAGUAUUAGUCUGGUAUGGACUAGACCAGUGGAUGAUGGUGGGGCUGAGUUAAUUGGAUAUGUCCUUGAGAUGCAAGAGGAAGGAACAGACCAGUGGACCAGAGCUCAUGAAAAGAAUUUGAGAAACGCAGAGUACACUGCAACUGGCCUUGAUAGCUCCAAGAAGUAUAGCUUCAAAGUGGCUGCAGUUAAUGUCAACGGUGUGGGUGAAUUCAGUGAACCAUGCACAACAACUGAACCAGUGGAAAGAAUCGAAACUCCUGACCUUGAGCUUGAUGAUGACUUGAAGAAGACUGUCUGCUUGAGAGCUGGAGGUUCUCUUCGUCUUUUUGUGACUUUAACUGGAAGACCGGUUCCAGUAAUCACAUGGAGCAAACCCGGUGUAGAUCUCCAGAAUCGUGGAUUUAUUGAAGUAACAAGCAGUUAUACAACCUUGUUAAUUGAUAAAGUCCAUCGCUAUGAUGCAGGAAAAUACACAGUUGAGGCUGAGAAUCCAUCUGGAAAGAAGUCAGCCACGAUUCUUGUCAAGAUCUAUGACACACCUGGGCCACCUGGGCCAAUAAAGAUUAAAGAACUCACAAAGGAUGCUGCUGUCAUUACAUGGGAUGCCCCAAGUGUUGAUGGGGGAGCACCAGUCAAUAACUACAUCGUCGAGAGACGAGAUGCGUCUAUGAGAGCUUAUAAAACGGUGACAUGCAAAUGCAGCAAGACAGCAUACAAAAUAACUGGACUGACAGAGGGAAUGCUGUACUACUUCAGAGUCUGGCCAGAAAACAUAUAUGGAAUUGGUGAAGCCUGUGAAACUGAUGAUGUGGUUCUGGUGUGUGAAGUUCCAAUGGUCCCACAGAAAUUGGAAGUUGUGGAUGUAACUAAGUCAACUGUGAUAUUAGCAUGGGAGAAACCAAUGCAUGAUGGUGGCAGCAGACUUACUGGCUAUAUCAUUGAAGCCUGCAGAUCUGGAACAGACAAAUGGAUGAGGGUGGCUACUUUGAAAUCAACAGACUUUGAGCAUACUGUUGUUUCACUGAAUGAGAAAGAACAAUACCUAUUCAGAGUGAAAGCUGUAAACAGCAGGGGAGCCAGUGAACCCAGAGAGAUUGUAACUGCUAUAACUGUCGAAGAACAAAGAGUGCUGCCCAAGAUAGAUCUUUCUAGCCUUUCUAACAAGAUAAUCAAUGUACAAGCUGGGAAAGUACUGGAGCUCCACAUUCCAAUCAUUGGCAGACCUCCUCCAGUUUGCUCAUGGUACUUUGGUGAUACUAAGAUGAAGGUAACUGAGCGUGUAAAAAUUCAGACCACAGGAAAAUACACAAAAUUGACUGUGCAAGACACCACAAUUGAUGACACAGGUGAAUACAUGCUGGAGGUAAAGAAUGCCACAGGAAUUGCCACUGAAACCAUCAAAGCCAUCAUUCUUGCUAAGCCUGAUGAGCCCACUGGGCCAGUAAGGGUCGAUGAGGUGGAUGCCACAUCUGUUACAAUCAGCUGGGACCCACCUCUCAGGGAUGGAGGGGCACCCAUCAGUGGUUAUGCUGUUGAACAGCGCGAUGCUCACCGUCCAGGAUGGCUCCCUGUGUCAGAAUCUGUUAGUCGACCCACAUUCAAGUUCACCAGAUUGACUGAGGGAGAUGAAUACGUGUUCCGCGUUGCUGCAACAAAUCGUUUUGGUACUGGAUCAUUCUUGCAAUCUGAAAUUAUCCUUUGCAAGAGUGCUAAGUCCUUACCAGGGCCACCAGGCAGGCCAGAGGUAUUUGAUGUAUCCCGUGACGGGAUGACUGUUGCCUGGUUCCCACCUGAGGAUGAUGGUGGCUCCAAGGUGUCUGGAUAUAUCAUUGAGCGCAAGGAGGUCAGAUCUGAUAGAUGGGUGCGUGCUAAUAAGAAUCCAGUGACAAUGACAAGAUACAGAUCAACGGACCUUAUUGAAGGCUUAGAAUAUGAACACAGAGUAACAGCUAUCAACUCAAGAGGAAUUGGCAAGCCCAGCCUUCUCUCUAAACCAGCAGUGGCAACGGAUCCCGUUGAUCCACCUGGCACACCACAAAAUCCAAGAGUUACAGGCACCACUCAGACAUCCGUAUCUCUGGCCUGGAAUCCCCCUGAUGAAGAAGGUGGCUUCAAGGUUUCUGGAUACCUGAUUGAGAUGCAGAAGGUUGGCCAGUUUGAAUGGAUCAAAUGUAACACAACACCCUCACUUAUCUGUGAAUACACAUUGACACAAAUGCCACAAGGAGCUGAAUUCAAGUUCCGGAUUAGGGCAUGCAAUGCUGGUGGAUCUGGCGAGCCAGCUGAAGUCCCAGGAACUAUAAAAAUUACAGAAAUGCUUGAAUCUCCUGAUUAUGAGCUGGAUGCGAAAUACAAGGACGGAUUCAUUGUCAGACAGGGGGCAGUUGUCAGACUUAACGUGCCCAUUAAGGGGAAACCAAUCCCUACCUGCAAGUGGACAAAAGAUGGCUGUGAAAUUUCUCACAGAGCCAUGAUUGCAUCUAGUGAUGAUCUUGCUGAGCUUGUGGUCAAGGAAGCUCAGAAAGAAGAUAGUGGAAAUUAUAAGCUUCUUCUGGAAAAUAAGUGUGGCAAGAAAGAAGUACACAUCAGUGUGAAAGUUGUUGGAUACCCAGAUGCACCUCAAGGUCCACUUGAAUUUUCUGACAUCCAUGCUAACUCCGUAAGAGUGAGUUGGAAAGCUCCUGCAAAUGAUGGUGGCUCUGAAGUUCUGGGUUACAUCGUUGAGAGACGAGAAGUUACUAAGGCAGCCUGGCACACUGUAGAUUCAAGAGUGACUGAAACAUCUUUGGUAGUCAAGGGAUUGAAGGAAAAUGUUGAGUACCACUUCAAAGUAACAGCUGAGAACCAGGUCGGCAUGAGCAAAACCUUAAAAUCAGACACUCCCGUUACACCAAGGACACUUCUAUGUCCACCAGAAACUUCAAGUAAUCCACCAGAAAUUGUGGAUGUCACAAAGAGCUCUGUUGCUCUGGCAUGGGCCAGACCCAAAGAAGAUGGUGGCUCCCGCAUUACUGGAUACUACAUUGAAUAUAGAGAGGUGUCCACUGAUAAGUGGGAGCGCUAUGAGACGCAAAUCAGCACUACGAUGUACACACUCACUGGACUUACACCUGACAAAGAGUAUCAGUUCCGUAUCAUUUCUCGAAAUGAUGUUGGGGAAAGUGAGCCAGGGCCUCCAUCUGAUGCAGUUGUGUGCAAGGAUCCAUUUGAUAAACCAAGCCAGCCAGGUGAAAUAGAUAUAGAUAUGGUAACCAAAGAUUACAUCACCAUUCGCUGGGCAUGCCCUGAAUGUGAUGGUGGAAAGGAGAUCCUGGGGUACUGGAUUGAAUACAGAAAAUCUGGAGAAACGACCUGGAAGAAGUGCAAUAAGGAGCGUUCAAAGGAAAGAAUAUUCACCAUGGGUGGCCUUAUGGAAGCUACUGAAUAUGAAUUCAGAGUAUUUGCUGAAAAUGAAACUGGAAUCAGCAGACCACGCAGAACAGCUAUGGGCAUCAAAACCAAAUUGAGUGUUGGAAGUGAACCAAGCCUCAGGAAAGAAAUGGAGGAGGGCACUGCUAAGCUGGGAGAGUCAGGCAUACUGAAAUGUCAGAUCAUUGGCAGACCUCUCCCAGAUAUCAAAUGGUAUAAAUCUGGAAAGGAGCUAACCCAGUGUCGCAAAUAUGCAAUGACCUCUGAUGGUCGCAACCAUUCAUUAACAAUUGCAACAGACCAACAAGAAGAUGAAGGCGAAUACACAUGUAAAGCCAUCAAUGAAGCCGGGGAAGUAGAAACCACUGGUAAACUCAUCUUGCAGGCUCCCCCUCAGAUCCAUCCUGGAUUCCCAUUGAAAGAAAAAUAUUAUGCAGCAUGUGGGACAACCUUGCGUCUGCAUGUGUCAUACAUUGGACGCCCAGAGCCUAAGAUCAUGUGGUUCCAUAACAACAAGCCUCUAGAGUCUUCUGAAAGUGUUAUCAUUGAAAACACAGAGUAUUAUACUCAUCUUGUCUUAAAGAAUGUUCAGAGAAAGACUAAUGCUGGAAACUAUAAAGUCUGGUUCAGAAACCACUUGGGCACUGUGGACACUGUACUCAAUGUUGAAAUCCAAGAUAAGCCAUCUGUGCCUGAAGGACCAAUUUCUCUUGAUGCUCUAAUGAAGAAUUCGGUGAUCAUUAGCUGGAAGCCUCCUGCAGAUGAUGGUGGAACAAUGAUUUCAAACUACAUUGUCGAGAAACGUGAAAAUAGAGAAGAUGAACAAUGGCACUUAGUGUCAUCCUCAAUCUCAGGAACAUCCUGCCGUGUUGCAAACCUCAUUGAAGGAGCUGAAUAUCAUUUCCGCGUUUCAGCUCAAAAUCGACAUGGCAGCAGUGACCCACUGGAGACUCCUACUCCAUUCAUAAUUAAGAGUCAGUUAGGUAAACCAGGAAUUCCACUGAAGCCAGUUGUCUCUGGCGUGACAAAGGAUUCUUGUAUUGUGUCUUGGAAGCCACCUACAAGCGAUGGAGGUUCCAAAAUAAGAAAUUAUUGCCUAGAGAAGAAAGAGAAGAAACAAAACCAGUGGAUUUCCGUGACUGCUGAUGAAAUCCAUCAAACAGUCUACUCUGUAAAAGGUCUCAUUGAAGGAUCAGAGUAUGAAUUCAGAGUCAAAUGUGAAAAUUUGGCUGGAGAGAGUGAGUGGAGUGAAACAUCUUUACCUAUUGUUGCAAAAGCACAUGUAGAGGUAGUUGCUCCUGGCUUCAAAGAAGAGCUGAGAAACAUGAGUGUCAAAUACCUGAGCAAUGCAACAUUUGUUUGCAAGAUAACUGGACAGCCUAAACCUGUAGUGAAAUGGUUCAAACGUGGAAAAGAAAUUCAGCCUGAUGGACAGAAAAUUAAAGUGCAGGAAUUCAAAGGUGGCUAUCAUCAACUUGUCAUCUCUGCUGCUGAUGAAGAAGAUUCCACUGUGUAUCAAGUCAGAGCCACAAACCAAGGUGGAUCAAUUGCAGCAUCUGUCUCUCUGGAUGUUGAAGUUCCAGCUAAGAUUAAUCUGCCCAAACAUCUGCAAGACAAGGAAGCUGUCCCUGCCCUCCGAGGUGAAGUGAUCAGCAUCAAGAUUCCAUUCAUUGGCAAACCAGACCCUGUAAUCACAUGGCAGAAGGGACAAGACCUAAUUGAUACCAACGGGCACUAUCAAGUGAUUGUGACAAGAUCUUUUACCUCACUUGUAUUUUCCAAUGGAGUUGAAACAAAUGAUGCUGGUUUCUACAUUGUUUGUGCAAAGAACAGAUUUGGCAUUGAUCAACAGACAAUUGAACUUGAUGUUGCGGAUGUGCCUGAUGCACCCAGAGGUAUUAAAGCCAGUGAUGUCUCCAGGGACUCUGUCUGUCUGAAUUGGUGCGCUCCUGCUAAUGAUGGUGGAAGCAAGGUGACCAACUACAUUGUGGAGCAGUGUGCCACUACAGCUGAGAGAUGGGUCCGUGUUGCUCAGUCUCGUGACACCCGUUACACUGUCAUUAAUCUUUUUGGCAAGACAAGUUACCAAUUCCGUGUCAUUGCUGAAAACAAAUUUGGCCAGAGUGCACCAUCUGAACCAACUGGUCCUGUUGUUACAAAGGAAGACAAAUCAAGAGUAUUAAACUAUGAUGAGGAAGUCGAUGAAACCAGAGAGGUCAUAAAGGGCAAAGCUCCUCACUCAGAUGCCAAGAACGUGCAUAACAAAUAUAUGAUUGCAGAAGAGCUAGGACGUGGGCAGUAUGGUAUUGUUCACAGAUGUGUAAAAACCAGCUCCAAGAAGACAUUUAUGGCUAAAUUUGUGAAAGUGAAGGGUGCAGAUCAGGCAUUUGUGAAGAAAGAAAUUGCAACACUCAAUGUGGCUCGACAUAAGAACUUCUUGAAUCUCCAUGAAUCCUUUGACUGUCCUGAAGAAUUAGUCAUGAUUUAUGAAUUCAUCUCAGGUGUGGACAUUUUCGAACGCAUUAGCAUUGGCAACUUUGUGCUCACAGAACAAGAAAUUGUUAGGUACAUAAGACAAGUAUGUGAGGCUCUUGAGUUCUUACACAGUCAAAGCUAUGGUCACUUCGACAUCAAGCCUGAAAACAUUGUAUUCACUUCAAGGCUGAGUAGAAACAUCAAGAUUAUUGAGAUGGGCCAGGCUAGGCACCUGACACCUGGAGAAAUAAUAAAAGUUCAAUUUACUGCAGCUGAGUACUGUGCACCUGAAAUCCAUCAGCAAGAAAUGGUCAGCACUGUAACUGACAUGUGGUCAGUUGGUGUCCUGGUAUAUGUGCUUCUCAGUGGACUAAAUCCAUUCACUGCUGAAACAAACCAGCAAAUGAUAGACAACAUCUCAAAUGCUGAUUAUAGUUUCGAUGAUGAAGCUUUCAAGGAGGUCAGUAUUGAGGCAUUAGACUUUGUGUACAGACUUCUGACUAAAGACCGUAAGCAUCGUAUGACUGCUGCCCAAGCCUUGGAACAUCCUUGGUUGACAAUGAACACAGAACAGCUCAGUAACAAAGCUAUUAAGGUCACAAGACACAAAAGAUACUACCAGACUCUGGUGAAGAAAGAAUGGAACGUGGUUGUUUCUGCAGCUCGAGUUGCAUACGGUGGUGCUAUCAGAAGUCAGAGAGGUGUCACAUUUAGCAAAGUGAAGAUUGCACCAUUUGAACAUGGUCCAGUUGCUGGUCAAGUCCGGCACAAUAUUGCUGAUGAGGGAGAUAAUGUAAAAUUCAUCUGCAAUAUUGAGAACUAUGACAGCACCACCGAAGUAACUUGGUAUUGCGGAGUUAAACAGCUGGAGCCAAGUGAUAAGUAUGAAAUUAGUUAUGAAGAUGGAUUAGCUACCCUGUCUGUCAAGGGAGUUAACAGAGCAGAUGAUGGCACCUACAGAUGUAAAAUUGUUAAUGAGUAUGGUGAGGACAGUGCCUACGCAGAGCUCUUUGUCAAAGGUGUCAGAUCUUGUCGUGACUACUUCAUUGUACGCAAAGUGAAGAAAGUAAAGCGCCGAGUAGACACAGCAAGACUACUUCAGAGACCGCCUGAGUUUACCCUCCCACUGUUCAGUCAUACUGCUCACAUUGGUGAAGAUGUACGCUUUGGAGUCACUAUAACAGUGCAUCCAGAGCCUCGUGUUAUAUGGUUGAAAUCUGGACAAAAGAUCACACCAGGAGAUGAUGACAAGAAGUACACAUUUAUAAAUGACACUGGUCUCUAUCAGCUUGUGAUUCACAAGCUUGAGCCUAAUGAUGAUGCUGAAUAUUCUGUUGUGGCUCGCAAUAGAUACGGAGAAGACAGUUGCAAGGCACGUCUCACUGUAAUACCUCGCCCCAUUCCUGCCGACAAUACAAUAAGGCCAAUGUUCAAGCGGUUGCUUGCAAAUGCAGAGUGUCGGGAGGGUCAGAGCGUCCGCUUUGAAAUAAGAGUGUCUGGAACACCUUCCUUAAAGUGGGAAAAGGAUGGCAUGCCUUUAGCAUUUGGACCUCAGAUUGAAGUUGUUCAUGAAGGUUUGGAUUAUUAUGUACUACAUGUCAAAGAAACCCUUCCUGAGGAUUCUGGGACGUACAGAGUCAUUGCAACAAACUCAGCUGGAUCCGCGAGCUGCCAAGCCACACUGAAGGUUGAACGUGUCACUCAUGUCAAGAAGGAAUAUGAGAGUGAAGAAGAUAAAAGGAAAAGAGUCGAGAAGCAGGAAAUUGACAAGAAAGUGAGAUUAUCACAAAUACUUUCUGGCACUGAAGUCACUCCACUCACUUCUCUAGCACAAGAUGCCUUGAGAGAGGCUGCUAUCAUGUACAAACCUGCAGUAACAACAAAGGAUAAAACUGAAAUUGUUAAAGAAAAAGAAAAACUAGAAAGGAAAAAGAGAGCAGAAGAAAAAAGACUUCGCAUGCCAUAUGUUGUUCCGGAGCCUCGUAUCCAUGCUCCAACCAUCCUUGAGGAGGACAAGGAGAUCAAAUAUUUUGUGCCUUUCUCAGACAUGAAAUGGUAUAAGAAGCUACGGGACCAAUAUGAAAUGCCAGAACCAAUGGAAAAACUUAAACAGAAACGACUAAAACGCAUUCGUCUCUCCAGGUGGGAGCAGUUCUAUGUUGUGCCUCUUCCAAGAAUCAAAGACCAGUAUAAGCCCAAAUGGCGGAUUCCAAAGAUUUCACAGGAUGAUUUAGAAACAGUAAGACCAGCUAGGCAUCGCACACCUUCUCCGGAAUCUGAAGCUUACUACAGAAUAAGACGAAGGUCCCUUGGUGAUCUCUCAGAUGAAGAGCUUCUACUCCCGGUUGAUGAAUACUUGUCAAUGAAGAGAACUGAGGAGGAAAGGUUGAAACUUGAAGAAGAACUUGAGCUUGGAUUUUCUGCUUCUCCGCCUAGCCUUAGCCCAGUGCGCUUUGAAUUAUCUGCUCUGCGUCAUCCUUCACCAAGAAAAACAACAUAUAAGGAGGAUGAGGAACAUGACAAGGUUCAAAGGUAUGACUCUUACCGUAUUCCCUCAAAAUAUGAAGCUGGUCCAAGUUUUGUUGAUCUCAAACAGAGACAUGAUAAAGCCACAUACAGACCUCCGAGGCAAAAGCAAAGAGUAUAUGAAGAGAGAGAGGAUCAAGAGCUCCUUCGCCCUGUGACCACAACACAAAGACUUGCAUCCUACAAAAGUAAGCUAAAACAAAUGGAAUUUGAGGAGAAAACAAAAGUCUCAAGAAAAGAAAGGGAUGUGCAUGUUUCAUCUGUAUCCAAAGGAAUGGAGACAACUGAAUAUAUUCACACUUCAUUAUCUUCUACAUACACUCAUCAAGUGCAUUCUGUAGCUGAACACAUAAUACCAUCUCGCACACACAUUGCAGAAGAAGAACCCCCGAAAAUGAGAUCACCUACCCCUGAGAGGACUCGUCCACGCUCCCCAAGUCCAGUGACCACUGAGAGAUCAUCCUCAAAAUAUGAGAGGUCUGCAACAGUUGACAUCAUGUCAAGAUAUGAAGCAAAAAAAGCAGCUCUUAAAUCUGAAAGGAAGUAUGAGGUUGUGACUCAGCAGCCCUUCAGCCUUGACCAUGCUCCUCGUAUAACUGUGAGAAUGCACUCUCACCGUGUUCCACGCGGUCAGAAUACUAAAUUCACACUUAACGUCCAAUCUAAGCCAGAUGCUGAAAUAAAAUGGUACCAUAAUGGACAACACAUUCAGGAGAGCAGCAAAUACCGUUUUACUAACCUGAGUGGAGUUCUGUCUCUCCAGAUUAUUGACUGCCAGGCAGAAGAUAGUGGCACAUACCGUGUUGUUUGCACAAACUCCAAGGGAGAAGCAUCUGACUAUAGCACUCUGGAUGUUUCAGAGGGAGAAUAUUCCUCAUAUUCUUCUCAACGUAAAGAUGAGGAGCCUCCCACCCCUUUUUUUCCUGAAAUGACAAAGACUGAGUUUUACCAUGUGUCCUCCUUCAAGACCGCUUCCUCAGCUGAAACACACCUAGAGGUUAAAGAAACUAAAUCAAAACUGACUGGAACACAUGAAGCUACUGUUUAUGAGAAAUUUGCAUCAUCUGAGAAGAAGAUGGAAGCUUUAGAAGCUACAACAGUGAAGGAAGUAACGGUACAUGAGGAAGUUAAGACUACUCUGCCAGCCAGAAUACUUACAAAGCCUCAGUCUCUCACGGUUUCUGAAGGAGAGAGUGCCAGGUUUGCUUGUGAUGUUGAUGGUGAACCAGCACCCAGUGUUACUUGGAUGCGUGAAGGAAAAGAAGUUGUCUCUUCUCAUCGGCACUUUGUGACUACAACUCAAUACAAGUCAACAUUUGAAAUUUCCUCAGUUGAGUCAUCAGAUGAAGGUAGCUAUACAGUGAUUGUACAGAACUCUGAGGGCAUGCAAGAGGCACAGUUCAGCUUAAUAAUUCGCAGAACUGUACAUGAAGAAAAGGUUAUUGCAUCACCUCCAAAAGUAAAGUCUCCGGAGCCCAGAGUGAAAUCUCCAGGACCUAAAUCCCCAGAACCUCGAGUCAGGUCACCUGAGACAAUUAAAUCACCCAAGAGAGUUAAAUCUCCUGAGCCAGCUACCUCACCACCAAGGGUUAAAUCCCCUGAACCCAGAGUGAAAUCACCAGAAUUCACAGGAACGAAGUCACCGGAACUGUGUAUUAAGUCACCUGAGGGAAUGAAGUCCCCCUUGAGAACGGAGUCUCCUGAGUCAAUUGGCUCACCUCAAAGGGUUAAAUCUCCAGAGAUUAAGUCACCAGAGCCCAGAAUAAAAUCUCCUGAGUUUGCAGGACUGAAGUCCCCAGAACCACGUAUCAAGUCACCUGAGGGAAUCAAAUCUCCCCUCAGAGUUAAGUCCCCUGAGCCAUUUGGCUCACCCCAGAGGGUUAAAUCUCCAGGGAUGAAGUCUCCACCACCCAGAGUAAGAUCUCCUGAAUUCCCAGGAACCAAGUCCCCAGAACCAGCACAGAGAACAACCAGCCCCUCUGCAGUAAAGCCCAUCUUCUCUUCUGGUUUGAAAGAUGUCACAACGUCUUCGGAUUCUAUUGUCAAGCUGACAGUUGAAGUAACUGGAGAUCCUGCAACAACAAUAACCUGGAUGAAAGAUGGAAAGGCCCUCUAUCAAGGUGGAAAAUAUGAAAUAUUUGAAGAACAUGGAUUAGCGCAUUUGGAAAUCUAUGAAUCUGAAGUUUCUGACAGUGGAGUUUACAAAUGUAUAGCUACAAAUUCUGCUGGAUCUUCUUCUACAAACUGUAUUGUCAAGGUUCAAGCAUCUUUGAAAACUGUCCCACCUCAAGAUAAAACUCAGGAAGAGGAUGUGGUAGCUUCCCAUGCAAAAACAGAAAUUACAGAACAAACAAUAAAAAAGCAAAUUCUUUAUGAAGAAAUGAAAUCUUACACAGAAAUAAAAGCCUCUCAGACCCAGCUGACCAUAACUGAGGGUCAAUCCCUAACACUGAAUGCCAAAAUACCUGAAGCAUCUAGCAUCCGAUGGCUCUUAAAUGGAGUAGAGCUGGCUAAUUCAGGAAAUUACAGAUAUGGUAUGGCUGGAAAUGACCACACACUGACCAUCACUCACAUCAGUCAUCAUGAGGAGGGAAUCAUCACGUGUGAAGGCAAAACUGAACAUGGCAUUGUAAAGUGUCAAUUUGAUACAACUGUCACUGGCAAGCAUUCACAAGCACCUUCGUUCCUUGUGCAACCAAAGUCUCAGAUUGUCAAUGAAGGACAAAGUGUGAUUUUCACAUGUGAAAUUGCCGGAGAACCAUUACCAGAAAUUGAGUGGCUUAAGGACAAUAUUGUGGUGCUGCCAACAUCAAAUGUGAAACUGAGCUAUUCUAAAAAUGUGCACACACUUGAGGUAUGCAAAGCCUCUGUUGUUGACAGUGGGAAAUAUACAAUAAAAGCAAAGAAUGCUUUUGGACAGUGUUCUUCUACAUCAUCUUUAAAUGUUAUUGCUCUGGUGGAAGACCCUGCCAAAAUGGUUGUUAUGGAUAAAAGUGCAGUUGCUACCAGCAUGAAUAAAAGUUUCUCUGCCAGUUCAAUGCACAUGGCUUCUGCUGUACACGAAGCCUCCUUCAGCAGCUCAAGCAUGGCUGAAGUUAAAUUUGCAAGCAUGUCUGCAAAUAGCAUGUCCUCUGAAUCAAUGUUCACCAUGAGCUCCAGCAGUAUGAUGGGAAAGUCAAGUCAUUCACAAAUAAAGGAGUCUUCUCUGUCUGCUAUAACACAUCAUAUAGAAGGUGCACCACCAAAAAUUGAAGCUCUCCCAGAAGACAUCAGCGUUGAGCAAGGAAAGGUUCUUAAAGUAGCCUGUGCUUUCUCUGGGGAGCCAAAGCCAGAUAUUGAGUGGACACACUCAGGAAGGACACUGCCUAGUGAAGGGGAAAGUGAUCGAUUCCACAUUGAGACAACAGAGGACCUCACAACUCUCAUCAUCACCAGUGUGAAAGAAAAAGAUGCUGGAGUCUAUACCCUCAAACUGUCCAAUGAGCUGGGAUCUGAUACUGCAACUGUCAACAUCAGCAUUAAAUCAAUAUAGAAUAUAAUGUCUUCCCCUCCCCUUUCCCUCCUUCAGUGCCAUUGUAUUUAUUAAAUAAGCAAAAAUAUUCUUUACUUAAUAGAGACAUGGAUUUAUGUUCUUGUAAAUAUGAACUUUUUUUUUUUUUUUACCAAAAUUGACGUUAAUUUAUGCCAAACUAGACUAAAGUCUAAAGCAAUGAAAAUAUGCCAUAUUGGAUAAUUAUAACUAGGAUUUUCUCUGACAUGUACAUAAUGUAUAUAGCCGAAUUUACCGGUUAUGGAAACUGUAUGCAUUGUUAUUUAAGACAAUAUUAACUGAAACAAAUGGAACUAAAUGUUUAACAGGAGAAAGUUUUACAUGAAACGAAUACCCUGAAAAACCUGAAACAAAACUAUGUGCCUCAACAAUAAGUUGAAGUCUUAAGAUUGCCUCAACAGGUAGAGAGGCUCCCUGUUGAAGUUUUACUAAAUCCGAGACAAUGUUAUGCACAGUAUGUCUGUGCAAUAAUAUAACCAUACUCAUAUGAAUUGUAAUAUGACCAUAAGACCUUGAGUGCCGUUUGCAUUUACCCUCAUGUAAGCUGUACAACUAGGCCUUGUGUUCAGACUGACUAUGUCAUAUCACCAAUUUAAUGACAUGCUCAAAGUGCGAGCGGCCUGCACUUUUUGCAUUAAAAAUGUAAUGUGCUCUGUUUCUGGCAAAAGACUGCUUGAAUUGGUUUUCAAAAAGUAACAUCACCUGGCCAUUUUCCUUGUAAGUCAUUCAAGUACUCCUUUGCAGAAGCAGUGCCACCUCUUGGAGGAUUGCUAGGUUAUAUUUUGUGUGUGUGCGUGUGUUUGUGUGUAUGUUAGCUUUAGAAAUUCACUUUGUCAGUAGUCAGGGCAAUCAUCAAGCAAGUGUACCACAGUGACACCACCUACUGUGCUAAAAGAAAACAAAUGCAUUAAUUAUAUGAUUAUAUGUCCUGCACUUUGAUUUAACAUAAUUUAUGUAGCAAUACCUAUAUAUUAAGCCUCCUUGAGUUGAUUAUUAUUGAUUUAAUAAAGCAUGGUUUUAGCACCUUGA